AUGGCUAUGGAUCACAGGGAAAACAAAAUAGAAAAAAAAGACACGUCUUAUACAGAAGACGAUAAUGUAAGACUUAUAUCUUAUCGAAAGUUGCAUGAUGAGCCACCAAGGCUAUGUGCAGCUCGGGACAAAUCUGGAAAGGUAUUAAGGGGAGACCCUUGUAUAAGGAUCGGCAAAUCUGAAGAACUUGAUCAACAGGUACGUGUGUUUGUGUUUUACUGGAAAAGAAAAUAUUUUAUUGAUUAAGCUGUAAGCUAUGGCGAAUUGAUAUCCAAGAUGCAAAAUGUAGGCUGGGAAAAAUGUAAAAAAAAUUUUUUUUUUCAAAAUUACUAUUUUGACUUAAAUUUACAUUCAUGUACAUUUUGCAAUUACUCCACACUUCAGUCAAUAAUUAAAGAAUUGACGUGAUGUUGAAAUGACUUAUCAUUAUGUUCAUAUUUUCAUAAUUGUUCUUUUUAGCAAAGAUGUUUUUAUUUUUCAGUAAAUGAUUUCCAGUUUUGGGCUAGUUGGUUGCUUUUAUUAUUUAUUACAUAUAUAAUAUCAUACAGAUAAUAUAUUAAUUCGACUUAUUCGUGUAUGUAGAAAUAUUGUGGGUUCAUCAAAAAGGAAAUUGUUUAUAUUUAUUGUUCUAUACCACCCUGGUAAGUCAUAUUUCCCGAUAGAAUGAAAGCAUAUCAGUUUCUCCUGUAAGUGGUAGGAGUGUGAGAGUAAUAAAUGCAAUAAUAUUUAUCAUGCACAUUCUGAGAAAAGACAAUGUAUUUCAUUGUUAAAAAAAAAACAAAACAAAAAACGACAGUAUCUGUGCUCAAAACACGUACAUUAUAAGAGGUUUUUAGUUUUUGGGUGCUUAGAAUGUCCCUUUUAAUUUGGAAACAACAACAGACAGAAAUAUAAGCCAAACUACGUGUGUACUAAUAGAGAGGUAGAAUAAAGAGGAAGGAGGCAUGUUUGGUAUCAAAAUCAAGAUGAAAAUCUCUGUCUGGAAGCGGUUUCUAUGCCGGGGAUCACACUAGAAGUAUCGGCAUGUCCAUUUGAUGGUACCUGAAUGAGAGAAAAUGAAAUGUUAUCGAUGUAGCUGUCUCAUUUCUAGAAUGGUGUUUGCUAAUCAUUUGUUUUAUUGUUUAUACUUAGACUAUAGAAGGAGUAAGAUCCAUGAGUGAAACUAUAGUUUCGAUAAUUAUUUGGUAGAUGAGGGCCGUUGACCGGCAUCCAAAUGGGUCGUAUUUUGGGUUACGACCACCAGAUAUGUAAACAAUAAUAACCCAUGUUGUUAGCAUCAUAAGUCUGAUUGUUGGUUACCUUACAGUCCCAAAGAUCCAGGGGAUAGUCAACAUUUUGCUCUACAACAAGUGUUAACUUCUUUUGAAGUGUAGGACGUCAGCUUUUAGUUUUAACCAAGGCUUUUACACCUAUGCUGUUUACAAGGCAAUUGACUAAUGGGUGCUUAAUCCUAAGACUCAUAGACAUGCAUAUAUAUGCAUCCAUCCACAUUAAGUGCACAUAAAACACAAAUGUUUCAGUAUCAAAACAAAUGCCAACCCCCGUCAACUCUCUAAUUUAAUUUGACAUCAUUAUUAUGUUCAAUUUACAUAUGUGUAUUCAGUUUUAAUUGCCCAUAGGAAUUACUUAGACAAUUUUUUUUUAUAUUUACCGAAUGUAUGUGCACGUAGGUAGACAAAGAGUUUUAAGGGAAAAUCAUCAUGGAAAAAUUCACUUUUGAUAUCAUGUAAUAUAUGUUAAUGUAUGCAUCUUCGCAAAGUUUUAAUUACCAUAGUCACUUAAUUUGAAAUAGGUUAUGGUGCCAAUUAAUUCUCCUUUCUCCAGUGUGAGUCAGUGCAUUCCCUGAAUUUUCUACAAACAGUCGUUGGCCUUUCUCACUGUUUGAGUUACUGCCUGCACUCUUCUAAUGAAUUCUAAGCAUACACUGCUUAGAAUUUUUGCUUACGGUAAAAAUUUAUUUUCUGUGAUGUCACCAAGACUCAUGGCCAACUUUGUGAAGCGUUUCAAGUUUUAAUUUAUAGAAAGUUCCCCUUUAAAGGACCACUAUAGUGCCAGGAAAACAUACUGGUUUUCCUGGCACUAUAGUGCCCUGAGGGUGCCCCCACCCUCAGGGUCCCCCUCCUGCCGGGCUCUAGGGGGAAGAAGGGGUUAAACUUACCUCUUUCUCCAGCGCUGGACGGGGAGCUCUCCUCCUCCUCUCCGCCUCCUCUCCUCCUCCCCGGCUGAAUGCGCAUGCGUGGCAAGAGCUGCGCGCCCAUUCAGCCAGUCUCAUAGGAAAGCAUUCUCAAUCGAAAAAAAAUCACAGUGAGAAGCACGCAAGCGCCUCUGGCGGCUGUCAAUGAGACAGCCACUAGAGGCUGGAUUAACCCAUUUAUAUAUACGUUUAUAGAAAAAAGGGUUAACCCUAGCUGGACCUGGCACCCACACCACUUCAUUAAGCUGAAGUGGUCUGGGUGCCUAUAGUGGUCCUUUAAGUAAAUAUCAUGAUCGAAAAAAAAUCACAGUGAGAAGCACGCAAGCGCCUCUGGCGGCUGUCAAUGAGACAGCCACUAGAGGCUGGAUUAACCCAUUUAUAUAUACGUUUAUAGAAAAAAGGGUUAACCCUAGCUGGACCUGGCACCCACACCACUUCAUUAAGCUGAAGUGGUCUGGGUGCCUAUAGUGGUCCUUUAAGUAAAUAUCAUGACUGUGGAAUAAGAAAACAUUAUUUAUACCUGGCCGAUUCCCCCACCUCUGGUUAAAGUUUAUGGGAAACUCGCUGAAUUUAAGAAAAUAAAAUUUGAUACAUAACUAAUCUGUCAUUGUGAAAUCCAGAUCUCAGUAUGUUGCAAUAAGAUCAUAAGGUCUUUAGUGUGAAACCGCACUAAGGAUUUGGGAGAUUAAAAAUGUAAUUUGAUGACAAUAAAGUGGGGUUCUUCUAAAUGUCCCCAGCAACCAUGGUUGCAGAUUUCAUUAUAUAGGACAUGAACAGUAUGUGGAUUUUUCUUCUAUAUAUUUUUCCUUUGGAUGUUUAUAAUGUGUUUUCAAUAAAACUAAGAACUGAGUUCAAUAAGAACUGAGUAAAAUAAAAUAUUAUUUUUUUUUUUCAUUGUUCCUAUUAGGAUAUAUUUAUUUUUCUGCUCAAUGCCAGAUGCAUUAUUUGUGUGCCAGAUUUCUAAUGCUGCAACAGACUUUUUAAUAUGGUUUUAUUGACCAGAUCUCAUUUCGUUGUUAAUUUAUCUCUAUAUCAAAAUAAUUGGUGAACUGCCAAAUAUAGAUUAGCCUGAUUUAACAUGAAACCACAAUAUCUUGAAAUAUAUACGAAAAUUGCACAAACUAUGUAAAAAGGGGGGCAUGUCCUGACUGCCAAUGUGAACAGACGUGCUGCAAUGAAGCUCCCCAAAGCGGAUAAUAACGAGCCGGGAUAACACUGUCCAGGAACCCCCAAUGGGAAACAAAAAGAGACUGUCCACCAUAGCACACACUCCGGACCCGGGACCGGGUAAAAAAUCCGGAGAUUUAGACCGAUACUUCAGGGACACGGUCAAUAUAUUAGGCGCGGAGCAGGAAGAGUGCCGGACGCCAUCUUUAUCACGCGACUCACACUCCAGCAGCCCGUCUAGAUCAGAGCAUGCUGCUGAGGCAGGCAUGGCAGAAAUAAAAGAAAUCCUCCAAAAUUUGCCAUCGAAAGCAGAGUUAGCUAUAAUGCUGACGAAAUUAGAAUCUUCUGUGCAAGAACAACUCUCCACACUUACCUCGGAAGUCAAACAGAUUAGUAAUAGAGUGGGGGAUCUGGAGGACGACCACGAGCAAAUUAUAGAUAGGCUGCUACACUUGGAACAGAGCCAGGAGAGGAAUGAGGCCAAAUUACUAUAUAACAUGAAGCUGGCUGAGGAUCUUGACAAUAAAGGCCGCAGAAAUAAUAUCAGAGUGCGCAGCCUACCGGAGGCGCAAGGAACGGGCGAGGGCCUCCACAUGAUACUGCAAACUCUUUUCAACAGAAUACUACGGAGGCCCGAAAAUACCCACAUCGUCAUAGAUAGGGCCCACAGAGCGCUCAAGCCUAGGGGUCUAGCACCAGAAACCCCCAGGGACGUGAUAUGCAGAGUGCACUACUUUUCGGAGAAGGAGGAAGUUAUGCACACCGCGAGAGAAACCACAGAAAUUCUGUUCAACAAUACGAAAAUACUAUUACUCCCUGAUUUUUCCUGGUUAACGCUUAGAGGCCGGAGGUCCUUGAGACCGGUUACACAGGCCCUGCAACAGGCGGGAAUCAAGUACAGGUGGGGUUAUCCAUUCUCCCUCACCGUUAAUCACCAAGGGAACCAGAUCUCCCUGACGACAGCAGCAGAACUCCCAGAAUUCACUAAACGCCUAGGCAUCCCGACGAUGGAAAUACAAGACUGGUAUGAAGUUGGGAGCCAAGGGAACCAACCUCCGCCUAGCAGACUAUUGCAAAGCCGAACUCAAGACCCAAGAAGGACACUGACGAAGAGAACGCCGACCGAUUCGCUCCAGCAGAGAUCUCAACGCCUACCAGGCACUCCAAAAAGGAACAGAUGAGACAUGUCACAAUCUCCACACAACGUAAGGUGGAAUGGACUUAGAGACUAUCACAUCACCCGCUAUUCCCAUACCAUACUUAAUUUGGCAUGGUAAAUAUUUCCGAUUGUUAUAUUUUCUUUAUACACAUGAGAUCAGUAUGACGAGGGGUAUAAGCUAGUAACACACAAGAGCUUGCCUCCUUAUUUAGCACCUCAUGCCACCCAAGAAACACAAACUAAAAGGCACAAGACCCGGAGGUUUGCCGGGUGGAGACACCCAGGCGGGACUCUGGGGGAUAGCUAGACACACCAUUAGGAAAUUAGGAGACCUAAUGCGACCGUCUUCUUUAAGAGGCGGAACUUAAAAAUCACCACAAUAGGACAACAUAAAGUCCUCAUGCUGAUCCCAUCCUGUCAUCCCGGGCUAAUCAUUCACAACAGUUGAUUGGCCACGGAGGGGGUGCGAUGUUCACACUCAGGGAAAGUUAUCUAAUUACCACCCUCUGAGGGCGGAGAGCUACGGACAGUGCGAGAAGCAGAGCGCAAUUUGCGCCUCGCUCUGACCGACGACACACAAACCCCCAUUGUUGUGGGACCGUUUACGGUCCAGAGCGGUACACAUCACAGUAACUGGCUAUUGGUUUCCAUUAUUGUCAGUUCUUAAUACUUCCCUGACCCAGUUAGUAUAACUCGGAAAGCUCAGGGUUGAGUACCGACUCCUUACUAGAGGUCACCAAGUGCACUAAGAAAAGCCCACAAAUCUACUCGCAUAAGAGAGGGUUAACAUUUCAAAAAAAACAAAAAACCUGUACUGACGAUACCCUCAACCACGCAAGUGACCUCUACCAUAGAGACAAUAUCGUUGUUAAACCACAUUACAAGUCCUAUUAGUCUCUCAGUGAUUGAGACUAGUGAAUAUUGAUUAUAUUCUCAUUGUUCGAUUUACAUUUCAUUGUAUAUAGUUAAAACUUCAAGAUUAUUCGUUCAGGUGCAAUCAAACCACUGAGCUCAGGGGCUAUUUAGCUGGUCAAGCACAUUACCCCAAAACUCUCUCAUCGCCCCGAGACUAGACAUUGGUUUAGGGGUACAGCCUAUGAGGAUACCCCUGUGUUCUGCCUAUUCCCAGAAUUACAGAUAACUAGACCCCAUCAUGGAUAAUCUCCAAAUACUAUCACAAAAUGCUACGGGCCUAAACUCCCCAGAGAAACGAAGGAUGGUGCUCAAGGAUCUAGCGGCAUCAGGGGCAGACAUCAUUUUCCUGCAGGAGACUCAUCUUAGGGGCACGACGGCACCCUCCCUUAGACACCCUAGAUUUACACACAUCUACUACAACUUUAGUAAAAGCAAAUCUAGGGGGGUAGCGAUAUUGAUCAAAUCCGGGGUCCCAUUCACCUACAUCAACCACAUAGCAGAUAACUCAGGACGGUACCUGAUAGUGCAGGGUCAAGUCGGCACGUCAGCAAUCACCCUAGUGGGGAUAUAGCUCCCGAACAAGCACCAAUGUGGCACUUUCCAGAGAAUAUUAGCUAAAAUCCAGCGAAAUGCACAAGGCACACUGAUAAUUGGGGGCGACUUCAAUAUUUCCCUAGAUUCAGCUAAGGAUAGCACUUCACUCAAAACUAAACACAUGGAACCGGCCCGACAUCAAAUGCAACAUAUUCUGCACACGAACCAACUAGUAGACUGCUGGAGGGCCCUAAACCCAACCACAAAGGAUUUCACACAUUACUCAGUCCCAAAUAACACGUACUCACGUAUAGACUUUUUCCUAACGACACAUAGAGAUCUGGGUCUCGUAACGGAUGCAACCAUAGGAAAUGCAACCUAGUCUGAUCACGCCCCAAUAACUAUUUCCCUUGAUCUCCCCUCAUUCCCCCGCCCUAAAGGGCAGUGGAAGCUAAACCAACACCUGCUUCAAUCACACCAAAUCAAGCAAGCCGUAAAGGCAUCCAUCACACAAUAUUUCAAGGAGAAUAAAAUCCCCGACACGACAGCUUUUACACAAUGGGAAGCACACAAAGUAGUAAUACGGGGGAACUCAUAAAAUGGGGGGCGCAGACCAAGAAAAACAAACAUAAAAGGAUCACAGAGCUCUUAGGAGAAAUUAGUUCUCUUGAGGAAGCUCACAAACACAACCUUUCAGACCCAAUAUUCCGCUCUCUUAUUGCAUUACGAAAGGAACUACACUCCAUCCUCCUAGACAAUGCUAAAAAAGCCAUUCUUUGGACUAAUCACCUAUACUUCGCACAAGGCAAUAGAAGUGGAAAACUUCUGGCCCAUACUCUGAAACACAAACAAGCCCAGACUUAUAUCCCUAGGAUAAAUCGCCCCAACAACACAGUAGCAUCCACUACGGAGGACAUAGCGGAGGCUUUCAGGGAUUAUUACACGUCCUUAUAUAAUUUAAGAAGUACAGCCCCGACCACCGAAGACAUCACAACAUAUUUGGCAGACAAAUUUGACACCACCCUAACGGCAGCGGCCACAAGAUCAUUGGAGGAGCCAUUCUCCUUAGAUGAACUAAAGUUGGCCAUCAAACAAACCCCAGGGAACAAAAGUCCAGGCCCAGAUGGAUUCUCCGUGGUUUAUUAUAAGACCUUUCAAAAGGAUCUGAUGGAUCCUUUCUUAGAAGCAAUUAAUUCUUAGGAUAGCCUACAAUAUCCUGACCAAAAAUAGAGAAAGGGGCGGCCUAGGAUGCCCGCACAUUCUCCAGUACUACAAAGCAAUACACCUAGGGCGCAUAAUAGAGUGGUCGAGACCAGAUGGGAAGAAGAUGUGGGUCGAGAUAGAACAAGAUCAAAUAGACACUCCAUUGCAAGCUCUCCCCUGGUCAACUCAUACCACCAACAGUAAAAUCCUGAACAAUCUCCCUACGAUUACCACCACACUACAAAUCUGGAAGUCAAUCAAUCAAGGCUCGGAAUUUACUCCGACCACAUCUCCCAAGUACCCCAUAUCGCAUAACCCAUUACUACGGACGAACCUGGAAAGCCUCGGGAAGGCCCCAGUGACGUAUCGGACGAAAGAACACUAUUAAACAUUAGGUGAGGUUAUAGGACCUCAGGGACUAAGACCUCUACAGGAUCUUGCGAGAUCCAAAAACCAAACCAUGUUGCAAACAUUCCAAUACUAUCAACUCAAACAUUUCUUAAGCAAAGAACAACUAUUAAAUUGGACACCUAGAGUUGAAACGUCUUUUGAAGCCUUAUGCACAAAACCAAUAACUAAGAAAAUCAUAUCGAAAUGUUAUUAACUAAUCCAGGCUUCAGAGAACGCGGGCCUCCCAUGGUUCACAAGAGCCGCAUUUGGACGGCUCUCUACACCACUGGAGGAAUCCCAAUGGUCGACCAUAUUCCAAAAAAUGCUGAAAACCCACCUGAAUAUACCAAUGCAAGAGGCUAACUAUAAAUUCCUCACGAAAUGGUAUAUCACACCUGUAGAGGCAAAUAAAUAUAAACCACAACACUCCCCCAUAUGCUGGAGAUGUGGGCUAGAACGAGGAACAUACUAACAUAUUUGGUGGGAGUGCAGAGGAGUGGUGGGAUUCUGGAAGGAAGUUGCGAGAAUCACGUUACACCUUAGCGGGAUACCCAUACCAUUCACACCCGAGGCAUUACUUUACUUCCACAUACCCAUCUCCCACGCCAAAUUUAAAAAGUCGAUACUAUAUUUUCUACUGACAACAGCGAAGACAGUAAAAGCGGGGCACUGGAAAUCUCAAAUUAAACCUUCACGCAGGGAAUGGUUCCUCAAGAUAGAUUAUAUUCAUAAGAUGGAGGAACUCAAGAUGUCCAGAUCAGGCAAGCAACAUUGGUUCAGCAUGAUAUGGAGUUCCUGGGAAUUAUUUACACAGGGAAAGGAAGGCUGGGGGACACCAACACCUCAUUAAGAACUUCAGUUGACCCAGGGAAUACUAGGGGGCAACUAGAUCUUAAGACUCCAUAUACAAACUAUCCACCACAAAACCCGCGAGUGUAUCCACAGAUCCUCAAGAAUGAGCGGUCCUUAAACAGAGCGGGGGGAGAAGAGAGGUGGGGGACAAUCCACUUAAGUCCUGAAGGAUUGGGAACAGAUCUCACAAGACAAGGUGGGAAAAGUCUCACAGGGGCCUAGUUGACCAGGAGAGUUACCACCCUUUGGGGGAGUUUUUGGGACCGGAACAUCGAGGAUGGUAAGAACCUGUCUCCAGGGUACUUUUAGGGUACAUUGGCAUUAUAGGAGGCUGAACUAUAAAAUUUGCUCACCCAGGAAGUGGGAGGAGACACCACUAGGGGAAAUGCUACUUGAUCCUCAUAGGCGGUACAGUGAAUACAUAUGACACUGCUCCGCGACGGACCAGCUAAAAACCGAACACUCUGACCUUUAGAUUGCACAGCCUGUCUGUUAUUGGUUUUGUUGGUAUUUGUUGUACUAAUUCAAUGUGGAUAUAUUUAAGUGAAAUAUUGAUGUAUCUAAUUCAAAUUGGAUUUAUGUGGAAAUGUGUUCAUGUUAUACGCUCUCAGAAGAAAAGCAAUAAAUUAAAAAAUAAAUUAAAAAAACUAUGUAAAAAGGACAUAUUUACGUUAUUGUUUUAAAUCAGGGUUAUUACACAUUUUAAAGAUUGAGAAGAACAAUAGGGAUAAAUUAAAUACAGAAGCUGUAAAAACCAACAGAAGCAUAUGAUAUUCUGAAAUUACAAUUUUCCACGAGGCAAAAUCAAAGAUUUCUUGUUUAGCUGGGACUGACCAGCAGCGACUGAUGAAGUUUUAAGAUGGCAGAGCACCAGACUCCUCCCCCAGAAUUUUACUUCUCCCUGUACAGUACAGAUAUACUCAUACUAUACAGAUAGCUGAACAUAAUACAGAGCUACUCAUACAAUAAAACAAGCUGGGCACAACAUAAAGAUAUCUAUAAAAUACAUAGAGCUGAGUACAAUACAGAGACAUCCAUACCACAAACAUAGAUGGGGGAUAAAUACAGAUAUAAUAAACAGAGCCGGGCACAAUACAAAGAUACAUAUACAAUAGACAGAGCUGGGUAGACUACAGAAAUUCCAUACAACAGGUAAAGCUGAGUAAAAUACAGAGAAAUAACACACAGAGCCGGGCAAGAUAAGGAGAUAAGAUAACUAUACCACACAGCCAGGAUCACUGUGAGGAAUUACACAGAGCUGCAAUACAAUACAUGUCUACGUAUAAUGUUCCAGUUCUCUAUCUUCCUAGCCCCCUCUUAGAUCUUCCUUACAUGAUCUCAUCUCCAGUAGUGCUCCUGCUAUGAUAACUGUAGCUUAAAUAUUGCUGCUGUUGUGAAACAUAUCAGCUACCCCAUAAGCUCUCAGUGUGGUGCACAUAGUUAAAGCAUCAAAAUACUGAUAGACUCCAACCAAGUCAGCUACUCCUGGCUCACUAUUAUCACUCAGCACACAGUGUACCCAGGGUUAAAGCAGCAGGAUACUGAUAGACUCCAAUAUAAUUAAUCUGCAGUGGUAAUAUGGGGUCAAUAAGGAGCUGACAUGGUUAACUAAAUCAACAAUUAUUACAGAUUAAAAAAGAUUGAAAUCAGAAUCAGAUAUCAGAUCAGUCCUCAGAGUCACAGCCCCAGUACUGCAGUUUAAAUCUUCACAACUUUUCAUCUAGCAACACAAUGAUUGUCUCAGGCCUCCGCUGUGGUGGGUAUGUGCAGUAGGGGUUCUUAAAACUAUUAAUGACAGGUGGCACAGUGCUGUGUGUAAGAUAUGUACCGCUCCCCAUGUCAUCUCAGGGGACUGCAGGCAUUAUUACCCAUUCAACGAGUGUUUACGUUGUGUAAUAUAAUUUGUGUUUCAGAAGAAUGAAACUGAUUUUAUUUUUGACAUGGGUAAAGCUGAACAAGUGCCCAUGGCAUCCCUUUGUAAAAGUUAUCUAAUGAUAUACAAUUAUUAUGGGUCUGUCCUGGAUAUUGGUCUGUUUUUACAAUAUAUAAUGUAUUAUAUCCGUAAAAUAGCAGAAAAGUUUUUUUUAAAUUUAUUUAAACUGAAUUUGAUUUUAGCAAAAUCACACAGAACAGAGUAAAUAUUAAGUGGAACCUGUAGCAAUUUAAAAAUUAAAUAUAAGACCUACACUCUAUUGAUGACACAGGCAUUCUGUGAACUUAAUGUAUAUUUCUCACCUUUUUUCUUUUUAGACGUUUUUACAUUCCAACCUCCCGCAAUGUACUGGAAAAUCAUCACUGAAGCCUGGUUUAGCGUUUGACAAUUUGGGCUUUCAGGCUAGCAUAGAUGAUGUUUCCUCUUCAUCCUCUAACAUAAGCUCUGUUGUAGUGGAUAUUAUAGGUAUGACCUGCCAAUCAUGUGUCCAAUCCAUUGAGGGUAAGAUUUCGAAGAUACCAAGUAUUGUGAACAUAAAGGUUUGCUUGGAACAAAACAAUGCCGUCGUAAUUUAUAAACCUGCAGUAAUAACACCACAACAAAUCUGUGAAGAAAUAGAAGAUAUGGGUUUCGAUGCCACCAUAUCCAACGUUAAAGAAGUUUUGCUGGCUAUAAAACCUGGGAAUUAUGUAGAGGAAACAGUCACGAUCAGAAUUGAUGGUAUGACAUGCCAAUCCUGUGUCAACACUAUUGAAGGAAAAAUAGGCAAAAUUCACGGUGUCCAGAAAAUUAAAGUAUCUCUUACAAACCAAGAAGCUGUUAUUGUAUAUCUGCCUCCCUACAUUGAACCAGAGGUUCUCAGAAGUUGUAUUGAUGGCAUGGGAUUUACUGCUUCUUUUAAGGGCAAAUCAGAUUCCUCAAACCUUGGAAAAAUUGACAUUAAACAUCUGCAGGAUAAUUCUUCCCAACUUAAUCUACAGGUUCCCAACACCUGUCCCCCGGAAAACUAUGAAACUAUGACUCUUGCUAUUGAGGGCAUGCACUGUAAAUCUUGUGUUCACAAUAUUGAAGGAAACAUAUUGGACCUUGAUGGAGUAUUAAGUAUCAAGGUUUCUCUUGAGGACAAAAAUGGAAUUGUGUGUUAUAAACAAAAUGUUAUUACCUUGGCUGCCUUAAAGGAAGCUAUUGAAGCACUUCCUCCUGGUAAAUUUAAGGUUACACUGCCAGUAGGAGUAGAACAGAGGCCUGUAUCAAAAAGUAAAUCUAACUUUGGACCAUCAACUAAAUGCCAACGAAUGAUCACAAACACUGCAUUGAUAAGCAUUGGUGGAAUGACAUGUGGGUCAUGUGUCUCAACAAUCGAAAACAUGAUCACACAGAGGAAAGGAAUAUACAAUAUAUCUGUUUCUUUAGAUAAAGCAAUUGGGAAAGUCCAUUACAAUCCAUCUGAAACAAAUGCAGAGGAAAUACGUGCUGCUAUUGAAGACAUGGGAUUUGAUUCUACACUAGUUUCUGGUACGUUUUACAGGGCUUUAUAAUUCAACAUUUGUAAAAAUAUUUUUCCUUUUUUUUACAUAUAUACUUGUAUUCCCGAGUAUACAUAAAAUUGCCAUCCAUGUGAUUGAUUAAAAACAUGAUUGCCAUAUAGAAUGUGCAUGACUGUGCUGGGCAGGUUAUUCUCCAAAAACACCGCUGUACAUCAUAUCAUGAGCUAGGUUUCUAUGAAUAUGUAGUUCACUUGCUUGCUUUAUACAGUCAGAAGGUAACCAUUUAACUACAACCCCCUGGAUUCCCUUCUCACUGUAUAAAAUGCAAAGCAUGGGGAUUUGACUAUAAUGUAGAAUCUUCAGAUGUGAGCAUAGUUUAGAUUUUUAAAAAUAUAUUGUUAAGAAGUUCUCCAACCACCAUAACCACUAAUCACGGUAAGAACCUGGGUCCUGCCAGGUGACCACCACCAUCUUCCUUGCUGCCUUGAACUUCCAUUUAGCUCUACUAAGUAAACUCAGCCUGCAAGGCUGACAAGACUGAGCUUAGUGGUAGGGCUUCUGGCAACAGGGGAGGUAGUGGUUGGCCCCCUGCCAGGACCCAGGUAGGACAUGUUCAAACUGUUCUUAAAAACCUUGACUAUUUACUCUUGGAGGGCACCAGGGCACUCCGGACACCAUAAGUGCGGCAUGGAUGUAGUGGAUAUGGUGCUUGUAACUAAAAUGUGCUUUAGAACAAGAACUACACAUUUAUUGCAAUUUAAAGACAUAUUACUAAUACGCAGACAGAACAAUAAUAUGGAGCUCCUAGAAUAGAGAGACCUUAAAAUAGAAAAGAUAGACAAAUGGGUGUAGGCCCAAAAUAAUGAAUGUCCCUCCUAAAUAGGGACAGUUGGGAGGUGUGAUUUAAAAUAACGGGUCAAUUCCAACCUGUAAUGUCUUUUUACAGAUGGAGGCAUGAUUGCUGCAAUUAUGUUUUUUUUUGUAAUAGACAAGCCUAUUUAUUUCUUUUUUCUAAUCCCAUGAUGUCUUUAAGGCAUUUCAUUCUUUUCUGUGAUCACACUAACCUUUAGCAGACUGAAUUUCACUGUUCUGUAAUGCAAUGUGUCUUCUCCGUGAGAAUGGCAAGAGGAAGUGAUGCCACAUAGUUUAGGACGAAGGAAGAGUAUGGAUUUGAUAAAGUUUAGUAUAUGUGAUGCAAAUUAUCCUGUUUCUUUAUAUAACUCUGAUGCACAAAGUAAUUUUGGAUAUUGCAGAUACCUUAUCAUCAAGCAGCUGUCACCAGACCUCCUACAGAACACUUCAAACCAAUCCGAUUCCCCCUAAAACUGAACGCAAAACAGAUUCUACCAGUGACUAUAUUUUGGAUGUUCUUCCCAAAAAAUCUCACCCAGAUGUUUCAGCCGUGGACAGUGACACUCCACCCCAGAAGUGCUUUAUACAGAUCACUGGAAUGACUUGUGCUUCCUGUGUGUCUAACAUUGAGAGGAAUCUGCAGCGCAAACAUGGUGAGUCGAUCAGCUGCCUCAAUUAGUCUCAAAACAGGGAAUAAAUAAAAAUGAAACUUUAUUAUGGGAAAAUGCCAUAGAGAGAUCAUUUAUACAUCAACAUAAACCAAACAACAACAUAAGACCAAAAGUAUGUCACUGUAAUUUCUUCAUCCUUAAAGGGUUACUCCAAACACUAUCACCACUAAAGUAAUUGAAAGUGGUCAUCAUGCUCGGAGUCGGUAUGUGCAGCAUUUCACUGCCAGAGGUAGUGUAACUUGACCUAUGGCACCAUCAUUGGGGCCUCAUUGACCUAAUGUCCCAGGCUGACUAAUUUCAUAUUCGAUUUUUGACAUCAGUACUAACAGCAUGCUGGCAAUAGAUGUCCAACAGAGCACCCCUCUUGAUUCCACCCAUGUCCUCCCCUUGGCCAGCCCUUCUUGACAUCCCAACCUCUGCAGCAAGGGGGAGUAGCAUCAGCAGGGGACAAUUGAGCUGUAGGGAGAACUUUGAGCGGAGGUAUGUUAUUGCUUUAUUUAUUUAUUUUACGUUUGAAUGAGGGGAACCAGGACAGGGAGGUUUACUCUAACCAAAGAGAGUGUUUUAUUAAAACACAGUUUUUUGGUUGAAAGUUUCCCUUUAACUCACCCUUAUUAACAACCAUUUACAUUGCCUUUAGCCUCUUAACUAUAAAGAUACUGAAGUCACACCUGGCACUGUCACUCUUUGAAGUUCCUUCGACAGCGGUAUGCAACCUUCGGCACUUCAGAUGUUGUGGACUACAUCUCCCAUGAUGCUCUUACAGCCAUAUUGCUGGCACAGCAUCAGGCAGUGGCGUACACAAGAUCCAUAGGGGCCCCGCGUACUUACUCUGCGCGGGCCGGUGCCGCUACACAUGGCGGCGGGCACCUGGUUGCAGGGCUGCGACCCCUGCGACCGCGGUGUGCCGCCAGUGCAUGUAGAUACACUGAAAGGACCGCUAUAGGCACUCAGAUCACUUCAGCUCAAUGAAGUGGUCUGGGUGCCAGGUCCCUCUAGUUUUAACCCUGCAGCUGAAAACAUAGCAGUUUCAGAAAAACUGCUAUGUUUCACUGAGGGUUAAUCCAGCCUCUAGUAGCUGUCUCAGAGCCCGGCGCUGGAAAAAGGUAAGUGCUGAAGGGGUUUUAACUACACAUGCACACACACUCUAACGAACAGAUGCAUACACACUAGCUAACAGACACACACAUUUACUGACAGACACACACUCAGUGACAGACACACAUACACACUCACUUACAAAACAUACACUCUCACUGACAAACACACACACUUACUAACAGACACACACUAACACACUCAGUAACAGACACACACUAACACACUCAGUAACAGACACACACAGUAACAUACACACUCACCGACACACACACAGUGACACUCACUAGCAGACACACACUCAAUAAGACACACAAACACACACAGUAACACACUCACUGACACACACAAACUAACACACUCAUUAACAGACACACACACACAGUAACACACACACUAAUACACUCACAUAUUUUUUUAUUUCAUUUAAUCCCCCAGCCUUCCUACAUUUGGGGGUGCUGUGGGGAUUCCUGCUGUCCAGUGGGGUCCUGCUGUCCCUGGGGUCCUGUGGGGUCCUGCUGUCCUUGGGAUCUAGUGGGGUCCUGCUGUCCUUGGGGUCUAGUGGGGUCCUGCUGUCCCUGGAGUCCUGCUGUCCCUGGGGUCCAGUGGGGUCCUGCUGUCCCUGGGGUCCAGUGGGGUCCUGCUGUCCCUGGGGUCCAGUGGGGUCCUGCUGUCCCUGAGAUCCAGUGGGGUCCUGCUGUCCCUGGGGUCCUGCUGGGCUGCCCGAGCGCGAGGGAGCACUCUCCCCUGAGUGCUCUCUGCCCGGCUCCCUCGCGCUGCUUACUGAUGCCAGAGCCGGAAUAUGACGGCAAAUUGAAGCCACUGCCAGCCAUGGGUGGCCCUGAGGUGGCCAGCUCCUGGGCCCCCCAGGAGAAGAGGCUGGCAAAAUGUGGCCACACUGCCACUGGCAUGCAUACCAGGUCACAGGGCGGCCGGGCCUCCUGGUGGGCCGGGCCCGGGCGCAGCCGUGACCCCUGCGACCCCGGUAUAUACGCCACUGGCAUCAGGAGAGAUGUAGCCUACAAGAUCUGGAGUGCUGAAGGUUUCAUACCCAUGUCAUACCAAUGUCUUAUGAAUUACCAAGUAAAGCAACUGCAGAAACUCUGCCAUACAUAAUGUUAUCAGACAUACUUAUCUGUUGUCUCCUAUAAAUUUAUAAUGACCAGUGCAAGAGCUCGGGCCCUAACUCUCAAGGUACCUGACAGUAUGGCUAGGUUCUCUGUCAAAGUGCUUUUAAAGUAGCUCUUUUAUCUCAAACUUACCUUUCUCCUACUGUUACUCUUCUCUUCCUCUUUUGGGAUCUGUUAUUUUUUCUUUAUUUCUGAUCUAUUUCUCUUUCAAACAAAAGACAAAGUAGGCACUACUUUGUAUUAUUUAUUUUUCCCAAGCUUGACAAUCUUGACAAAGAGUGGAGCUUAAGGCAAACUUUUUUGGUGGCUUGAGAAAGGAAGUGGAGCUCCCCUUAAAGGACCACUAUAGGCACCCAGACCACUUCAGCUUAAUGAAGUGGUCUGGGUGCCAGGUCCAUCUAGGGUUAACCCUGCCUGCUGUAAACAUAGCAGUUUCAGAGAAACUGCUAUGUUUAUAAUAGGGUUAAUCCAGCCUCUAGUGGCUGUCUCAUUGACAGCCGCUAGAGGCGCUUCGGCGCUUCUCACUGUGAUUUUCACAGUGAGAAGACUCCAGCGUCCAUAGAAAAGCAUUGCGAAUGCUUUCCUAUGUGACUGGCUGAAUGCGCACGCGGCUCUUGCCGCGCAUUCAGCCUAUGACGUCAGAAGAGGGAGGAGAGUCCCUUGAGGGAGCCCGGCGCUGGAAAAGGUAGGAAUUUAAUUUCUUCCUCCCCCUAGACCCUGGCGGCAGGGGGGCCCAGAGGGUAAGGGGGACCCAAGGACCCUAUAGAGCCAGGAAAACGAGUAUGUUUUCCUGGCACUAUAGUGGUCCUUUAAACUCCACCCGUUGUCAAGUGUAGGAACAAUACAUAAGACAAAGUAGCAAUUUGUUUUAUGUUUUAAAGAGAAAUUAAGAAAUUAUUAAGAGAUUCUGAAAAAAGGAAGAGAAGAGGAAACAAUAGGAGAACGGUAAGUUUGAGGUGUCAGAGCCACUUUAAUGUACUUUUCGUCUCUCUUUCUCUGUGUCCCUUCUAUAGGUAUCAUUUCGGUGCUAGUGGCAUUGAUGGCAGGUAAAGCGGAAGUCAGGUACAAGCCAGACAAAAUUCAACCACAUGAAAUAGCACAACUAAUAGACAACCUUGGAUUUGGUGCCACUGUGAUGGAAGAUAGCAUGGCUACGGACGGCAGUGUAGAGCUGAUUGUGAGUAUGAAGGUUUGAACAUUCCAUGUUGUCCAACAUGCCUUACUUUAUACAGUGAAGAUGAUACACAUAUAUAACUAAACACACCUAUACUUUCUCAAGAGAACUGACUGACUUUUUUUUAAGGAAAGUGUUGAGCUUGCAGUUGUCUGUAAUAAGAGAUAAAAAAAGCAUAGUUUAUAUUUUAAUUUCAAGCAUUAAAAAAAAUAUGUGCACUGCACUUUCUUAUUUGAUUUGGAAAUUUAAAGCAAUACAGUUUUCAUGCUAAUGGCGUUCAGGCCUAUCAAACUGGAUCUAAUCCCCAAUCAUGAAAAAAGCCACAGCUAGGGCAUCUUUGACAUUCUUACAUUUAUGCUAUUUAAAACAGUAGAGCAAUAGGAAAUCAAAUAUCUGUUUUUAUUGUUAUAUUUCCCGUUUAUAUUGAACUAUCAAACAUUGUAUUCUAUACUGCUAUUUGCUAAUCAUUACUUUUCUGAAUAGCGAUCAGUGCAAGGAGCUCUCCCAGCUCCAUCCAGGAGAGAUGGGAGGGCAUAGGAGUCUUGGUCACUUCAUCAUAUAAGCAUAUCAUCUGCUUCUCCAGAGAGUUAUUCCUUUGCAUACAUCACAGCCAUUGCAUUGCAGAUUCUAACUUAAACAGCUAUUUUCCUUUCUUCUGUAUAACUAUUACCAAUUCUGGCAGGAUUGCCAAGCUGAACCUCUCUAGCUGGUACCAAAUAUUUAAUUAACAUUUUCCUGGGCAGUCUCUGAACCUAAUGUUUUUCUAGAAGACUUAUUAAUGCACCAAUCAUUAAAAAGGUUUAAUGUUUUGUAUUGUAAGGUUUAAUUUAAUCGUUUUCCUGAAUUUUCUGAAUACUUAACUCGCUUCAAAGCUAAUAAAAUCUAACUUAUACAUAAAGAUUGCAGGAAUGACCUGCGCGUCAUGUGUUCACAAUAUUGAAUCCAGACUGAAGAGGAUAACAGGCAUUUUGCAUGCCUCUGUCACUCUUGCUACUUCAAAAGCCAAAGUCGAGUUUGAAUCAGACAUUAUCGGCCCACGAGACAUCAUCCAAGUUAUUGAGGUAUGAAAAAUUAGAUUUACAUUUGUCAUACGUCCUGGCCACCAGGUUGCUGAUAAGCAAACCAUGUUGUAAACCUGUUAUAAACUAUUAUUAUUGUUUUUACUAUUGUUCACAUUUAUGGAGCACCAACUCAUUCCGUAUUGUCUUACAAUUAUACAGUGAGGAUAUAUAACAGCAAAUGAAGACAGACUAAAUACAUGUUGUCAGAUAAAAGAAAUGAAAGGGGCUUUGCUCAAAUCAGCUUACAGUAGAAGAGAAGAUGGGAGAAAAAAAAAAGAGAAGAGACAGAAGAACAUGUCCGAGGGCAGGAGAGGUUGGUAGGUAGAAGAUGACUGUAGUGGAGUGAGGGAUGUGUGGAGGGACAACAGGACUGUUGAAACAAGAGAAAUUACUCAGGAAGGUAAACUGUCUGAUAGAGAUGAGUUUUAAGGGUCAUAAAACUUAAAGGAUCUUAAACGGCCAGAGGGCAGGACAAUGUGUGAUCGGACGAGGUAGGCCCUCGAGAAAUCUUGUAAGAUCUAGUAAGAAUUAGCAAUGUGGAAAUAAACAGAGGACUGAAUACGUUCGCUAACAGAACAUAAAUGGAGUUUAUUUGGGAAUUAAAGUGGAAACAUAAUGGAGGGUGUAAUUGUUGAGGGCUUUGAAUUUUAGUGUAACCAGUUUAAAAUGGAUCCAAAAGGGUACGGGAAACCAGGGCAUGGACAGGCAAAGGGGUGGGUGUAAGAGUAGCAGUGAGUGAGGAUAAGUCUUGAGGGACCAUUUUAUAAUAUAGAUUGUAGUGGGGCUAUGUGAGCAUUGGGAAAAGCCAAUGAGGCACUAGUUGCAGUAGUCAAGAUGUUAAAUGAUAGGUGGGACACCAGUUGGUGUUUCUCUACUAUUAGCAAUAUUGGGGGUGCCAGCAAAUGAGUCUGGCCACAUUCCUAAAUUAGCCUAUAAGAUCUUAGCUGCAGCUUGAUAGUGUAUAUUACACCAUUGUAUUAAUUAUCAUUGCUUCAUACAAAAGUUUCCUUUUUUUUUAAAUUUUAAAUGAAUUGGAUUGAAGCCUCAUUAAACAAAAAGUACUUUGGAAAAAAAUAAUUAUUGCUUGGCAGCCAUAUGUUCACUCUUUAGAUAGGUCUAUCUAGUUGAAAAUCAAAUCUACUUUUGAAUUCUCAGACUGGUAUCUAGAGUAUCUAGGCAGAUCCCCCAUAGUAUCAACAAAACCAAUCUCUUAAUGCAGGGGCAUGAUCUAUACACUAAAACCGCUUCAUUAAGCUAAACUUGUUCUGAUGCUUAUAUUAUCCCUUUAACUGACCAGCUGCAACAUUGAGGACUCGUUCGUACCAUGAUAUCCCUUUUUCUCAUCUUUGAAUUGUGAUAAAACAAUUACAGACAAUAGUGUUGUCAAUGCUGCGUGUUAUAGUCAAAGCAUUGGUACUUUAAUUGCUUUAAAGUAAUGUUGUUUCCAUGUCUGUAGUCUCAAUGUUAUUAUUACUUAGUGGUACUAAUUUUAUUGAUCUGAGAAAUAUGGAAUGUGAAUUGACCUUGCUGGGAAUCAAACUUGACAUUCUGAUAUACUACAAUUGGAGCACUAACAAUUAUACAGCAAUAUCUUAUAUUCUCACAUUGACAGGACAUUGGAUUCCAUGCUUCUUUGGCCAAAAGAGACUCAGCUGCACAUAAUCUGGACCACAAAGCCGAAAUUAAACAGUAAGCAAAGUAUAACCUUACGACAUAUAAAAAAGUAAGCCUGUGGCUGCUCACUGUUUAAAAAAAAAAGGUCCCCCACCUAUUGCCCCCCGCUCCCCUGGCCCUAAAUCAGAAUAAUUUUGUUUAAAAGCCCCCACUCGCGCGUCGCGGGUGGGAGCUCAGGAUGGGGGACCCUAUUUUUUUAUUUUUUUUUUAACAGUGUGCGGCCACAGGGGCAAAAUUUACUAAUACUAAGUAAUUUUUACUUAGUAUUAGUAAAUUUGGCUGAAAGACCAAUUUAGGUCUUUCAGCCUUUUGGCAGAUAACUCCCUAAUACCAUGGGAAUACUAAGCGGCUGCAAGAGAAGUGUCGAAGUGCCGAAGAUGCUGAAUUUCCGAAGUGCUGAAGUUCCGAAGUUGCAGAAGUUCCAAAGUGUUGAAGUGCCGUAUUGCCGAAUUGCCAAAGUCCUGAAUUUUGGAAUGCCGAGCCGAACCGAACUGAAAAUUUUCCCCAUGCACAUGCCUAUUGGGUAGUAUUGCUUCCACUCCAGACAGGGUAUUUGAUGUAUUAGUUCAAGGACUGAAAAUAUUAGAGCUAAUGGUAAACUGUUAAAAUGGCAUUUUAUGUACUAUAUGAAGUCAAUUUUGGUGUUGAAUUCCAUGUGUGUCAAUAAAACUUUGGAAGGGUUGUGAUUUCUUAAGAUUGACUGGUUAAUGUAAGGUUUUGGGCACUUUGUCACCAACCCAAUAAUGUUAUCUGUGCUGUUGAAAAGUAAUGGACAGUGUGAUCGUUAUCUCUCCAUGUUACUAACUAGUCAUUGGUGGAGGUAAUUUUGAAAUGAUAGGCUGUAAUUACUCCUAAGUUACUUUGAACCUGAGGCAGAAAAUUUUUCAUUUAGCAAUACCUGGCAGUUCAUUUGGCCAGAUAAUCUAUGUCAAGUGCUGGCAACUUUGAUUUUCUCGUUUUACUCCCAUCACUAUGAAAAGGCCACGUAACCUGUUAAGGAUUAAAGUCAGGGUUUAAGAAAUGUUUCAGACCUGAAUUUACCUGUGUUAUGGUGACUGUAGCAGAAUAACUUCAAUGCCAAGUCUGCAGUAAUUUAGCUUGUUUUUAUGAUAGAAACUGUUUUUGACUGAAAAGCUAACAUCCAUUUCCCGUUUUAGGUGGAGAAAUUCUUUUCUGUUCAGUCUGGUUUUUGGCAUCCCUGUCUUCUGUCUUAUGAUUUACAUGUUCUUUGUGGACCGUCACAAUUCCAUGGUACUAGAUGAAAACAUUAUACCCGGGCUGUCAAUAAUUAAUCUCAUCUUCUUCAUCCUGUGCACCCUUGUACAGGUACGUGUAAGGGUAAAACCAGUAUUAAACCACUCUAAACCAAUCUCAUAGCCUUUAUCAUUGCUUGUUUUCAUUCUGAUGUGAUACACUUUGAACCUCUUUUAAAAGUGAUCUAAAGAUUUCACCAACAGUUAAAAUUAAAAGAAGACUACAAUAACCAUAACCACUGGUGCCCCCCCCCUUCUCCCCCAUAUGUAGUGGUUAUGCUGCCAGCAGUACCCUAGUCUCCCCCUAUAUGUAAGUAGUCAAACUGUCUUAGAAUGGUUUGAAUUCUUACCUUAGAUCCAUCAGGUUCCACACCCAACCUCAUCUGACACUCUCAACUUGCACUGCAGAGCUAAGCUCAGGAGAGCUAACAGAAGCUACUAUUUUGGAGCUUCAGGCUCUCUGUUGCUUGUAGUGAAGGUGGGGAGUGGUGCUGGGGAAAACCAAGGUUAGUAGUCAAACAAAGACAAUUUGACUACUUACAUUGAUGAAGAGCAAGGGUACUCCUAGCGCCAUAAACACUGUUCUGCUUGGCGUCUACCUUUAACAAAAGCAAGAUGCAAAAGUACAAAAAUUUCAAUACUGUUCUCUAUGUGCCACAUGUGUUUAUUGUUAUUUUUAUAAAUCAUCUUUAUUGUAGUUUUUGUAAUGGUGCAUAUACCUUGCAUACUUUAAACAUUUGUGAGAUCCUGGAUUUAAUGCAAUUAAUCUAGAAAAUAUGUGCUUUAAUAUCCAAAUAAUGUGUUUAUAUAAUAGAUACAGGGAGUAAAGCAAGGUAGUAGAAAGACAUCAAAUUGUUAACGUGUGAAAAUAAGGAGUUGAUAGGAAAAGGGCUUCAACAGAGAGAAAAGUGUUGUGGUGGCGAUGCAGGAAGAUAGUAAGCAUAUUUGUCUUGUUGACUAAAAAGUACCAGUAGACCAGAAAGUAGACUAUCUUGAUGUUUAUUGUAGUACUUAGAGGAGAAGAGAACAAGGUGAUUCAUAAUUAAUUUACAACCUUCCUAAGCUGUUUUGUAAGUUAUAGAAUCUUGCAAUUUGUGGGUUAAAUGUUCAUAUUAAUGAUUGGUUUUAUUAGAAGUGUUUAUGGAGAAGGUUUACUGCCAGGUUGGUGUAACCAAAAUCAAGUAAACCUUCUUUUUAGCUGCAGUGUUGUAUAUACUGGAAGCACACUCUAAGUACCAAAAAAACUUAGGCUUAAUGGAGCAGUUUUAGUUUGUAGAUCAUGUGCCUGCUGUUUUACUGCUCAAUUCCCUGCUCUUUAGAAGUUAAAUCCCUUUGUUUAUGCAGCUUUAGUCACACCUCUCUGCAAGCGACGUACACAGCCUUCCUAAACACUUCCUGUAAAGAGUAAUCUAAUGUGUACAUGUCCUUUAUUGCAAAUUCUAUUUAAUGUAGAAUUUUAUAUCUGCUGAACUGUCAAUAGCUUGCUAAACCCUGCAAGAGCUUUAAUAUGUAAUUAAAGUUCAAUUUACAGAGCAGGAAAUACAAAUUUUAAAUGACAUCUGAUUGAAAAUGAAAUCAAUUUCUUUUCAUGCAGGCUGUGUCAGUCACAGCCAGGGGAGGUGUUGGUAGUACUACAUAAACAGAAACAAAAGUGAUUUAACUCCUAAAUGGCAGUGAAUUGAGCAGGGAAACUUCAGAGGAAUUAUCUAUACACCAAAAGUACUUCAUUAAGCUCUUAUUUUGGUGACCAAUUUAUAAAAGUUGUUUUGGGGACUCUAAUGUUCCUUUAAUUAUUUAUUUAUGAUAUUUAAAUAAAAUGUAACUUUUUUCUAUUACUUUUUUCUGUGCCCAUCACAAAUGUGGUGCAUUAAAGGGGCACUGUCACAAAUUAUUUAAUCAGAGGUGUUUAUCUCUAACAAUAAUAUGGUGCCAAAAUUAGACAUGGUGUUUGUAUGUAGAUACACUUGUGAAAAACAAUAUUUCUAUGUGCGCAUAUAUGAUUACCACUGUGCCAUCUUUAUACUUCAGUACUAGAAUUCUAGGUGUUAUAAUAAGUUUAUUGUGCCUUUGUCCUAACAGUCUUUAGGAGGAAGGUAUUUUUACGUCCAGGCUUACAAGUCCCUGAAACACAAAACAACAAACAUGGACGUUCUAAUAGUCUUGGCCACAACUAUCUCCUAUAUAUAUUCAAUGGUUAUCCUGCUUGUGGCCAUUGGAGAGAAAUCUGAGAAAAGCCCGGAGACCUUCUUCGAUACACCCCCCAUGCUGUUCAUGUUCAUUGCUCUGGGGAGAUGGCUUGAACACAUAGCAAAGGUAAUUAUCCGGUAAGAUUGGUCUCAGUGGAGGACUGUCAGGAAAUGACAAAGAUCCUUCUUAGACACAGGAAAUGUUUAACCCUUCAUGGUGUCCUAUGUAGCACAGGAGAUCAAUACAUCUAAAGCAUUUUUGACACUAAAAGGUUUAAUUAUAUCAGUUCACUUUUCUGUGGACAAAAUAACCGGAGCCAGCCCAAGGCGUGUACAAACACUGUGCCCCUUGCUAAUCAACUAAAAACCAUUUUAAUGCUUUGUUAAAAUGCUAGUAACAUCAAGCAGACACAGGGGGUGGCAUUCAAAUUAAAUGGUUAAAAAAUCAGUACUGGGCCUUAUAUAUCCAUAGGGACAGCUCAAUAAUGGUCUCAAAAGUACGUCACACUUUAAGAAGGAAAAUUCAUGUAUUCUUGGUAAAUAAUCCCAUUUAAUCCUUGACAAUAACAUUGUUCUGUGGUGCUUAAGGUGUUUGUUCUUUUGUUAGGCUAUCAUAUAAUUUUCUUGUUCAAACUUCUUUUCAUUUCCAUUUGACUUUACUCCAAAGUACUUCAAAAUAUGUAUUCAUUAAUAAAGUGCCACCAUUAACACAGCCAGUUUUAACUAGUGCUUAUCAUUAAAGCGAUGUUGUGAUGGUGCUGAAUUUGUUAGAAAGCUGGUGGAAUCAUCAGAGUGAGUGCAUGGUACAGCCAUGUACCUCUUACCUUCCACCAUGCGUAGUUUUCUAAUUUAACAUUGACUCUGGAGGUAAUGAAGACGGUAGCACUAGCACCCCUUGCUUUGCCUGCAUGAGCAUUAUGAGUACAUUGUAUGUUAAAUGCACGUGUACCCUCUGUCUGUCUUUACCCUUUUUACCCCCAGGCCGAUGACCUCCUAAUUGUACAAUAAAUUGGCGCUAUUUUAAACGGUGAAGUCAUGAUGCUGAUCUUUUAUGAAUAGAGUACGGUUACUAUGAUAGUUUGACACUUGGCAUUUUCGCAUAGUGAUGGUGCUAUUUUAAAACAAUAAACUUGAUAUUUAGGGUUUGAUAUAACUCUUCGUUAUUCGUAUUGUGUUUUAAAGAGCUUGCAUUCUUUGUAUAGUUAGACAGUCGCAAGCCUGGCAAUGACACAAACUGAAACAAGCCGCUAAACCUUGAGGUCAUGUAUCUAAACUCAGCGCAGUCUAAUGUGAAACCACGAUAGACAGGGAUGUUCUGUAAACAAUCAGAGCUUUUCGUAUUUGUGUCUUUGCUUUUAAUGCAGGGCACACACUUACAGUUACUCUUCCCUUCUCAUUUGGUUUGUGUGACUGGAUUAACCCAUAGUAAUAUGGCUAAAAAUGGCCAUGGGCAAGUAAAGAUUCAGCAGUGGCAAGUGGAAAUUCGCUCAUGGUGCGUUUGCCAUGGACCAUCAAAGCUCGCACUGGCAAGUAACUUUUAGGCUGGCUAAUAGCUUAGGACUUGAAAUUUUGAGUACAGAUACUAGUAUAACUCCUUUAAUACUUAUUAAAUGCAAUACUCGUGUUUUGUCACAAUAUGUGUUUGGUAUAUCAGAUAGAGUCAGACUGUUUUAAUAAUCAUGAAUUCCUCUGCCUUCCAUAAAAUUAUUAGUCCUAGUUACUGUAACAGUAAGGGUCUUUUUCCCAUGAAAUACCAUGCACCAAAUACCAAAGCUAACAGUGACUUCCUUUCAUCUCCUAGAGUAAAACCUCUGAAGCUCUUGCCAAACUCAUAUCCUUACAAGCGACGGAAGCUACUAUUGUAACCCUUGGACCAAAUCAUUCAAUCUUGAGGUAUAGUCUUCUGUUAGCAUUAACCUGUUCAUCUUGCAUAGUUCUCAGGCACUCAGUGGUAAACCUGCGAUCUUGUGUCUUCGAAGUGUAGCAUUUGCAAUUAAAUGUUGUAGAGAUGUAAACUAUAUUGUAAAGCAGUGGUAACCAACAGUUUUUGACCAAGGCAAUGAGAGAAAAAUUACCAAGCCUCACUUACUUUUGUUUUUUUCGUCAAUAGCAGUUUAUAAAUGUCACAUUUACUUGAAACCUUAUUGACUUGCAAAAUUUUAAUGCUGACAUGUAUUUUAAGAAGAAACACAUUUUAUGCACUGCAUUUAACCAAGUAAAGCCCAGAAGUCAGCUUGAGCCUUACAGUUGUUCUCCAUAAGUUCAUUGCAAAACUUGUCUUUAGAACUUCUGGGCACCUCCCUGUGGCAUGCCUGCAAAUCAUGUAUUCUCCCUGCUCAAAGCUGUUUGCUUUUUCACAGCCCUGUUCAUUGCUGGUAACACUGGUAAAUAGCAUUUCCUCUCUGCAGGGCCUUAUUCACCUUAUGGUAGCACCAGCCCUGCGUCUCUGACAGCAGCCUGACCCAUGCACGGACCAAUUAAUAGUAUAAAAAGGAGAGCAAAAAGGUUUGCAAGGGCCCAAAUCACAAGGGUACAGUCAGAGUUCAUUUCCCACCAGGCAUUGGGCCUAGAGUGCCACUUUUAUACUGGCUUCACUCGGGACAACCUAGAAUCAAGUUGGCUCUGCCUGCUAACAUAUAUAAGCUACCCGUUUUUUGCUUUUAUCCUCGUUAUUGUCCAUCCUCUACACAUUUGUGCAAAGUCUUAAAUUAUGUUUAUCAUGUUUCUUAUAAUUUUCCUAUUUAUAGUUAAAUACCCCUCUCAUAUUAUUGUAAAGCGCUACGGAAUCUGAUGACGCUAUAUAAAUGGCAAUAAUAAUAAAAUAAUAAUGUGUGCAUAUUUAGUUUUUUUUAUUUUAUUAUUAAAGAGUAUCUAGGAGGUAAAUCUAGUCCUAUAUUGCAAUCCAAGAAAAAAUAAAAAUAAAAACAUGAUUUGGAGGAAUGGGUACCGGGGGAACCCAGCUCUGUCUGUGAAUAUUAAUCAUGCAUUUGUAACUAAUUAAGAGUAAGGUAAUGGGAUGCUUACAUGGUAUGCUUUUCUGUGAAGAGUUGAUGUUAAGAACCUCUUAACAACUUAUAAGGAGAGAAUUUGGGUUCACAUGAAGCAUCAUGAUAAAGAGGGGGUAAUUUAUGUUCUAUUUUUUUCAGAGAAGAACAUGUGGCUGUAGAACUGGUCCAGAGAGGAGACAUUGUAAAAGUCGUUCCAGGUGGGAAAUUUCCUGUCGAUGGAAAAGUCAUUGAAGGGACAUCAAUGGCAGAUGAGUCCUUAAUUACAGGUAUAUUAUCAGCUUAUAAUGCAUUUUUAAAUACAACAGACACAAAUGGCGUUAUGUGAAAUGGAUUUUUAGAAUUGACAAAUUCCUAUUCGGAGGGUGGGUGACUUGCAGGAUUUUUAUAAAAUUCGGGUGCUUCACUUGCUCUUGACACUUGAGAAAAAUGUUACAUUUCAAAUAGAGCAUCUCAUCCAACAGCAGUCACACGGGUCUUAAAAUGAAUAGUAUGUCCCUACCCUAUGCCUACUGGUACCAUGCAUGCCGACACAUGAUAAAUUGAAUAUUUCUUCUCUGUUCAAAUGGCUAAUGAGUGACCCAACUACAAUAAUUAAUGUUGGUGGUUGAUCACCUACUCAUCUACGCAUACUAUUAAACCGUAAAUUCCCCUUCUUUUUAAGAUAUAUGUUUUUACAGCAUCAUGAUAGCCAGCAUUCUAUAUCAUGGAAUUCUAUAUAUGGCUAGAUAAAGGCUAAAUUGCAUAUUUCCUUGUGUUUUAGAAUGAAUCAUGUUAUUCAUGUUAUAAUAUGUUCUUGUACUUUAGGUGAACCUAUGCCAGUCAGGAAGAGGCCUGGGAGCACGGUGAUCGCUGGUUCUAUUAAUGCCCAUGGAUCUGUUCUGGUGGAAGCAACUCAUGUCGGUGCUGAUACCACACUGGCACAAAUAGUCAAAUUGGUGGAAGAAGCACAGAUGUCCAAGGUAGAGGAAUAGUACUGAAUAACCUGUACUUCCUAUAACAGGAACGUUUAUGCAUACUGAUGCUGGCUUUUAACAUUCACGAGACAGCCAGUGAACUACAUGAUGCAUACAUCAGAAUAAUCUACCCCUAGUGUAAUUAUGGUGAGACAGCUGUUGAUAAUGAUGCCUGUGAUGAUCACCGUGGUACAUCAACUCCCAUGGACUGCAUGGUCCAACAUGCACAUCCAGCUGUAUAAUCCUGCUGCCAUAGAAAACAACAGCUGGAUUGAUAUAAUGGGCCAAAUAUGCUGUUUGCCUGGAUUGUUAUCUUUUUUUUGAGCCGUGUAAAUGGAAAUUAGAUGUCAGCCCAUCACGUCCAAUCCCUAGACUGUAUUUAAAUUACUAUAAAAUGACUCUGACAUAUACCCCAAAUAUUUGCUAGGGCCACCCAAGUAAUUACUACGAGGUGUUUAAUAUUGUCACAGUAUGUUGUAUUCUUGAGCCAUGUUAUAUAAUGUAUAACUGGGAGUGUGGCCAUGUCCUUUAAAAAAAAAAAGUUGCUAUUUUUUGCGCUGUAGCAAACACACCCUUGUUAUUGUUCAGAACAAAUCCAUUCCUGAUUCUAAUGCUAAAAAAAAAUAUUAAAAGGAAGGAAACUCCUGGUAAGAGAACAUAAGCAUAUGGAAAAUAAACAUAAAGUAGACUGAAUCAGCAUUGUGCUUGUUUUUAAUUGUGUAACUAUCUCUGGCUAGAAAGUUUAAUAAUUACUUUUUGGGGCCUUUGGUGGCUUCCAAUAGAAGUUAACCUCUGUGAAGUACUAACUAGCCUCAAGAAAUAUAGAAAAUGCUCCGAUAUAUAUAUAUAUAUAUAUAUGUUUACCUUUUAUCAGGCCAUAGUUUGCAGGAAUCUCUCCCAAAUAUGAGCUUUAAGGGUUACUCCAAACACAUGCUUAUGUUCAAACACAAAUCUUAUAUGCAUAUAUAGCUCUUUAUAUACAUAAAUGCACGCACUGCAUGUCCAAGAGAAUUGUAGCUAGUUCAUCAUCGGAGAACUCAUACAGGGUUACUCACAAAAACGUGAAUUCAAAGUGAAUUUAAAAUUUAAGGUCAAAAUAGUUGAACUGGCAAAGUUCUCUAAGCUAUACUUUCAGUUCGACUACUGUGGCCUUAAAUAUGACAUUUACUUUGAAUUCUCACUUUAGUAAAUUACUCUGUAUGUCUUUGUUGUCUAAAGUGUCAGGUGUCAGCUAUUCGAAGGUGUUAGAUGCUGGGUUGGCUGAGAGUUAUGGUAGCUAUCAUCCACAAACAUCCAUCAAAGCUCCCGCUAAUGGUGUUUGAACUCGUGUUCUGUUGUGCAUCAAAAAAUAUAGGUUUCUAUACAUAUGCAACAGAAAAUGCCGUCCUUUGUUUAGACCUUCCAUUUAGCUGGCCAUUUAUAACUGAUUUAAAUAUGCUGUCCAUUACUUUUUUUUCUGAAUCAUUUACUUUCCUUUGAUCUUUUUCCCAUUCUAUUUGAUUUUUUUUUGGCUUUUACAGGCUCCAAUUCAGCAGCUGGCAGAUAGAAUAAGCGCGUACUUUGUGCCUUUCAUCAUCGUCAUUUCCGUAGUUACGCUUAUCUCCUGGAUCACAAUCGGUUUUGUGAAUUUUGAUAUCGUAAUUAAAUAUUUUCCAGUAAGUAGCCUUAUUAUCUCUAUGUGAAUCCUCCUCAAACUUUGAAAUGCUGUUAUAUAACUGAAGCUAUUGUGACUCCUUUCCUAGGAAUAUAGAUAAAAUAUAAAUAAAAAUAGCACAAUUAAUAUUAAAAUUAUAUAUAUAUUUUUAUUGUCUGCUCAGAGAAAGAUUAAGAUCCCAGAAAGCCCUCUGCAUGUUGAAUGCUUAUUCUUCACAUAAAUGCAUAUAUCCCAACUGACCCAAUUUCAGGAGAACAGUCCUGAUUCUGGUCCCCUUUCGACUAUUUUUCAAUUAAUUGUCCAAUCUAACUGUUUUUUUUUAUAUUUUUUAGCUCACUAACAUGCAAAGGUUAACUUUUCUAACACUCUUUCCUUUUUAGUCCAUAAUAAAUUUUACCUUUCUAUUUCAGAGUUACAGCAGAAAUAUGUCUAAAGCAGAGGUGAUAAUCCGGGUGGCAUUUCAGACCUCCAUAACAGUACUAAGUAUCGCAUGCCCAUGUGCCUUAGGCCUAGCAACACCAACAGCAGUGAUGGUUGGUACAGGAGUUGCUGCACAAAACGGCAUCCUUAUCAAAGGUGGUGGACCCUUGGAGAUAGCCCACAAGGUCAGUUUUUUUUCUUUUCUGCUUUUAAGGAGAUACUAUUAUACCUACAAGAAAUGUCUCUCUCAAAAAUGCACUAACAAAAUAGGAUGGGGAGGAGAUAAAAAGGAUUUCCAUUUACCAUCGGACUGUGACAUCUCAUGUCAUAAAACCUAGAGGAUUAAAUAGGAUCAAUGACAUUCCACACUGCAUUCUUUGCACAUGUAUUUUUCAUAUUGAGACCCCCUGCACAGCUCAUACUUUAGUAUUAUUAUUGAUAUUUAUAAAGGGCCACCAAAUUCCAUAGGGCUGUGCAAUGGGUGGACUAUCAGACACGUAUUUGUAAACAGAUGAGUUGGACACACAGGAACAGAUUGAUUGAGGGCCCUGCUCAAUGAGCUUACCUGCUAGAGGGAGUGGGGUAAUGUGACACAAAAGGUAAGGGUAAAAAAAUAGGUUUCUAGGAUAGUGUUCAUUGAGGGCUUUGUGUUUUGUUUUGAAGACAUUUGCAGAAGAGGAAUCAGGGUGCGGGUAGGAAAGCUGUUCACAGUUUAAUUGAUAUGUUUUCUGAAGAAGUAAGUUUUCAAGUAUUUUUUGAAGUAGUGAAGACAGGGUGAAAGUCUACCAUCAAUGGAACCAGUACCCGUGGUAGCAUUGCAAUAAAUAUUCCUGGCAGUGUGGCACUGAGUACUGAUUGCGGCAUGGAAUGUAAUGGAUCUUUCAGUGGUUUCUGCUAUUCCACUGCUGGAAAUCUGAUUAGAAUGUUCCUCUAGAGCAGGGGUUCUCAACCCAGUUCUCAAGGACCCCCUUCCAGUCCAGGAUUUAGGGAUUACCUGGGUGUGUCUAAGGUGUUUAGAAAAAGAAAAAAAAAACACCUUAGACACACCCAGGUAAUCCCUAAAUCCUGGACUGGUAGGGGGUCCUUGAGGACUGGGUUGAGAACCCCUGCUCUAGAGAAUGUAUUCUGAUUAACUUUUCUCAGAUUUUUCUUUUCCAUUUUUAUAGCUUUAUAAGUGAAAAUAAUUGUUUAUUAUUUCAGAUAAACACAGUGAUGUUUGACAAGACUGGCACUAUAACUCACGGAGUGCCUAAAGUCAUGAGAUUUCUCUUGCUUAGUGAUACUAUCAGCCUGCCACUAAAAAGAAUGUUAGCUGUUGUAGGCACCGCCGAAGCCAGCAGUGAACAUCCUUUAGGAAUGGCUAUUACCAAAUACUGCAAGGAGGUAAGGACUAUGUAUGUGGAUGGCUACCAGCUAUAGCAGAGAUAAUUAAGAUCACAUGGGCUCUAGGAAGGUGUCCAGCCCCCCUUCCUUCAUACUUCACAUAGGGAUGGUAAAUAGGGCCAAGCAUGUCAAUAGUAUCUGGAGCCACUGUCUAACCUCUGGGCUCUGGACAGCUGCUUAGGUUGCCUUAUGAUUAAUCCUGCUCUGAAUUACAGUAUUCAACCAUUAUUAGGAAACACAUUUAAUGAAACCUCAGUGAAACUGUAUUCCGUUUACUGGAAGAUCGAUACACAAGUGUGAAAUAUUUUACAAAAAAGCAAAACAUUUGGGUUGACCACAGAUGGUUUAGUGUUUUUCCCCAGUCCUCCUACAUGUGUUUUUAUGAUAUUCAAAUAAAUAAUUAAUUCUCACCAUGACAUGUGUGGACUGUCAAGAUAAAAUGAGAUUUGCUCUAACCCUGAUCCUGAAAGGAUUAAUGUUGGUUUAUGAUGCUGAACUUUAUGAGUCUGCAAGUAAGAGAAUGAGGAACUGUUAGUUGAUAUCGCUCUUGUUUUUCAGGAACUUGGAACAGAAUCUCUGGGAUCAUGUACAGAUUUUCUGGCCGUCCCUGGAUGUGGAAUCAGCUGUAAAGUUAACAAUGUUGAGAGUGUUCUCACACAGAGUGAAGAAGGUCUGAAUGAGCAGAAUGAUUAUAGGAGCAGUCUUAUCCAUACACACGAUAACUCCUUGAUCAUCUCUCCUGAAGAAGGUAUGGCUUUGAAUGUGUAGUCCUACGUUUUGUAACAAACCCACUUCAUUAGUGUCUUCCCCAAUCAGCUUAUGGUAAAGUAAACUCCAUACAUUCUGUGAGUGUCUCAUGAUUUGUGACUUGCCCAUCUUGAAAGGGUCCAGGAUGUUUCAGCACCUUAUAAAUGAUACAACCAUAGAUUAAUGCCAAGGACCCUAAGUCUAAAUAUUAUCCUUAACCCCAAAUGCUAAAUGCACAUUAAACAUAACUCUAAAUGUCACCCUCACCACUAGCCAGAAAUAAUAGUCUCUAAUAAUAAUAAUCUCUAAACCUCAUGUUACCCAUAACCUUACAUUCUGUCCCUAAUGCUUGUGCUAACUAUAUAUAUUUUUGGCAUGACUAUUUAGCCCUGGCAAGCAGAAAUUCACCCUUUGUGAAUAUACUAUUGACUCCAAACUUGCAGUGGUGAGUAACUUUUAAGACCUGGCCCCUAGCAUUGGAGCUCACAUUUUAACCCUGUGUAUCUGUAUUCCUAAACUUAAAUACCAAACACCAUCUCUAACCUAAAUUACUACAUUGAACCAACAAGCAAACACUCGCAAACCAGCAAGCAAACUUUAGGGUACCUGCACUUGGGAUCUUCUCUCUCCUCAGCGGUUCGGACACCAGCCAAUGUAGCUCCGCCCCUUUUUAUGACGGGUAUGUGGGCCAACGACAUGAUACCAUUUGCAUCACAGCCAGCCAGGGGGGUUGAGGGUGUGGUUACAAAAUUAAAGAGCCAUAAUAUAAAAAGGCUCCUAGGGCUUGUACCUCGCUUCCCUGAUUUUAAAAUUUUGGCUUGUCCCUGACUGUUCUCUGUCUAACUUAUGUAAAGCGUGGCCAUUCUAAGGAUUGGUGUACAGUUAUUUCUAUCAUCUUUUAUAUGUGUUGGAUUUCUUAGUAAUCCUGGCACUAUCAAAUAUACAAAUCAAAAUAAAAGUUUUUCAAAAAGUAUGUAACUUGGUCAGAUUGCAGUGUUGAGCAUGCCUCUCAGCUAGGGGAGCAUCCGCCCCCACCCACCCAUCUCCGUUUCAAACUAGUCAGUCCACUAAUGACAGAAACUGGGCAUGAAUGUGCAGCAGCAGGACAGACAAAUUGGCCACCAGAGCCUGCUCUGCAUGAUCACACUGACCAGAAUCUCUCUCUAUCUUGUAUCCCCUUGGAUACUAGGUGAAGAGAUCUUCCAACUGCACAUGCCAGUAUUCCUAGGGAUAGAACACUGAUUGGUUAUACCAGUGUCCCGAGGUAAAAAUGAACAAAAAAUCACAUUGACCUGCUUUUGGCAACGGUCUUAUUUAAAGCAAACGUUUUUUGAAUGAGACAGUUGUCUCAAAGUGAUGCAUGUCCUAUUAAUCUUAUUCCUGACCUUAAAGGGUUACCCGAAGCACCAGGCCCACUUCAAUAAUUGUAAAUGAUCUUUGCUGCCAGAGUUGUGUAGCUUCACCUCUGUUAGCAUCUUACAUGGAACCAGCAUCUUGGCAUGGCUAAUGUUAAUUCUGUGCUGCCAAAAUCUUUCCCUCAUUCCAUCCUCCAUCGGUGGAGGAGGAUCAUGUGCAGGGAGACCUAGCUGUAGCGAGGGUCCCAAGGUGCGUUUACCCUAUAUUUUCUUUUUUUAUGGGUCUAUUUUUAACAGGGGCAAUGUUACUACAACCAAAAACAGCCUUUUAAUAAAACACUAAACCGUUCUAAACCAUUCCAGAAAUAAACUAGGUAAAUAAUAAAAAUAAAAAAAUAAACUGUAUGCGGUAUCCAAUAAGUAUUGCUUGUUUAGUUGCACUCUUUAUAGAUGUUCCCACUAUGCUUUGAUAAUUCCUUGAUUAACUUUUUUGAACGCUUGAGAAAAAGUAGUUUACUCUGUAGCCACUUACCUAUAGGUAUUGUACAUAUGUAACUAUAUACAGACCACAUUAUAGUAUCUCUUGUCUGUGUAUUGCAGGUGCAGUAGCCCCACAAGCUCACUCCGUACUAAUUGGAAACCGAGAAUGGAUGAGACGCAAUGGAUUCUUUAUCUCUACUGAUGUUAAUGAAGCAAUGACCGGCCAUGAGAUGAAGGGGCAGACAGCUGUACUGGUAGCAAUAGAUGGUAUUACAUUGUGUUAUUUUUCCAUGGAAUUUAUAGAGAUGGAACAAAUGCCAAGUAAAGUAACUUUGUCACCUAUAUAGUUUUGCGAUACAAUUAAUUCAUACCUUGGGUAAGCAGAGAGUUAACCAUCUUUUUAUUCAUUUUAAAUUCUUUAUUUUGAUUUUUUAAAUUUUUUUAUUUCAGAGUGAAAGCUUAAUCAGAAAUGUAUGAGAAAAGAGCACUAGUUGUGAUGUAGCUAGUUCUAAAACUGAAAAGACUUACAAUUGGAAGACAGCAAACCUAAAACCAUUAAAGAAAUGCAUUUUGUUUUUUAAUUGAGGAGGGGAUCACUGAGCCAUGGGUCAUAGGAUUUCUAUAUGAUUUAGGCAAACUAGAAAAAUGGCCAGAGUUGUGGCAGCUGACAUUUAAUGUGGAUAAGUGCAAGAUAAUGCAUCUUGGACGUAAAAACCCAAGGGCAGAGUACAGAAUAUUUGAUAGAGUCCUAACCUCAACAUCUGAGGAAAGGGAUUUAGGGGUGAUUAUUUCGGAUGACUUAAAGGUAGGCAGCCAAUGUAAUAGAGCAGCAGGAAAUGCUAGCAGAAUGCUUGGUUGUAUAGGGAGAGGUAUUAGCAGUAGAAAGAGGGAAGUGAUCAUGCCAUUGUACAGAACUCUGGUGAGACCUCACUUGGAGUAUUGUAUGCAGUACUGGAGACGUAUCUCCAGAAGGAUAUUGAUACUUUAGCCUUUCCUUGCAAGUUUUAUCCUGCAAUCCAUGAACCAGCUUAGUAGCCCUUCUCUGAGCUCUCUCUAAAGUAUCAAUAUCCUUCUGGAGAUACGGUCUCCAGUACUGCGUACAAUACUCCUUUAACCGUAAUAUUGUAAAGCGCUACGGAAUCUGUUGGCGCUAUAUAAAUGGCAAUAAUAAUAAAAUAAUAAUAACUGUAUGAAUAUCCUUCUGGAGAUACGGUCUCCAGUACUGCGUACAAUACUCCUUUAACCAUUAAAGGAACUUAACAUGUGCAGCUUGGAGGAAAGACAAGACGAGGGGGGAUAUGAUAGAAACAUUUAAAUACAUAAAGGGAAUCAACACAAUAAAGGAGGAGACUAUAUUUAAAAGAAGAAAAACUACCACAGCAAGAGGACAUCUUAAAGAGGACAGUCUUAAAUUAGAAGGGCAAAGGUUUAAAAAUAUCAGGAAGUAUUACUUUACUGAGAGGGUAGUGGAUGCAUGGAAUAUACUUUCAGGGGAAGUGGUAGAGGUUAAAACAGUGAAGGAGUUUAAGCAUGCAUGGGAUAGGCAUAAGGCUAUCCUAGCUAUAAGAUAAGACCAGGGACUAAUGAAAGUAUUUAGAAAAUUGGGCAGACUAGAUGGGCCGAAUGGUUCUUAUCUGCCGUCACAUUCUAUGUUUCUAUGUUGUGCAAUGACUUACGAGAAUAAUAUGUUUGUAGCGGUUGCCUCUUUAAAGGGGCACUGUAAAUACCAAAACAACUAUAGCAUAAGGAAGCAGUUUUAGCGUAUAGACCAGGGCUGGGCAAGCAGUAGCGUCCGAGAUAUAGCAGACCUCCAGCUUCCGUGAUGCUUUGUCAUUCUAGAGGUCUGCAAAUUAUCAUGGCAGAUCUGCAGAUCUACAAUUUGCCCAGCCCUGGUAUAGAUCAUGCCUCUGCAGUCUCACUGCAGUCUCACUGCUCAAUUCUCUGAUGUGGGGAUAGAGUGAGCCUUUCAUAUCCCAGGAUAAGCAUGUCUAGCUGCAAGAGCUAGAGUGUCUUUUAGUGAAAAAAAUUAAUUCUUGAAUGUCUUCUCUUUAUAGUAAAUUAACUAUUUAGCUGAUUUCUUACACAACAUACAUUUUGGAUAGGGAGGAAAAUAAAUAUGUCGGUUUGUUAGUGCACCAACUGUCGUACUUAAUUAAGCCCCUGCUUUGCAGGUUUUUUUUAACCUUUCAGUGAGUAUCAUUAGGUUGGUUUAAAAAUUAAGCAUUAUUAUUAUUAUUAUUUAUAAAGUGCCAACAAGUUCCAUAGUGCUGUACAAUGGGUGGACUAACAGACAAGUAUUUGUAACCAGAUGAGUUGGACACACAGUAACAGAGGGAUUAAGGGUCCUGCUCAAUGAGCGUACAUGCUAGAGGGAGUGGGGUAAUAUGACACAAAAGGUAAGGGUAGGGUAGAAAAGUAGGUUGCUAGGAUAGUGUUCAUUGAGGGCUUAGUGUUUUGUUUUGAUGACCGUUUCAGGAGAGGUAUCGGGGUGCGGGGAGGAAAAGCUGUUUACAGUUUAAUUAAUAUGCUUUCCUAAAGAAGUAAGUUUUCAAAGAUUUUUUGAAGGAGUGGAGAUUGGGUGAAAGUCUAACAUAGAGGGGAAGGGAGUUCCAUAGGAACGGUGCAGCUCUAGAGAAGUCUUUAAGGUGAGCCUCAAAGAUAGGCGUACGAACAGAGGUUAGACAUAGGUCUCCGGCAGAGCGUAGGGGCCUAGAUGGGACAUAUUUGUGUAUUAGUGAGGAUAAGUAAGUCAGAGCAGCAUUGUGUAGAGAUUCGUAAGUAAGUAUCAGAAUCUUAUAUUGAGUCCUAUAUCUUAUGGGAAGCCAAUGUAGGCACUGAUAAAGAGGGGAGGCGUGGGAGGUUGGCGGACAUUAAGAUAAGCCUCUCUGCCGCAUUCAUUAUAGACUGUAAUGGAGCAAGUUGUGAACACGUAAGAUGACACAGACAAGGGAGUAGCAACACUUGAGGGAGGGAAGACCAGAAGUUCUGUUUUGGACAGGUUCAGUUUAAGGAAAUGAGCAGCCAUCCAGUUGGAAAUAGCAGAGAGGCAGUCAGAGACACGAGUCAAGAGGGGUGGUGAGAAAUCCGGGGAGGACAGAUUUGCCUGUCAUCUGCAUAGAAAUAAUACUGGAAGCCGAAGGAGUUUACCAAGGAAGGCAGUGUAGAUUGGCAGUGAAGAUUGAGAACAAUAGGGGACCAAGGACAGACCCUUGGGGAACACGAACAGAGAGGGAUUGGGGAGAAGAAGCAGAGCCAGAGACAGAAACACUGAAAGAACUACCUGGGAGAGGUAGGAAGAGCACCAGGAGAGGAUACACUGGAAAUAUUACUGCUACAACACUUUCAUUCUUUUCAUUAGUUUGUGAGCUUAUUUGGACAGGAACCUUUUUACAUACUGUUCCUGCGUGUCAUACGUUUUUUAUUAGAAUUUAAUUUUUUUCUUAAGGAAAUGAGGGAAGAGCAUCCCUAAACAGGAAGCAAAUCCCAUCAAAACCAGUACCCCCUAUAGAACACUAUAUAUAGAGACUUGCAAAAAAAGACUAUGUCUCAAACAAGGUACAAAAAUAAUAAAAUUUUAUUGAUAAUAAAAAUAAGCGUUAAAAAUCUAAACACCAAGUGUCAAAAAUACACCAGACUGCUAUCCUAUAGGAAAAUGGAAAAAUACUGAGAAAAAAUCAGUUCAAUUAAACAUCAACUAAUAGCAGAGUUAUAAUAUAGACUGGAUACUUAAUAAAUAGUUCACUGUAGAUAGCAGAGUAACUUAUGUAACAACCUGAAUAGCAAAAGUAACAAUAAGUCUUGACUCGUAGUAUAAUGAGAAAUGGUUGUAUAAAUCCCAGAUUGAUCCAAAUUUAUGGAGUUAUGGCCAAACAGAACAAUUCCCUUCUAUAUAUCCACUUUCUAUAUACAAAAUAGUUACAGGUCCUAUUGAUUUACUAAAUAGUGAAUUGGCUCUUGCUAAGAUAGCACUUAUAUAUGUCAAAAAGAUAAGUAAAUCAAAUGGACAGAGAGAAAGAGAUCAAAAUCAAUGAAAAUAAAGUAAGAAGUGGUAUAGAGGGUUCUCACAGCUCCAUAGCUAAUAUACAGAAUAUAGAGACUCAACCGACCAAAAGAAGGGGAGUCCCUAGGUAAGUGUAGCAUAUAAAAAGCUACCUAUGAUCUACCUAUACAGCAGUCUGAAAGGACGCGCGUUUCGGCGAUAGCGAUCGCCUUUAUCAAGGGCACAAAUAAGCAAGAGAAAAUCCACUAACCCCCCUUUCCCUUAUAUAGGUAUGGCGCCAAAACCCACUUCUGAUUUAGUGUGCUGUCUCUCUGUCCCAACUGCCAAUACAAUUCAGCGGUGGGAGGACCCAGAGGUCGGCAUUUAGACAAAUCCCAGAAGGGGCACGCAUGCGUGUAACCAUCUUGCCGCGCAUGCGCUCAGCAUACUUUGAGACAACAGUGUGUCAGCAUCCUCUUUGAUAUCACCAGGCGCCCCCAAGGGGCAAACCUAUAUAACGUUCGAUCACAUUAUUUCACAUCGUCUUGUAUUCAUAACGGCAUACUUUUGUCCUGUACACAUUAUGUAAAAAGUAAUCAAUAGUAAAAGUAACCUGGGAAAUAAUAGGGGAGGGAAAGGGGACAUAAACACUCUAUAAUAGAAAGUAAUACUCAACAGGCUAAUCAAAAUUGAAAGUAAAAUUAAAAUAUAUCCAUCAUAGAUCAACAAGAUCAUAAUAGUGUAGGCACCAAUGGUCUUAUCAAAUUCAAAGACACAUUGGUAAUACUCAAAACAGUAUAUAUAGCAAAAGUCCCAUGUCUAGACAUAUUAUUGUAUUGUAUAUGUAUAUAAAUUGUUGAAAAGUACUAAUUAGAAAAAAUAAUAAUAAUAAGUGAAAAAAUAAAUAAGGUAAAUAGGGAAGAUAUAUAUAAAUAAAUAAGAAUCUCAUAUAAUUAUGAGAUCACUGUAACGUAAAAAAGCCUCCCUAGAAAAAAAUUUAGAUUGAAAAUAAAUUAGAUGAAAGGGGCAAAAGAGAACCCCUUGUUGAGACCUAAGGGAUGUAAUGUUUUAAGCCUAAAGAUCCAUCUAGACUCCCUCUGUCUUAGUAAUCGAUCAUAGUCUCCACGUCUUGGGUGUCUCUUGACCCACUCCAGGCCACAAAACUUCAGAUUACUAGGUUCACCCUGGUGGUGUUCCUUGAGGUGUCUUGAGAUGGGUGUCUCAAGGCGAUUCUUAGGAGACCUUACAUGUUCCAUAAUCCUUUCUUUGAAGGCUCUGAAUGUCUUACCUAUGUAUUUUUGUCCGCAUGAGCAAGACAGUAGGUAUACCAGGCCCUUUGUAUUACAAUUAAAGAAGUUUCUGAUUCUUAUUGGGAAUCGCCUCCAUAAAUUUGGAUCAAUCUGGGAUUUAUACAACCAUUUCUCAUUAUACUAUGAGUCAAGACUUAUUGUUACUUUUGCUAUUCAGGUUGUUACAUUAGUUACUCUGCUAUCUACAGUGAACUAUUUAUUAAGUAUCCAGUCUAUAUUAUAACUCUGCUAUUAGUUGAUGUUUAAUUGAGCUGAUUUUAUGUCAGUAUUUUUCCAUUUUCCUAUAGGAUAGCAGUCUGGUGUAUUUUUGACACUUGGUGUUUAGAUUUUUAAUGCUUAUUUUUAUUAUCAAUAAAAUUUUAUUAUUUUUGUACCUUGUUUGAGACAUAGUCUUUUUUUGCAAGUCUCUCUAUAUAGUGUUCUAUAGGGGGUACUGGUCUUGAUGGGAUUUGCUUCCUGUUUAGGGAUGCUCUUCCCUCAUUUCCUCAUCUUUUGUUUUCUCUGUAUGUUCUGGGGUUAAGUCCAUUUAGUACCCCUGUAACCCAUUCUGUGCUCUUUUGCCAGAUUGUCUUCUGGCUGGGAGUAUUCUUGUUUACCUUCUAUAGCUCUGGGGAAUACAUUGGUGCUAUAUAAAUAAUUGUAAUUGUACGAUCCUUACGUAUUGUUAUUAUGUGAAAACAUUAUUUAGGUUAUUUAAAUGUAAUAUAUUUUCUUCGGUAGGUGAGCUGUGUGGAAUGAUCGCUAUAGCCGACACGGUGAAACAGGAGGCUGCCCUGGCUGUGCACACAUUAAAAGCUAUGGGUGUUGAUGUGGUUCUGCUUACAGGGGAUAACAGGAAGACUGCCAAAGCAAUUGCCACCCAGGUAUGUGUUUGUCCAUUUAAGCCAGCUACAAAUAUAACAACAUAUCCGUUUUUAAAACACACAUUAAUAGUAUUUGGAUUAAGUAAUCCUUUGUGUACCUUGUGUUACGCUAAAGCUUGAAAGUGAAUAUUAAAUGGAAAUGGCAUGCGGUUUAAUAUUCUGUUUAUUCGGUUUCACUGUAUGCUGUAUCCAUUCAGUCCUUUCAGUAGCUAUAUCACUGGCAGAAUCUUCCCUGUAAAUCUGUUUCUGUGUCCCAUCAGUUUGCACCACAUUUUCAUAUAUUUAUUUAGUUUAUUUUGGUUAUGUUCUUGCAGGUUGGAAUAGAAAAGGUUUUUGCAGAAGUGCUUCCUUCCCAUAAAGUUGCCAAGGUCCAAGCAUUGCAGACUCAAGGAAAGAGAGUGGCGAUGGUGGGAGAUGGCGUUAAUGACUCCCCAGCAUUGGUCAAAGCAGACAUCGGUAUCGCCAUUGGAACUGGAACUGAUGUAGCCAUCGAGGCUGCUGACAUUGUGCUGAUCAGAGUAAGUUUUCACACCUCGCUGCAGCCAAUAACUUUACUGAGUACCAUUGAGUUGGGUAAUCUAUUUAUCAGCUACUCAAUUAUGGCCUCAAUUUAAUAUUUUUGGAUAAGCUUUUUAAAUGUAAUAUUUUUUGGUAAACUUAAAAUAUCAAAAAAAAACAUCAUAUAUAAAAGAUAUCAAUAUAUAUUAAAAAUCUACAUAUUUAAAUAUUUUUCAAAUUAGUAAAUUAUUUGAAAACUUAUCCAAAAUAUUAAAUCAAGCCAUGUGGCACCGAUUUAAUAUUUUUGGAUAAGCUUUUCAAAUUAUUUCAACAUUUUGAAUAGCCUUUAAAAACUAUUACAAAUAUUUUUUUAUACAUAUAUUUUUUAUAAGAUAUAUAUUUUAUAAUAUGUGGGGAAAAAAAUUAUUGUAAAACUUUAUCCAAAAUAUUAAAUCAUUUGAAACGCUUAUCCAAACAUAUUAAAUUGAAGCCAAUGUCAAAGAGCGUAGCGAUUUUACUAUUGUUGAUGGGGUUAAAGCUGCUUUAAUUCUGAUUAAUCAGUGUUAUUGUUAGGUAACAAAUGAGGGAUGUAAAUUGGUGUAGAUAUGUAUAUUCUACAUUUCACCCGUAAUUUUUCAUCAACUUGAACUCAAAUGCCGGAAUCAAGUAACAAGCCAAUUAGUUUGAUAAGGUAAAAAAAAGUUAAAAGCAAUGAUGUCUUAAAAUGUAAUGACCCCUAUUAUUGUCAGCCAGCCAAUCAGCCAGGCUAGGACAUGUCAAUUGUCAAAUAAAGCAUGACAGUAUCUUGCUAAGAUGCCAAUGGAAUAGUCAUGUUGUGGCUAAUGUUUUUCUUGUUCUCGUCUAUAAAUAUGUUGAUUUUACUUGGAAAAUAUAUUCUGAUUUUAACAUUAAAAGGAGAAAUAUGAAAUUAGAAAUUAUUGAUUGCAAUACCUACAUAGUAAUCAGAUUUAUUUUCCUACUUACAGAACGAUUUACUUGAUGUCGUCGCCAGUAUUCAUCUUUCAAAGAGGACAGUCAGAAGGAUACGAAUAAACUUUCUUUUUGCCUUAAUAUACAAUCUUGUUGGCGUACCUAUAGCAGCAGGUAUGUUAUCUGGUUAUUUUCAGUUGCAUGUAUACUUACUGUAUAUUUCAAUCAUACAAACUAUCACUGGCCAAUGUAAUGUUUUGAGCUGUGAAGUGGCUGGUGGCUGGGAUAACAAGGGGUCUCCUGACUGGAUGUUUGAUGGUUACAGAAUGUGCAGAGUUUUGGGUGAUAUGGAUUGACUUUAUCGAUAAUGAGGUUUCUCCAUUCUGUGUGUUGGCUGGUUAGGGGAUAAUGAGACUUCUCCAGACUGGAGGUUUGAUGGUUACAGAAUGUGCAGAGUUUUUGGUGAUACAGAUUGACUGUAUCGAUUAUGAGGUAUCUCCAUGCUGUGUGUUUGCUGGUUAGGGGAUAAUGAGGGUUCUCCAGUCUGGAGGUUUGAUGGCUACAGAAUGUACAGAGUUAUUGGUGAUACAGAUUGACUAUAUUGAUAAUUAGGUUUCUUCAUGCUGAAUGUUGGCUGGUUAGGAGAUUAAUAGGGUUCUCCAGACUGGAGGUUUGAUGGUUACAGAAUGUGCAGAGUUUUUGGUUAUUUUAACUGACUAUAUCGAUAAUGAGGUUUCUCUAUGCUUUGAAUUGGCUGGCUAGGGGAUAAUGAGGUUUCUCCAGUCUGUAGGUUUGAUUGUUACAGAAUGUCGGUGAUGUGGCUUGAAUGACUAUAUUGAUAAUGAGAAGUCUUCAUGCUGCAUGUUGGUUGCAGGGAUAAUGGAGGUUUUAAAGGUCACAGAAUAUUGAGGGUUCUUUACUGUGUGGCAUGUGGAUACACUGGCUACAUUUGUAAUGAGGUUUAUUAAUUCUGUGUGCUGACUGAUUAUAUAAUGAGGCUUUCAUAGGCUGAAUAUUUGAUAUUUUCAGAAUAUGCAGGGUGUUUACCAUGUGGAUAGACUGGCAUUAUUGAUACUAAAGUUUCUUCCUGCUCUGGGUUGAGUACAGGGUAGCAGGGGUUCUGCAGGUUAGAAGUUUGAUGGUUACAGAAUAUAAUGUUCAGGGUUCUCUACAUUGUGGAUUGACUGGCUCCAUUGAUAUUGAGGUGUCUUCAUGCUGUGAGUUACUUAAUUACAAGGGUUCUUCAGUCUAGAGGUUUGAUGGUUGCAGAGCAUGCAGAGUUCUCUAGGCUUUGGGUUUUAUGACUACACUGAUAAUAAAGUUUAAUCCCACUGUGAGUUGGUUGAUUACAGGAUCUAGUUUUCCUACCUAAUAAUAACUGGUAAAGGAGGUUUGCAUGAUAUUAUCCAAAUCGCGACAUGGGAACAUGGAUUCUCCACACUAUAGAUUAGUUGGUACCAGGGCUACAGUAGUUUUCCAGCUAGUUGCCUCUCCAGGAUUUGCUCAAUGUCAAUGAUUGUUAAGGUACAAGUAUGGGCAGGGUGAGCUGUGGGAUGGGUAAGUGAAUUCAAAGAAAAUUGUUCAAGACUCUUAACAGAUAUAACUUUGCUGUAUUGGCUUUAUCCUGGAACGAAGCAUCUCAAACUUGGCUCCCACUCAAUCAAUAUUAUAAGUCUGCCAACUUUUAGUAAUUUACAAAAACAGCCUUUACACCAGUAGAAAGCUCCCCACAUCAUACAAAAAGUAUGUUCUUGUACAAGUGUACAAUGAAUACUCGCACAGAGAGAAUCAGACUGCUUAAUAGAUAAACUACUUAACAAAUUGUUAUCUGAUGAGUAUAUUUGUCCAAUGUAGAGAGGUAUGCACAUUUAAAUGCUGUAUCAUUUAGGCAAUUCUUGUUAUUUUUCAUGUAGACGUAGAUCAUAUUCUUCUUAACAAUCAUUAAUAAUUCUGUCUCUACCGUCUAUCUUUACAAGGAGCCUUUAUGCCUCUGGGGUUGGUGUUGCAGCCAUGGAUGGGAUCGGCAGCAAUGGCAGCAUCCUCUGUGUCUGUUGUUUUAUCUUCAUUACAGCUAAAAUGGUAUGGCCCAUGUAUUAAUUCCUUCCUUCCUAUCAUCUUGUACACAUUCUGAAUCUUUGUUGCAAAAUCAAACAAAAAACUUGAACAAGCUUCAGAAGUGAUUGUAGAAAUCAAUCAUCAGAAAAAUAUCUUUGAAUUCCAUGGAUUAAUUUCACUGUUCAGAGUUUGUCUUACAAUUUUUUCUUUAUACAUAGCCUCAUGGAGUUCAUAAAAGUACUAAUGAUAUAUAGAGAAGAUAAAAUUGAAGCAUAGUUCAGAUGCAUCUUUAUUAUGAAAGUUAGAAACUGAAUAGCAAAGCUUCAAAUCAUAAAAAAGUAAACACAUUCUAUAGCAUAAAAAAGGAAAAAAAUUAAAGAAGUUAUAGAGCCUCAACAAUAUUAAUUUUGAGCCUUCAACAGUGGCUUGAAAUAUAGCUUCUGUGAAGGCUGCACAAAAUCUAUAGAAAUGUGAUAUUUCUAGACUUGCACACGGCAUAAAAUUUUGGUUCGGCUGAAUGCAUUCGGACAAACAAAAAAAUAAUUUUGAUAUUCAGAAUUGAUUUAGUCUGUUAGUUGAUAUGGUUUGGCCGACAUCUGGCCAAUAUUUUCACUUCAGAAUUUAAAAAAUCUUUCAGAAGAUAAGUCCGAUACUUAGAAACCAUUAUGUGGGUUUGACAAUAUUUAAGGAUGCCAAAUUAGGGAGCUCCUUCAUUUGGUAUCUUUAAAUAUGGCAAUCCUAGAUAAGGAUGCUAAAAUAGGGAGCUAUCUAAGCAGUUGAAAGAUAAAAAUUAUGAGAAUCCCUUCGUAAUUUUGUUUUUAGCUUUUUAUUAGAUGAUACCCUAAAUACCAUUUAAUGAUUUCUACAUUAAUGAACUAACAAACCAAAUGCCCAUGGAAGAAUUUCAGUCAUCAGUGAUUCAUUAAUUAUGUCAUUCUUCCAAAGUGCCAUUCAAAUGGCUGAAUUAUACCAAAAACAAAUGCCCCCGUCUAGUUAUUUCCUUAGUCUUUAUAUGUUAUUAAUUACCAAAUACAGUACUUCCAAAAAGUUAUGGGAAUAUAUACAGUAAAUGAUGUUCUGUCUACCUCUAGUGCUAGAUUUUGAAACUACUGUACUAGGCAAUUAAAAUGACUUCUUACGCUGUAUACAAACGUGGCAGUGCAUCUUACAUUUGAAUUUGAAGCUUCAAGCUCCUAUUAAACCACCAAUUUAUAAAUUGAAGACUUUUUAUCAGAAAGUUUCCAAAAAAUGGAAUUAGAGUUAUAGGAUAAAAUUAAUCAGCAGACAACACACAAAAUCCAAUGAAUGAUUGAGUAAAAAAAAGUUUGUAUUGUUUUGGAUUGAGUUAUUUUAUUUUUUAGAUCCUUUUAAUUUCCUGUUACAGGCGCAUCAACUGUAUCUUUAGUACAAGUGACAGCUCUUUUGUCAAGCAAUGUUUAUCAUGUUUCACAAGCUUCUUAUCUAAACAGUAGCCUGACCUCUUAACACGCAAUCAGCUCUUUCGCUAGAAUCCCGGGCAACUCUCUAUUCUAGUGUCUGUGAUAUUCCAGAGUUAAACUCCCUUGCUCCCUGUCUCCAACUCUCCUGGUCAGUACAUCAGUAGAUUCUCAGACACACACUCUUUAUUUUAGAUCUCCAUUCUCCCUCUCCUAUUUUAAUUUCUCUCUUCCCAUUCCUCCUUCCCCUAUGAGUCAGUUAUCUUCCUAAUCCAGUAUUUUAGCAAAUUCUAUGAGCAUUCUAUUUUUCUAAAGUAUACCUCAAUAAUCUAUCAUGACCUUCUCUUACAUUCUUCUUCUGCUGUACUUCAUAUUACAUUGAGCGAAAGAAGGAGUAGUGGAGGUAGACAAACCCCCCACUAUUUCCUCAAGGGAGAAGGUUACAGGAGGUAACAGGGGCUUAACCCCAAUUAACUAAGAAAAACAACAAGAAAGAAUAGAGAGGGAGGUCUAAUCCCCUAAAAGGGGGGGAGGCAGUGGUGGAUCCAGAGCCUGAUCUCGGGAGGGGCACUUGUAGAUUAUUUAAAGAAAUAAUCCAGACACAAUAACCACUACAGCUCAGUGUAGUGGUUAUGGUGUCAACAGUGCCAGGACCCCCUCCCAGAGUAAGUAGUCAAACCGUUUAAGAACAGUUUGACAACUUACCUGAGGUCUGCUGAGAAAUGGGGCUGUAGUAGGGCAUAUGAGCAGUGGUGUGUGUGAGUGGUGCAAUGUGUAAGGGGUGCAGUAUGUGUGUGUGUGUGUGUGUGUGUGUGUGUGUGAGAGAGGGGGACAGUGUGUGAGCAGUGUGUGUGUGUGAAGGUUGUAGUAUGUGAGUGAGGGCGGCAGUGUAUGUCAGGGAUGCAGUGUAUGUGUGGGACAGUAUGUGUGAGUAUUGCAGUGUAUGUGUGAGUGUGGGCAAUGUGUGUGUAUGGGGGCAGUAUGUGUGUAUGAGGGCAGUGUGUGUGUAUGGGGGGCAGUGUGUGUAUGGGGUAGUAUGGGGCAGUGUGUGUGUGUGUUUGGGGGGCAGUGUGUGUGUAUGGGGGCAGUAUGUGUGUGUAUGGGGGGCAGUAUGUGUGUGUAAGGGGCAGUAUGUGUGUAUGGGGGCAGUAUGUGUGUAUGGGGGCAGUAUGGGGCAGUGUGUGUGUGUAUGGGGCAGUAUGGGGGCAGUAUGUGUGUGUGUGUAUGGGGGCUGUGUGUGUUUAUGGGGGUAGUAUGGGGGGCAGUGUGUGUGUAUGGGGCAGUAUGUGUGUAUGGGUGCAGUGUGUGUGUAUGGGGGGCAAUGUGUGUGUAUGGGGGGCAAUAUGUGUGUAUGGGGGGCAGUGUGUGUGUAUGGGGGGCAGUAUGGGGGGCAGUGUGUUUGUAUGGGGGUGUAUGUGUAUAGAGUGUGUGAUAAGGGUAGGGGGGCUUCUUUUUUUUAAUAAUAUAUAUUUUUAUUUAUUUAAUUAAAAUAAAUAAAUAUUCUAUGUCCCCCCUCCUUUCUUACCUUUACUGGGAGGAGGGUGGACAUAUUUCGAUCCCUGGUGGUCCCAGUGGUGACUCCCUGCGAGUCCCAGUGGGCACAGAGAACUCUAGCCCGCGCUCCCGGGCUAGAGUUCACUCUCGUGAGAUUUGGAGCGUUGCCGUGGUAACCACGGCAACGCUCCAAAUCUCGCGAGAGGAGGACCCGGAGGAGCUGCAGCCUGAGCUCCUGGGUCCUCUCUCCUCCCUCUCCCUCCCCUGCCGGCUGUCAGCACAGUGCCUGCGGACCGGGGAGGGAGAGCUCUGAUCUCCCCUCCGGUCCGAAGGCAUAUUGCAGGGCUAGCACCUGCAUGUGCUGCUGGCAGGGGAGAGGGAGAGGGAGACUGGCGGAUUUCUCGGGGGGGGGGCAAUUGCCCCGUUGCCCCCCCCCCCCCUGGAUCCGCCACUGGGGGGAGGGGACUACCCUGACCAUUCAAAGAAUACCUCCUACUGUUAAAAAAAUCACAUAAAUUAGGGUAUAUAACCUUUAUUGAAAUAUGUAUAAAAUUUAUACAAAUACUGCCAAAUGUAUCUAAUGGCGAUAGAAAGGAGAAAAGGAUGGACUAAAUGUCCCUAUAUGGCUAUAGAGGGAGCACAAUAUAGGGGAGGUGUAUAGAUAGAGGUAGGUAGGGGAAGUGGCUAUUACCCUUUAUAAAGCAAAUCCUAACCACUUAACAAGUUGCUCUUGAUAAAGGCGUGCUUGAAAACGCCGAAACGCGCGUCGAGUUUAGAUAGCUUUAGCGGACGUCAACCAUUUGAUUUAAGGUUUUAGUUGUAGCUGUUGCUUUCUAUAUACUCUGUAGACAGUCUUAGCCAAUGCUAAUCUUCUGUUUUGAGUUUAGAUAGCUGUAGCUGACGCUACUUACGUUUACCCGAGAUUUUUGGUUGCAGCUGAAGCUAUUCAUUAUCUUUUUAGGCAGGUUUAGGCUACAUUACUUAUUUUUAGACGCUAGCUUUAGUAGAUUUUAGCUUUAUGUCUCUCACUUAUUUUUCUAGUCUGGAGAUAUCCCUAAGAGACUAUGCUGGCUCAUUCUAGCUAUUAAGGGGGUAUAGAUAGGCUGCUUUGAAGCAGCAGUUAGACGUAUGGUGUAGGUUUAGUUGGAGCAGUGCUAUAAAGGGGUGUUUUAGGUGACCUAUAUGUAUAUCUAGAAUUACCUACCUCUAUCUAUACACCUCCCUUAUAUUGUGCUCCCUCUAUAGCCAUAUAGCGACAUUUAGUCCAUCCUUUUCUCCUCUCUAUCGCCAUUAGAUACAUUUGGCAGUAUUUGUAUAAAUUUUAUACAUAUUUCAAUAAAGGUUAUAUAUCCUAAUUUAUGUGAUUUUUUUAACAGUAGGAGGUAUUCUUUGAAUGGUCAGGGUAGUCCCCUCCCCCCCUCUUAGGGGAUUAGACCUCCCUCUCUAUUCUUUCUUGUCGUUUUUCAUAUUACAUCAUUAAUUAAAAAUGAACUAUAAAGCUGUAUAUAGACCUGGGCGUAUGCUCUCUGGCUGUCCAUACAUGAACGGUGAAGGCAAUGGUUAAAUAUACACAAUGGCUACAGUAAUUCGCCUGGCCUGCAAUAUAUAUUGGCUUUAGCCUAAACCCUCUUUUAAAGCGAGAGCUAAUGUGCAUUGUCUAUGCAUUACAGUAUAAAUACAAAUUGCCGCUUAUUAAAGGACAACUGUCACCUGAAAACAAUUUUUAAUUCAUCAAGAUUUGAAAGGAAAUAGAUUUUGUUUUGAAUUAAGUAAAUGCUUCUGGGUUUCAAAAACUUUCUGACCCAAGGUGUAUGUAUAUGACUGUCAUAUACUAAAGGUAGAGAUGGGUUUUUCUCAUUUUUUUUUACAUAUACUAAAUUAAAAUAAUUGUAUUUCCUUUCCUUUUGAGGUGACAUAUUUUUUUACCUGAUUUUAAAACCACAUUUCUACAUAAAUGUAGUGUGUGAGGGGGGAGGGGAGAGUGUACGAAUAUAUUUUACUUUCUAAUGUGCCUUAAUAUUUCUGUUUAGCUACAAUAAGCCGGACCAGGAUCAAUAUGAGGCCCGAGCCCAGGGGUGCAUGAAACCUCUUACGCCCUCACAGAUAAGUGUUCACAUUGGCAUGGAUGACCGGAAACGAGAACUACCAAAGACGAACACUCGGGAUGAAAUCAGCCACGUUUCUAUGUCACCUCUUUCUCCAAACAAACAUUCUCGGCAGAACUCCCUGGUAAGAGAGCGACAAGAUAAGUGGUCUCUGCUCGUCAGUGAAAUGGAUGAAGACCAUCAUAUAUGAAUAACUGUCAACAGAAAGAAAAACUAUUUCAUGUAAAGUACCACUUCAAGCCACAAGCACAGAGACUUUGAAAACAGCCAUGUUCUUAUGACUGCCUUAACAAACCAAUAGUACCGGUUAAUUUUCAGUAGAAUAAUUCUGAUUGGCCACAGCAGGCAGCUGGGAUGCAAGUUAAUUGCAGAAUAUGGUGCAUGUCAUCACACUGUCAUUUGGACCAUUGUAAUGCAUCUUUAGCCACAGUUUACCAUCAGAGUUGUGAUCCUUUAAUUCUCUGUGUCACUAAGGGAACACAGGUAAUCUUUACUACAGGGUUUAGUUAGAGCUAACUGAGGCAUGAACAGGGAGGUAGCAUUGCCAACUUUAAAAAGAAACUAGCUGCUUUGAAACAUGUUUUUUUUUUUUUUGUGUAAUGCACAGUUACUGUUUUCUGAUAUUAUUUUUUUUAUACCAAAAUUACCAAAAAAAUAAGGCCACUUGGGUUUUAAUAGAUCCUGUAACUGGUAAUUCAUUAUAAAUAUAUUCUGUGUAUAUAGAACACAAAGCAAGCAAUAUCAUGUAAAUGUUUGGCUAUAUUUCUAUCAGUAACUCAGAUGUAGUCUAGUGUAUAAGUAAGAUGGAUUCUCAGAGCAACCUUAUUUGAUAUGUUUAUUAGUGCAAAAUUAAGAUAUGAUAUUUGCAGAUUGUAACUGCAGAUGCUGACAUGGUGUAAGGAGAUGUUACACUUUAUAAAGGUACCAAAAUGUUAAAAUAAAUAUAUAUAUAUAUAUAUAUAUAUAUAUAUAUAUAUAAUUUGAAUAAUUGUGAAACUAGGAUAAUUUAAAGUUUGUAUAAAUAAUAAAUAGCUUUAGAUGUGCUUUAAUUUUUAGUGAUAAGAUAAUGAAUGGACCAUUACUACUGUGUCAUUAAUAUGUAAACAAUCUGUGACUUAUGUGCUUUCUCCAACCUGCUUAAUUGAAUUGUCUUUUACCCGGCAUGGUAGUUUGUACAGAGUUAUCUGGAAUUUGGUUACCUGAGCAGCUGCUUAAUUCAUAUUUACGCUGUGUUGAUCCUGGCCGUGAAUAUGUUGCAGUUACAUAGAAUUGACCUUCAUCAGUGAAGUUGCAGAGCAGUGGAAUAGAAGUAUGAAAUUACACUCGCUGCCUUCGUGAGCAAGGAGAAGGAUCAUGUCUAACGUCUAUGUAUUUAGAAAAGGACAAAUGGCAUUUAGCUGUUAUCAAAAUCUAUUUUAACUUUUUUUCUUUUUUAUAAAUGUGCCUUUUAAAGGUUUAUAUGUUCAACAUGUCAUACCUUGUUUAUUUAUACUUUUUGGAAUAUUUUUGUUUAAUGCUUAAAUGAUAUGUUUACUUGCACAAUGCAAUUUGCACUAUAUCAUGCAUUAUUUUUAUCAUACAUAUGUGAAUAUGUGCUCACAGAGUAUGAGAAUAAAAUGAACUAACAUAGUCGAAAUGUAACAAAUCCCAUUGUAGUCUGACUGGUAAAAUAUGUUGAUUAUUGUUAUUUAGACAGGGAUAACCAUGGUUUCUGUUAUUAUUGUACAUUUGUAUUGUGUAGCCAUCAUAAUAGAAUAUUCCUUCUGAUUGCUCUGCCUAUACCUUUUGCUCCAGAAUUGCACCUCAUUCAUAAUGCCAGUGUGUUUCAAAUCUAGCACCUAACAUUCCAAAUUCCACUCUGACCAAUCUCAAUUUCUCACCUAUUGAUUGCAGAGACACUGCUGAUCACAAAUGCUGACAAGGUUAACCUUCUUAACAAAUCAAAAUAGUUUACACAAAUCUUUUAGACAAACAGCGUAUUGAACCUGGUGAGCAGACUCAGUUACAGAAACAGCUGCAAUAACUCUUACUUGUAUUCACACAUCUAGUCUGAUCAACUCUUUAUUCCUUUGAGGUCAAUAAAAUAAGUAUCAUUUUGAACUAGAAAAUAGUAAUAUAUUUACUCUAAUGACACAAUUGAAAGCUAGUGAAAUCUCUACAUAUUCUUCGGUUAAUUACUUUGGUAUUAUCCCUAGCACUUUUCACAUUUAGUAUGUUUGGCAAGAAAAAGUUUGAGAAGCCAUCAAUAAAUUCAUCUCAGUAGCUAAUGCUGAAAUCCAAAAUUCUUUAUCUAACGCAGAAAGAGGAGAGUUGGAGUUAUGUGGCAUGGGCAACGCUUACCGUCUAAAAUGUUGAAUCACUGAGCAUGCAGACUGCCAGGGUAACUCACUGAAGCAUUAAAGAGACACUAUAUUCACCAAAACAACUUUAGCUUAAUGUAACAAUUUUGGUGUAAAGAUCAUGUGCCUGCAGUCUCACUUCUCAAUUCUCUGCCAUUUAGUCAUUAAAUCACUUUGUUUAUACAGCUCUAGGCACACCUCCCUGCAGGUGACUUGCACAGCCUUGCUAAACACUUCCUAUAAAGAGAGAUCUAAUGUUUACACUUCCUUUAUUGCACAGUUUGUUUAAUUUAGAAUUUCUCAUCUCCUGCUCUGUUAAUAGCCUUCUAGGCGCUACAGGAGUCUUCUGUGUGUGAUUAAAAAAUUAUUUACAGAGCAUGAAAUAAGAACUUCUAAAGCAAGUUAACGUCUGAUUGAAAAUUAAACCGUUUUUUUCAUGCAGGCUGUGUGAGUCAUGGACGUGUGGCUAAAGCAACAUAAACAAAGUGAUUUAACUACUAAAUGGCAGAUAAUUGAUACACUAUAAAACUGCUUAAUUUAGCUAAAAAUGUUUUGAUGUCUGUACCAUCCCUUUAACAGUUUGACUGAAUUCAAAGUGGGGGCAUGAUGUAUACACCAAAUCUGCUUCAUUAAGCUAAAGUUGUUUUGAUGCAUAUUUAUAUAUGAUCCAACAUGGAUUUGACAUUUAGACAGUAAUAACACAUUUGAAAACAUAGCUUUCUUCAAUAUUUUUAAAAAAUUUUUUUAUUUUUUUUGUAAUUUAGUUUUUUUUUUAAAUUCACUUUGUGUUCCUGACAAUUCCCAGCAUAUUGAAAAACCCUAAGAAUACAUUCAAGAAGCCAAGGAUAGAGAAUCAAGAAGGUUACUGGUAAUUUCAUCAAGCAAAUGGCUAAAAUUGGAGGUUACAGUUCAACUGUUUGAGCCUAAAUAAAUAUGCACAAUAUUUCGUAAAUCUUUAAAACUGUUGAAUAAGAAAAACGGGCUCACGGGAAAUUUACCAAUAAAGACAUGUCGAAAAUAUUUAAUAGAACUUUAGCUUUCCGUCUGAAAGUUUAGCACUUAAUAUACUGGUGGCUUAUUUCAUUUAAAAGUGUCAUGCAGUAAUGGGGGGAUCAGUUUAAUUUAGAAAUUGCCUUAAUGGCUUCAGAUUUUCCUUUAUAAUGUCUGAAUCACAUUUCAGUGAAAAGCGUAAUUAGCAAAUUCCAUGUAAUUGAUGUUUAAGCAAAAUGAUCAAAGUAUAUUUAUUUUUAUGAUGAGCUAAAAUAAACAUUAGUAUUUUUUCACAACUGUUUUGUGAUGUCUGUUUUUAUAAAUAGGAUUGAGAGAAUGCACAGUCUGUGCUACUUCAACCCACCACCCAUUAAUUUAUAUGUAUUGCAUCAUUUUCUAAAUGUGUUACAUUGUCUUGUAUCUACAUAUACAGUACUGGCAUUUUAUGAUUGUCUGUGUGCUGAAUGUGCUGUGAAUAUUACUUGUGUGGGAAUAGAAACACUGUUACAUUCUGAAGCUGGGCUAUUUAAAUCCUCUUUACUCUAAUUCUUCUUUCCACGCAGUUUUAACUUGAAGGUAAAUGAACAAGUAAACAGUUAAGAAAUGAUGACUUUUUUUUUGUCUAUUGUACACAUCAAUAAAAUAAAUCAAUAGCUUUUUUUGUUUUUAAUGAACGCUAAUUGAUAUUUAUUUCUUGGUAUAGAACUGGGGUCAGGGUUCUAAUAUACAAUUUGUCUCUCUGACCAUAUUCAGUUUAUUCCUUAGUUUUGGUUCAAUUUUUUACAACCUCUACACACUACAGCCACUAAUUAUUUGUACCUUGAUACUCUGGAGGUUCUACUGAACUAUUAAAUUACUCAAAUCUGAGAAUACUUAUAAUAGCUAUUAAAAUCCUCUUACUACUUGAAGUGGCCUUUGAGACUACUUUACUCAGAAUUUUAAAGGUGUAUUAUCACUCUGUUGUUUAUUCACAAUGUCACAUUUGUUUGGGUUUUGGUUUUUCAUAUAGAACCUACUGUUCUAGUUAGGCUCUUUAUAUUUGAAUAUCUUAAUAUUCGGCUUUAAUAAAGGUUUAUACCACCUAUACGGAUUUUUACUUUUAAAGGUACUUCUUUUGGUGGAGUGGGAGUCUGCACACUUUAAGUGGGCGGUCUUCCCUUCCCGCUUUAUGUUUAGUCUAUUCCAUAGGCUUAUACCAUAUUUAUGGAUACUUAAUUCGUUUAGAGGUUCUCGCCUAUGGAGGAGGGACUCCCCACAUAUUUGUGAGGAGUUAUCCUUACUCCAUUUAGUAGUUUCUGUUCAAUUUAUUUUGGGUGAUGCCCUUGAGUUCCUCUGUAACCGAUUAGGAGACACCAGUGUUGACUAGUGUAGCCCUGUUGCCUCUUCUUGUGUAGCAAUAAAAUCUCAUCAAGCUGGGUUUGUUGGCAAUCUUCAUUUAAAACAAGAUUUAUAAUAUUACAGGAACAAUAAGAAAGGAUAAUACAAUAUGCACGAUUGCAUCAAUGUUUACUAGAAAUCGUGUCAAAAGAUAAACAUAAAGAGGCUAUGGAGGACUAUUGUAGCAAAUGUCUACAUAGUGAUGGUCCAGUUAGAUUUAAAUUCGGGGUAAAGGAUCAAGACCAAUAAAUUGGGUGCGAGAAGGGAAAGUCAAUGGGAAGAAAGGUGAGGAAGAUGAAAAGAAAAAAAAUAAGUGUCCAAUUUUAUGUGUGCCAGAUUCAGUUACACACAGGGUGUAAUGCAUCCCCUAUGCCCCUGGAUGAGUAUAUCCGCUGUAGUUCUCCCAAAUCCCUAGUGCAGCAGUGAUUAUAGCUCCCAAUUCCCCAAACAUCAGCCUAGUCUUGAUGAAGGGUAAAAACAAAUGUGUUUAAUCAUGGCCAAAUGGCCCACUUAUAUACAAAACAAGAUUGCAGUAAAACACGUCCAGAACACUCACACAAAAUGUCCACAAAUUCCUGUAUCAGAGUGACUCGGCAUGAAAACAUUAAAUAUCAAAAUACAUAAAAAACACAUACAAAACAAAUAGGAACCCCCACAAAUUAUAUAUAAUUAAAUAUCCCUGAUCUGAGCACCCAAGUAAUCCAAAUAGCGCUCAGUGUAGGGGAAACCCCACCAUGUGGAAGUUCUGACCGGCCGCACACAUGGUCCUAGGCCCAAAACAGUUCCAGGGCAUUUGGUGCUUUUGCCGGUCAACUUCCAGGAGCUCCUGCGGCCGCAAUACAGGGUGCUUCGGCUGGCUCCUACGUAGCGUUUGUUCCCCUUAGUCUCCGGCACCUUUCCUCCAAAAAGAGCUCUACUUGCGGAUUUCAAAUUGGUCCAAAACCGUGAACCAAGUUGUCCGGGAACCGCAUGGUCACCUCAUGCCGAAAACAGUUCCAUAAGAUUUGCGGGGAAGUACCACUGGGACUAUUCGUGGGUUUGGUUCAUGCGAACGGCCACCAGAGAGCCAACUUUCGGUCCAUUUGCAUGAAGGGAAAGUGCUGAACCAGGGGCAACCAGGGGCAAGCUACUAAUGGCGGUUGGGGAGAUUUAACUCCCGAACAGGGUCUUUGUAAAUGUCCCAUAGUCGGUGGGCAGGAGGCCAGCUUCUACACUCCUCCAUGAAUUCGUGGCAAAUGUCCAAGGCAAGGAACGUUUGUCACACAGGGCUAUAUGAAAUUAAUUUAAUUCAUAUUUGCAUGCAAUUUUCAAAAUUAAUCUUUCAGUGCCACGUUCAGAGACUGCAUUACAUAAAUAUAUUUAGCUCUUACCAUCCAUUGCUGCAGAGUGGGUGCAGAUGGUCUCCACUUGGUUGGAAUAAGGGACUUACCUGCAAGACCCCCAACGGUGACAUGGCCACUAGAGAUCCAGUGGCGUGGGGCACGUAACGAUAAGAUAUACUUACCUGAACCUAUCCCACGCGGUCUGCUUAGACACACAUGCCCCCCCUCUAUGAAAUGCUCAUUUUUCAGGGGCGGGUGACAGUGCUUCUUUAAUAAGGCGACUUUUCAACAAAAAUUUCACUGGGGUGGUGGUAUGGUGUCAAGAUCUGAAAGAAGUCAGACUCGACAAUCUUCACAAUAGUGGUGUGAUGUAAGAUGUACAUGAUGGAGCGUAAGCUUUUAGUAUCUUAACAAGGAUUGUUUGGAAUAAGUGUAUUGUCCUCAGGAGUGGAUUCAUCUUCACUUGUUAAUUCUACCAAAACAAGCUCUAUACUGCCCUAAUCAAUUAUCCUGAUACAGUCAGGCGGAGUUAAGCUACUGAAGAAGACUGAGCUCCUGGCCGCUGGCAUAUCUAAAGACCACUACCCACGCUCAGACUCAAACCGCAUUCACCCCAGGGCGACCCAGAGACUCAGCGGGGGCUAUGGAUCGAAAAAUUAAAAAACAAAAGGCGGAUGCGGAUAAGCCCCAGCCGGGCAUAUGUAUUGGGGAGCUCUGGAAGCAGGCCCACGACGCAGCUAGCACCAAGAUGGCAUCUCUUCACAGAGGGUGUUCGUAUUUUAGGGAGGGGUCCCUGACACUGCCACUGCUGAUCUGGCCACAGACCUGGCCCUCCGCAACAACAUCCACCCCGGUGAAAUUGGAGGCCCUUGGCAGAACACCAUGGUAAAAUAUCAGCCAAAGUGGUCAUGAUCCGAGAGGAUCUAAAAAGCAUAGCAGCACGGUUGCGGGCAGUGGAAGAUAAACCAGCCAUCACACCCGCCAGAUCUCGGAACUGCAGACCGCAAUCCAAGACCUGCGCCAACAAAACCUGCUUCACAGCAAGUGUCCAUGUUGGAGGACAAAAGGCACCAAACUCACCUGGAAAUCAGAGGUGUUGCCGGCUCUGUCCCAGAAGCAGAGCUCAUCAGACGGCUCAUCGCCGCGAUACUAAACCCAAAGGCAGCCAGAGCGAUAACGCUGGACAGAAUUUUCCGUAUACCACGACCGGCCAAAGUACCACCAAAUGCCACCGGAGACAUAGUGCUCCAGUUCCAAACCCUGAAAGACAAAGCAGCACUCUUGGAGGCCGUCAGACAUACUCAUUUGAGGAGAUGGCCCUAUCGUUCUAUGCCGACCUCUCGAGUGGAACACUAGCAUGGAGGAGAUCCCUGAGCCAAUUUACAACCCUCCUGAGAAGACACCAUCUUAAAUACCGCUGGGGACCAGGCCGCACUAUCCACAUUACUACAGGAGACACCUCGCAGGUCAUCCGCGACAUGUUAGAGGCCAUGAGGACCUUAGGCAAGCUAGGCCUCCCUCUGGACUCACUCAAACCUUCAGAGAUUUGCGGGUAAGUACCACUGGAACUAUUCGUGGGUUUGGUUCAUGCGAACGGCCACCAGAGAGCCAGCUUUCGGUUCCAUUUGCAUGAAGGGAAAGUGCUGAACCAGGGGCAACCAGGGGCAAGCUACUAAUGGCGGUUGGGGAGAUUUAACUCCCGAACAGAGUCUUUGUAAAUGGCCCAUAGUCGGUGGGCAGGAGGCCAGCUUCUACACUCCUCCAUGAAUUUGUGGCAAAUGUCCAAGGCAAGGAACGUUUGUCACACAGGGCAAUAUGAAAUUAAUUUAAUUCAUAUUUGCAUGCAAUUUUCAAAAUUAAUCUUUCAGUGCCACGUUCAGGGACUGCAUUACAUAAAUAUAUUUAGCUCUUACCAUCCAUUGCUGCAGAGUGGGUGCAGAUAGUCUCCACUUGGUUGGAAUAAUGGACUUACCUGCAAGACCCCCAACAGUGACAUGGCUACUAGAGAUCCGGUGGCGAGGGGCACGUAACGAUAAGAUAUACUUACCUGAACGUAUCCCACGCGGUCUGCUCAGACACACAUGCCCCCCCUCUAUGAAAUGCUAAUUUUUCAGGGGCGGGUGAGAGUGCUUCUUUAAUAAGGCGACUUUUCAACAAAAAUUUCACUGGGGUGGUGGUAUGGUGUCAAGAUCUGAAAGAAGUCAGACUCGACAAUCUUCACAAUAGUGGUGUGAUGUAAGAUGUACAUGAUUGAGCGUAAGCUUUUGGUAUCUUAACAAGGAUUGUUUGGAAUAAGUGUAUUGUCCUCAGGAGUGGGUUGAUCUUCACUUGUUAAUUCUACCAAAGCAAGCUCUAUACUGCCCUAAUCAAUUAUCCUGAUACAGUCGGCGGAGUUAAGCUACUGAAGAAGACGGAGCUCCUGGCCGCUUGCAUAUCCAAAGACCACUACCCACGCUCAGACUCAAACCGCAUUCACCCCAGGGCGACCCCGAGACUCAGCGGGGGCCAUGGAUCGAAAAAUGAAAAAACAAAAGGCGGAUAAGCCCCGGCCGGGCAUGUGUAUUGGGGAGCUCUGGAGGCAGGCCCAGGACGCAGCUAGCACCAAGAUGGCAUCUCGUCACGGAGGGUGUUCGGAUUUUACAGAGAGGUCCCUGACACUGCCACUGCCGAUCUGGCCACAGAGCUGGCCCUCCGCGACAACAUCCACCCCGGUGAAAUUGGAGGCCCUUGGCAGAACACCAUGGUAAAAUAUCAGCCAAAGUGGCCAUGAUCCGAGAGGAUCUAAAAAGCAUAGCAGCACGGUUGGGGGCAGUGGAAGAUAAACCAGCCAUCGGAACUGCAAACCGCAAUUGAAAACGUGCGCCAACAAAACCUGCUUCACGAACGGCAAGUGUCCAUGUUGGAGGACAGAAGGCACCAAACUCACCUGAAAACUAGAGGUAUUGCCGGCACUGUCCCAGAAGCGGAGCUCAUCAGACGGCUCCUCGCCGCAGUACUAAACCCGAAGGCAGCCAGAGCGAUAAUGCUGGACGGAAUCUUCCGUAUACCACGACCAGCCAAAGCACUACCAAAUGCCACCGGAGGCAUAGUGCUCUGGUUCCAAACCCUGAAAGACAAAGCAGCAGUCUUGGAGGCCGUCAGAGGACAGCAGACAUACUCAUUUGAGGAGAUGGCCCUAUCGUUCUAUGCCGACCUCUCGAGUGGAACACUAGCAUGGAGGAGAUCCCUGAGCCAAUUUACAACCCUCCUGAGAAGACACCAUCUUAAAUACUGCUGGGGACCAGGCCGCACCAUCCACAUUACUACAGGAGACACCUCGCAGGUCAUCCGCGACAUGUUAGAGGCCAUGAGGGCCUCAGGCAAGCUAGGCCUCCCUGUGGACUCACUCAAACCUUCGGAGACUUCCACGGGGCCACAACGUUCCUUCGGAAGAGAUGCAGCCAGCGCUCCGGAAUUCGUACCACGACAACCUCCCGUGGAACCAUAUGCCACGGCGAAAACCUGAAGGGGGGCGAUACCCCACGGUAAAUUAACCGAGACGUUCCCCCCUUGACACACACAACUGUCCAUAGGACUACAGAUUGAACAUUGAGACUUUUUUUUUUUAUUACUUAUGUUACUUAUUUUAAUUUCACUAUAUUCCACUCCUCAGUAUGUAAUUAACCCUGAUAUAACACUAUUUAUAUUGUCAGGUGUCAUAUUAUUUUUCUGCUGGGCACUUUAAGAUUAUUGCGCUAUUUCACAUCAGCCCAAGCCAGGCCCCGGGAACACAGACCUAGGCCCAGACCCACGCGACAAACAACUGACUAACCCCCUAACUCCUACCGUCCCUCCCCUUCCCACCCUCUUACCACUCGAGGGAAACAUGGAGACAUACAAUUGCAGCAAAACGGCUGACCAUGGUGAAAGGACCGUCUCCCUGUUCCCGACGGGGAGCCCGCACCAACCAAAUCCCCUUCUUUCCCCUAAUGAACCAGGCGCAAACACCUCGACACAGGGGCAAACCAGCGAUAUCAGCUGGGACCCCGACCUAAUCCUGACGGCACCCACUGAGCUCACCUCCAACAACUGUCCAGGCCCCAUAAAGCCCAAGCCAAACAACCCCCCCGACCCCCUAUAGCCUCACGCAACUGCAAUCUGGACUCGACUCACACGACCCCACACAAACCUCGGUUGGGCUGGGCACCUGACCACUUAAAACCACGGGACACCCAAAUACGCAAGGAAACAGCACACACUCCACCACCAAGCUACGACCAAACAUAUACCCACGUAUCGGCGACAUACAGUGGCCAUCACAAGCUCUCACUCUUUGACCAAACUCACUACCUCAGACUAGUGACAGGUCUUGUACACACGACUUCACACGGCAUUUGCUCACACUCUGCAUGUACAUGCUUACUCGUACACUCCAACCUACCGGUUAACAGCGACUUCUCCUAUGCGAUCAUACUCAACCAUUCUCUACCUGUUUAUAGUGCAUAAACAUAACGGGGACUGAGGAUCCAGUGGUCUUCUAAUCUCGACACGUCAUGUCAAUACUGGUAGGUCACUCCUUGCAAGCACUACACCAAACCUAUCUACACAAGUAGGGCAUUUGUUAUCAGUUUGAAACUAAUGUUUUAGAAUCUGUUUUACACAACCAAGACAAUGCAGCUCCUGUUCCUCGAGCUACCUUUUCUAACAAAAAAUAGAGUGCAGUACAUCUUGAUGUUUAGCGUGUAUAACGUAGGGUGUGUCUUACACCAAAUGUGAUAUGUGUACUUAACCCUGCACUUUGAAAAAUAAAGAAUUUAAAAAAAUUAUCCUGAUACAGUUGAACCAGGUCUCUGGCCUCCGGGUGACCAGAAGUUGUAGAUUUUAUACAGAUAGAUGUGAACACAAGGCAAAUCUGUUUAUUUAGUAUGUAAAUACAGUGAGUACAUUUUAUUCAAUAUAGUGCAUAGAGGUUUUUUUAUGUUCUUAAAAAAAACAAAAAACACUAAACUACCUUAUUUUACAUUUUAUUUGAAAGGACACUCCACUACCUAAAUGUGUUUUUUUUUUUUAAAUAAAAAAUACUGUUUAGUAGAUAUACCCACAAUGAAAGCACGCAUACAUUUAUUAAUGCCUUUUUACUGGUGUUAUAAAUCAAAGCAGCUUGAAAGAGCUGCAGAUCUCUUGUCUGCAGCCUUUGCAAGCCCUCCUCUUCUAAGCCCACCCAGACAUUAUGUGGCUGUCCAAUCACAGACUUCCCAAUACAACUCAAUGAGUAGUCUGUGCAAGGCAGGUUAUAUGGGCAAAUGCUGCCUCUUAAGUUCACUGCAAAUAAGCUAACCAAACCAGGAAGUAACAGGACUUGGUGUCGGCUUGAAAGCCAACAAAUCUAAUGAGGUUAAUUUAUAAAAGUGCCACUAUCUAUUAAAAGCUUCAUUUUCUGUACACAUACAGCAUUUUAGCUAGCUCUAGGCCACGGGUCGUCAACCUGGUCCCUAUCGCCCACUAAUGAGCAUUUCAAGAUUCCAGGUGGGCGGUAGGGAUUUCCUCAUUUGGAGAGAUUGGGUGGGCGGGCGGGUGCGAGCCGGCGGUACCCCUGUGACUGGGUACCGCCAUCACCACUUGCGGUUUGACGUCCGGGCAGGGGCUGCCGUCCAAGAGGUCCAUCGGGUGGCCCAUGCUGUCAGGGCCACCCGAUGGAUGUGGAUUGUUAGGGGUCCCGGUCAGCCUUGGGUGCUUUAACAGCGUGACUGGGCCCCCUGUGAUUACAUCACAAGCUGGGAGGAAGUGACUGCACGUCACUCCUCCCAGCUAACACACAGACCGUGCGGGAGGAAGACCAGGGAGUCAGAGUAGGAACUCUGACUCCCAUCCACCUGAGCCACGACUGGACCCCAGGGAAAGUCACCAUCCUGCACCUUAAAGGUAGGAAACAUGAGGGUGACUUAAAUAUAAUGUGUGUGUUUGUUUGUGUGUGUGUGUCUUUGUAUUUAUGUCUUGUGUGUGUGUGUGUCUUUGUAUGUAUGUAUGUGUCUUUGUAUGUAUGUCUUGUGUGUAUGUAUGUGUCUUGUCUUUGUAUGUAUGUGUUAUGUGUGUAUGUGUCUUUGUAUGUAUGUGUGUCUUAUGUAUGUGUCUGUAUGUAUGUGUGUCUUGUGUCUGUGUGUAUGUGUGUCUUGUGUCUAUGUGUGUGUGUCUUUGUAUGUAUGUCUUAUGUGUGUGUCUGUGUGUGUCUGUAUGUGUGCCUGUAUGUUUGUAUGUGUGUCGUGUGUGUGUGUGUGUAUGUGUGCCUGUGUGUCUGUAUGUAUGUGUGUGCCUGUCUGUGUGUAUGUGUGUACGUGUGUCUUGUGUGUGUGUCUGUAUGUGUGUCUUGUGUAUGUGUUAGUAUGUAUGUGUGUCUGUCUGUUAUAGUGGGCUAUAGUAAGUGGGCUACCUAGCUCAGCCUUCUUACUGGGCAUUGCUAUAAGUAAGGUUAAAAAAUAGAAAAAAGGGGGAAAAAAGGUGGGGAGGGGAGCUGACGCACAGAUGAGAAAUCAUAUUAUGCGCAAACAGAGAAGUCGUCUGAAUAUCACCGAAAGAGGAGACCUUUGUUUGUUCCUUACGAAAAUCGAACCAGAUAUCAAAUAUUUAGUCUCGCAGCAUCAGCCUCAAGGAUCUCAUUAAUCACUAGUAAAGGUAAUUUCAAUUUACUUUAUUGUUUUCUCAUUAAACUUUAUAAAGUUAAAAACAUUAUAAAUACGCAUUAAGUAGAAAUAAAAAGAUAAAUGUACGUACAUUUAUUUUUUUUAAAACGCCCUCCUUUCUCAAAAAUAUUCCGCACUUGCGCGAAAACUGGUGGGCGGUAAGGAAAUUUUUCCAUCAAGAAAGAUGCAUUAGUGGGCGGUAGGAAGAAAAAGGUUGACUACCCCUGAUCUAGACAUUGGGAGUCUUCCUUUAAAUGAAAUAUUUUUUUAUUUUCUCACCAUACUGUGUUUUAUUAUGCAAUAAAGGCACACUUCAUGCAGCAGGUUACCCCAUGCACUAGGCUCAGUCACUGUAAGUCCAUCAAGCAGUACAAGGUUACAAUGUGACACACACUAAGAUCCCUGCAGUGCUCAGUGGGCAUGGAAUAGUUAAUGUGGGCGAGGCCUCCUGCUAGCUGUCAGUGUGGGAGGGAGGUGAAGAGGUGAUAGGGGCAGGGACAUGGGGGGUGCUGCUCUCAGUGCAAACUCUUGUCUGAUUCUGUAAAACACAACAUGUCGCUGUACAGGAACACCGUGUGGUUUAUAAAGGGGCUGAGAGAAUACACCAAGUAAGUGCAGAGCUCAAUGUGUGUAACUGUGUGCAGAACAAGCUCCAUCAUGGGAACUGCAUGCAAUCAGGGCUGGGUGUGGUGGUUAUAGUCAUUUAUUGUAUAAUCAGACCAUUCCUCUGAGUGGGACCUUUUCAAUAUUGCACACACUGUUUUUCUACUGCUAUAUGCCUUAUAUUAGGAGUGGACAACAUGUAAAUCCCAUUUAAAGGGCCUCUGGCAAGGCAUGAUAGGAACUGUAGUUCAGUGAGGGGAGUCUACCUUCCCCCACACCCCAUUCCCUAUUGAUUAGCAUCAGGAAGCCGGUAUACCUAACAUAAUGCUUGCUGUGUUGAUUGCAAAUUGAAGUCUGAGCUCUCUUAAUUGCUAAUAACUUUGACAUAUAAUGCUGAAUUUGUGAACAGUGUAAUGUAAUAAAAUAAUAUAGUCUAAUUGUUCUUUUAUGGCUAUGUGUGAUUUUUGUGUACUUUAAACCUUUUUAUAAUGUAUUGUGGUAUUCAGUGUGUGUUAUGUAUAAUCAAUGGCACUAACGUUCACAGACACACAUUAUGCAAGGCUUGUGUAACAGAGAGGGCGGUAACUGCUAUGUACUAUACUGUUACAUAGUUAUUGUUUAACCUAACAGAUCAGUGGCUGUCUUGUUGGUUAUGAAAUCUGUCUGAUGCACUAAGGUACCAUCACUAUCUCUCUCUGGUCUUUGGCCAAGCCACUAUAUCCAUCACAUCUGUAAAGUAUCGACCAAGCUUGUAUAUCCUGUUUCCUCAUAUGAGAAUAAUCAGCCCACAGAUUGGUUCAUAGUAACAGAUACUUAAUACAUGGUUAACAUACUGAUUUCAGUUUAUUAGUAGUAUCAAUAAUAUUUGUUAAUGUAAAUAAUCAUAAGAAUUGAUAGAAACUGAUUUUACCAGAAAGGAUCUGCUUAUAUCAGCCUAGUUUUGAAGUAUGUCCUCCUAUAUAUACAUUGCCUUGUUUUUAAUUAUUCAACUCUGUAUCCUUGGGAGGAUGCAGGAUGAGUUGAUGGUGUGCCAAUUCUGGAACUUUGGAACUUGUCUCUCCAGCCAAUGCAUUCCCCAGGCAAAUUCAAAAUUUUAUAUUCUAAGAAUAUUUUAUUAAAAACAUCCAGCUUUGAGUGUUAAAAAAUAUUAACGUGAUUUGUGUACUGCACUGUGAGCAAACUAACACACAACACCUUCCAUCACAUUUUCACCCAGUUACAGGGCAUGAUGUUUUAAAACCUUCCUGAUACCCCCUGGCCUGGGUUAGAAGUGGAGAGCUUGCAAAGGCUUCAGACAAGAGAACCACACGUUUCUCAAGCUGUUUUUAGAUCUAUCCCCAAUGGAAAAAAAUGAUUAAGUGAAUGUAUGGAUUCAUUUGGGGUAUAUCUACUAAACUGUGAUUUAUUUAUUUUAUUUGGGCAGUGGAGUGUCCCUUUCAGCAUAUUUCUGUGAUGUCACACCUCAUGACUCUAACAGUCUCCAUUGAUAUAAUCUAUAUGUUGCGUGAUUGGUGUGAGUAGGACACACCGAGAUCUGCGAGAUUUGUGUGGAAACGAAGACUGGACGAUUGUACUUGCCCCCGUGUCAAGUUGAUGUCAAGUUAGCAGUCCACCCCUGGAUUGCUGAUAACAUUUCCCACGUGAAACAAUGUUGUUUGCUUUUAAUUACAUUCAAAUUGACACCAGUUUCCACUUGUAUUUUUUUUUUUUAUUCUAGAGGUGGAUAUGAAGCGGCAGCCAAACACUUUUGUGCCUGUGAUUUGGAAGUUGAUGUCACUGGAAGACACUACAUGAUUACUGGUGCUAAUAGUGGGAUUGGCAAAGCAACGGCUCUGGCAAUAGCAAAAAAAGGUGUGGCAGAUGCUACCAAAAUAGUUUGCAAUAUGCAAUUUUAUUUGAAGAUUAAGAAGUUCACAACCACUUUCACUGGAGUGUUCCUUUAAAUAACCUACCAGUGUCCCUCCUGAGAUUAGGUUCUGGAUCCACCCUGGGUCAAUCAUGUCAAAAGCAGUGGAGAGGUUGAGCAAAAUUGGUGGUUAAUAGUGACCUUUGAAUUGAGUUGUGAUUAGGUCAACUGGUCACCUUGAUUAGGACUGUUUUUUAAUAGAAUGUAGAGAGUGGAAACAUUGAAGAGAGUCAACGAAAGAACUGGUAUUUUAAAGAAUGGCUCAGACGGGUACAUACAAAUUGUUUGGGAAGCUUGGAGGCGAAAGAGAGGUCAUUGGAUGGUAGUUAGAUGGAGAAGUUAAAUCAAGAGAAAGCUUUUUAGUAUAUUGACCAGUAUAUACAAAACAUUGAGCUACUGUCCCUUUUUUCUCGCAACUUGCUGCAUGUGACAUCAGACCUGACCAAUUAUAGAUUGACCCAAGCUAAAAAGUAGACCUAAGCUAUGAGUUAAAAUUGAUGCCUUGGCAAUCCUACUGCAACUAGGAAGAGAGACCCAUAAUGUGAAAUAAAGUAUACAUUUUUAUAAUAGUCUGAAGAGUAGAUCAUUUAAAGCCAACAGUAUACAUUUUUUUUGUACUGCAGCAUACAACUGUGAUAUUCAUGAAUAUAUCUUAAUGUAGUGUUUCUUAGAAAACGUGAAGAUUAAUGUUGCAUAGUUUGUGUUACUUGGCACACACUUAGAAUUCUGUCCUUGACAAAUGUUUUAUUUUCUCUGCAUAGGUGGCACUGUUCAUUUAGUGUGUAGAAACAGCGAACGAGCAGAAGAAGCCAAAAAUGAGAUAAUAUCUAGCAGUGGGAACCAGGUGAGAGUCUGUCUUAUCUCUGUUCUUCUCUGUGCAAUUCCUAAAUAUUAAUUGAUUUUGAUAGCUGCAUUGUAUUGCAGCAAUAAGCCCAGCAUUUUAUGGAAUGCGGAUGGACUCAAAGAGGAGGGAAAAAAUCAACUUGAAGCUGUAUUCUGAUUGGCUGCUCUUAGAUUUCAUCCAAUGAUAGCACAAAGAAUAUUGUGAUGUUUGCAGGAUCAGAUGAGAAUGGACACUAUAAAAGGACACUAUAGUGUCAGGAACACAAAUGUAUAUUCCUGAUACUAUAGUUCGAAAUCCACGGUUUAGGUGGUCGAGGCCCCCUUAUCUCUGGAGAGAAAAGUGAUUUACUCACCUUUUCCAGUGUUGCGCAGGGCUCCUUGCCUCUAGCCCCGCACCCCUCCUUGGCUGACAUUAUCAGUAUUGAUGGUCUCAGCCAAUCACAACGCUUUGCCACAGGAAAGCAUUGGAUUGGCUGAGAACGUCGGUUCUGAUCAUCUCAACCAAGGAGGUGAGGCGGGAGGUGGAGCCAAAGCCCUCCUAUCCAAUCAGCAUCUCCUCAUAAAAUAUGGGGAAAGUUCAUCGAGAAGCUGAACCCGUGCAGCACUGCCCCAGGAAGCACCUCUAGUGGCCGUCUGAGAGACUGCCACUGAAGGUGUUCCUAGGCUGUGUUUACAGCAAAAAAAACCUGCAGGGACAGGCAAUUGAUACCAGAACAACUACAAUAAGCGGUAGUUGUUCUGUUGACUAAAGUGUGCCAUUUAAUGGUGUUGCCCCCACUCCUAUAAAAACACGCUCUCUAGAGGAAUAAAUGUAAAACUGUAAUUUUUGCUAUUUCCAGGUUCCAUUCUGAAAGAUGCCAAAUGCUUUAACAGGAAGAAUAUAACAUCUUGCAUAUUUUAUGCCUAGUGGCACUCUAUCAGAUACCCUUUUCUAAUAAUAAAGAAUGUAAAUCCUCAUUGAAUAUAAUUUUACACACAAUCAACAUUUAAAAUGUUUCAUAACAUUUUUGUUGAAUAUCAAUUCUUUUUAGUACAUUAUAAGUACAAAUAAACACAACCUAAGAUGGUGCUCAUGCAUUUCUUGGCUUAGUGAGAGCUUACUUUAUGUUACAUAGUUACAUAGCUGAAAAGAGACUUGCGUCCAUCAAGUUCGGCCUUCCUCACAUUUUUUUUUUUUUUUUUUGCCGUUUAUCCAAAAGAAGGCAAAAAACCCAGUCUAAAGCACUGCCAAUUUUGCAACAAGCUAGGAAAAAAAUUCCUUCUUGACCCCAGAAUGGCAGUCAGAUUUAUCCUUGGAUCAAGCAGUUAUUACUCUACAUUGAAAAAUUACAUCCUUGAAUAUUCUGUUUUUGCAAGUAUGCAUCUAGUAGCUGUUUGAACAUCUGUAUGGACUCUGAUAAAACCACUUCUUCAGGCAGAGAAUUCCACAUCCUUAUUUUUCUUACAGUAAAAAAACCUUUCCUUUGCCUUAGAAAUCUUCUUUCUUCCACUCUAAACACGUGAACUCGUGUCCUAUCUAAGUCCGGUUUGUGAAUAGAUUUCCACACAAUGGUUUGUAUUGGCCCCGAAUAUAUUUGUAUAAUGUUAUCAUAUCUCCUCUCAGGCGACGUUUUUCUAAAUUUAAAUAGGAUUAAAUUUGUUAACCUUUCUUCAUAGCUGAUAUGUUCCAUUCCUUUUAUUAAUUUUCUAGCAAUUUAAUUAUUUGCCUUCAAUUAUUUAGUCCAUGGUGAAGUCUGCCCCUGCUAAUGUCAGUUUAAAAAAAAAAAAUAAUAAAUAUAUAUAUAUAUAUAUAUAUAUAUAUAUAUAUAUAUUUUUAUAUGUACAUAUUAAAAAUUAGAUUGUGUAUUCUUUAUUACAUUUGUUUUACAAUAAAACUGCAUGUAUGUAAAAACAAACUAAAUGUUAAGGCCAUAGGCCUGCAGUUGUGGAAGGGGUUUAUCUGUCUGUAAAGCGGCACUGACAUCCUCGCCAGGAAAAUUAGUAUUUCACUGAAAUUCCUACCCAAACGAGAGAUACAGAGGCAAAGUAUUGCUCUUCUGCCUGAGUUUCUCCGACACAAAGCGGAGCUACAGAGUCAAUCCCUGUAGCUGGUAUCUGUCAUGGCUGCAGGGAAUUGACUGUGUCUAUGGAGGAUCCCACGGUCUCCCUUAUAAGCCUCAAUGCUGUACUCUCGCGCAUAAACUCUCCUUUACCUGCCCCGCUCGGCCACCAGACCCCCAGCGGCGAUGUCACCAUCGGGGGACUUCUUGAAUUCAGCAAACUCCCCAAACAGUGACACUUUAAAUGGCCCUGCAGCUUGUACCUCAAGACUGGAGUGUCUUCCGCAAACCCCACAGUCUUGUCCCUCAUCUCUAUUAUCUCAUUCCUUACACAGGCCCUCUUUAUUUACAGGCCUAACCCAACCGACGCAGCCUUAGUUCCUGACCUCAAAUGUCUGAUUUUUACCAUUUGCUUUUGUUAUGUUACAAUAAAGUUGAGCAUUCAAGACUGGGGAUGGAGAACGACACUUUGCUGCUCCUAAAAUUAAACAGAGGCCUGGUCUCUGAAAACCUUCAAAAUAAAUAUCUAACCGUUUUCCAUGUCUGUAUUUUGUAUUUAGAAUGUGCUGGUGCAUUUACUAGACAUGUCCAAUCCCAGAGCAAUAUGGGAAUUUGCAGAAAAAUUUAAGACUGAGAACAAGCUGAAUGUCUUGGUAAGUAGAACCAUCGGGAUAUACACACAGAAUGCAUUUUAAGGUAGCCAAUCAAUGAAUUUGCUGGAUACCGUAUUGUAAUGUAAUCGGAUUAUUAUUUGUGAAAAAUAGUAAAUAAAGUGAAUAAAUCCCUAAAUUGGUAGCUGCUACUAUCACCUUUGUGGGCCCCACAAACAAGGUGAAUAAUACAAAAUAACAGAUAGGUGAGAGCACACAAGAUAAAGAAAUACUACCCACACUGUAGGAGGAAGGCGAACAGCCGAAACGCGUUAAGUGAUAGGACUGGUUAUUUGGGACUUUUAAUCACCUUUGUUUUUAUUUACUUCAUAAUUUGAAGAAUAAAGUAUUUAUUUACUCCUAAUUCUGCGUCCUGGAGAUUUUACAUUCAAAUGAAAAAGAAGUUCCCAGUGAAGGUCCUGCUCUAUAUAUUCAAGGCAUCAAGUUUGAGCCAGCUAUUUAAGUGGCUCUAUCUAUGUGAGUGUGAUUGGCACCUAUUGUUAAUACAUUGUAUCAGGAUAUACUACUCUAUGUUUUCUUUAUUUGUUUUUUUUUCCAGAUCAGCUGACUACAAUGUGGGUAGUAUUUCUUUAUCUUGUGUGCUCUCACCUAUCUGUUAUUUUGGAUUAUUAUUUGUGUUAUUAUCCAUCCCUGUUGUUCUGCCUUUAAAAAAAGACUAGUCUAACACUUAGUAUAGUUGUAGAUCCAUAUGGUGAAUUUACUUUAUGCAGAAGGAGAGUUAGCUGGGAGCUGUGUUUGUUUUAGUAACCAAUUUUAGCCAAUUCACCCCCAGUUCUCUUAGGUUUUCACAGCAGUCUAGAUUGGACAAAUUCAUUUUGGUAAUGCGGAAGUGUAAAUUCUUGUCAGUGUGGCUGAGGAGGGGGCGGUCUCUGCACCCUAGGGAGGGCCCUGCUUUGACAAAAAAAAAAGACACUGAACCGUAGCAAUUAGCUUGCCAUUUAAUGUUUUUAGUAUGAGACUGUAUAAUGACAGGAGCUUUGACUGCAUUUAAAAUUUUGUUCUUAUGACCCCUUUUUAGCCUAUUAAGUAUUCUCUUUGUAACUCAAGCACUGGUUUUUAAUUUUCGUUUUACUAUGCAUUAUGGUGUUUGUAAAAGCAUUCUCAGAUAAAGCAAAUAUAGAUGGGAUUUAAAAAAAAAAAAUUAACUUUUUUUAAAAUCUUUAGAGUGAAAGGAAUCCUAUUCUGGAUAAAUGCUAUUAGUUUGUAAGUUUAUAUGCAAAUAUCAAUUGGGGAAACUUCAAACCCUGGCAACACCUAAAAUUGAACUGUCAACUGACUGUUUAGUAGAUAAGCUCCAUACGGUUCCAUUCUGGUGAAGUUCAUUGUGAGGUUACCAUGUGCGUGUUUUUUCUAAGCAAUUUAGCAAUUAUCUGGUAAUAUUAUGUCUGACAUUAGGCUAAUUUAAUGUUUGUACCAGAGGGGUUUUUAAAUUUCUCUGCGGAAGCUUUUAACUGAAGAAAUAAUUCCUUUUAAUCUAAUGAAUGUUACCACUCGUUGCGGAAAUAGAACAGAAACUAAUACAGAAUAGAAUGUUAACCCCUUAAGGACGGAGCUAAAUGUACACGUUGUGAACAAAACAAAAUAUAAACAAAACCUGGCAUUUGCGCUACAUGUCUGUCCAACCGUAAUUCACCUCUUUCAUAUUAAAUGAUAUGAGACUGUAUAGUAGCCCAGGAAUGAAAUUUACACCCAUAAUGGCAUACCAUUUGCAAUAGUAGACAACCCAAGGUAUUGCAAAUGAUGUAUGUCCAGUCUUUUUUAGUAGCCAUUUGGUCACAAACACUGGCCAAAGUUAGCGUUAGUAUUUGUUUGUGUGUGGAAAAAUGCAAAAAACACCAAUUUUGGCCAGUGUUUGUGACUAAGUGGCUACUAAAAAAGACUGGACAUACCCCGUUUGCAAUACCUUAGGUUGUCUACUAUUGCAAAUGGUAUGCCGUCAUUUUCAUUCUUGGGCUACCAUAGGGUCUCAAAGGCAACCUAACCAAUCUGGCAAAUUUUAAUGUGAAAAAAAUGAAACACAAGCCUUAUAUUUGACGCUGUAACUUUUGAAAACACCAUAAAACCUGUACAUGAGGGGUACUGUUGUACUCGGGAGACUUUGCUGAACACAAAUAUUUGUAUUUCAAAACAGUAAAAAGUAUCACAGCAAUAAUUUUGUCUGUGUAAGUGCUGUUUGUGCGUGAAAAAUGCAAAAAACGUCACUUUUACUGGCGAUAUCAUCGUUGUAAUACAUUUUACUGUUUUGAAACUCUAAUAUUUGUGUUCAGCGAAGUCUCCCGAGUAGAACAGUACCCCCCAUGUACAGGUUUUAUGGUGUCUUGGAAAGUUAUAGGGUUAAAUAUAGUGCUAGCAAAUUAAAUUCCCUUUACUUUCGGCAUGGGUUGUCAGGCAGGUCCCGCUAAUUGUAAUUAAUUAAGAUACCUAAUUAUGUAAAAAUAUUACAUAAAUAUAUAUGUAGAAUUAAUAUAUGUGUGUGUGUGUGUGUGUGUGUGUGUGUGUGUAUAUUUAUAUAAAUAUAUACGUGUGUGUAUAUAUAUAUAUAUAUAUAUAUACACACACACACACACACACACACACACACACACACACACACACACACACACACGUAUAUAUUUAUAUAUGUGUGUGUGUAUAUAUUAUAAUUUUUUUUAAAAAUUUUAUUUAUAUAUAGGUAUAUAUAUAUAUAUAUAUAUAUAUAUAUAUAUAUAUAUAUAUAUAUAUAUAUACGUAUAUAUUUAUGUAUAUAUUAUUUCGUUCUACGUGUAUUUUGAUAUAAAUAUAUAUUAAUAUCACAAUACAGUUAGAAUGAAAUAACACACAUCUAUAUAUUUUUUAAUUUGAUCUUUUAACAUAUUUAUUUAUGAUAGAUAUAGAUAUAGAUAUAGAUAUAGAUAUAUAUAUAUAUUAGUAAAAUACACCUAGACAGUGUGUGUGUAGGAGCAGUGUGCUCAGUUUCCAGUGAACAGAGAAAUCUUCCCACAAUUCUCACCUUUACUCUGUGUGUUCUCGCAAUGCCUUCUUUCCAUAUUCCUGAACCCCAGCAAAACUACCGAAUUUUGCCCUAACAGAAUGAGAGCAGUUUGUCCAUUCGUGUUGGGACGACAUUCGGGACUUUGUUGUGUUCAAAAGUUCAUUAGAAUGAAUGAAAUUCUGAUCCGAUCGGCGCUGCAUUUUGCAGCCGUUUAUUAGAUAGCUCCCUAAUACCGUGGGAAUUAGGGAGCUAUCUACCAAAAGUCUGAAAGACCAAGAUUGGUCUUUAAAGCGGCACUGUCAUGCCAAAUCCUGUGUUUUUUUUGUUUUUUUAUUUAUUUAUUUAUUUUUUUAUUUUUUUAACCCCCCUCCGGCCUCCACUAUCUCUAACUGACACCCUAGUCACCCCCAAAUGCCCCUAAGCCCCCCACAUUACCUAUUUUUUUUAUUCCUUGUUUUCUGCCCCGAUCUUUAUUCAGGGCGCAGCCAUCUUUGUGUGGGUAUAUGAAGUUCCUGUGGGACAAGUCACCUGCCCACACUAGACAGACUGUGAGAUUCCCGCACAUGCCCAGUGAAACACCUGGACAUGCGAACGGGAAUUUCAUCCAUUCAUUCAUUCAUUCAUCAGACAGACGAAUGAGUGAAUAGAAAUGUCAGCCGAACAAACAAACGCUGAGUAUCACUGUUCGUUCAGUUUAUUACAAGGAGGGAGCUACCGGCAUGCAGCUCCCUCCUUGUAAUAUGUAAAGAUAGAAGUGGCAGGGAGCAGUGCUCCCCAUCACUUCAUAAGCCCCCCAGGUCCCCUCUCACUCUAUGGGGGGUCAAUAUGAUUAAAAUCUCCCCAAUGCCCCUACUCGCUAACUUUACAGGUUAGUUAUUUUAUUCCCCUCCUCACUAUUUUUUUUAGGGGGGUAGGUAGGGAGUUUUUAUUUGGGUGGGUGAUUAGGGGCUUGGGGACCCCUAGUCACCUUGGGGGGGGGGGAUUGACUUAGGGCCUCCACCCGCAGCCCAGGGGUGGGGGCAGGAGGGGGGGUGGACAGUCGGUCCCUCCCCCCCCCAUUAUCAUUAUGACCCCCACCCACCGCGCAGGGGUGAGGGCGGGGGGAGACUUUAGGUCUCCCCCCUUAUUUUACUUUAGGGCCCCCACCAGUCAUUUAGGAGUGGGGGCCAAUAGUUUGGUGUGUUUUUUUUGUAUUACAGUGAACAGCCACAGGCUGCUCACUGUUUACCAGACAUGCCGCUACUCGUGGUAUAGCGAGUAGGGGCAUAUUAUUUACUAAUACUAAGUAAUUUUUACUACCGAUACCGUGGGAAUUAGGGAGUUAUCUACUAAGCGGCUGCAAGAUGCAGCCACAGCACGAAUAGGAUCGGAGUUUCAUUCAUUCGAAUGAAAUUCCGAUCCGAAUAAAAAGCCGAAUUGCGUUCUAAAACAAACGAACAUACUGUUCUCAUUCAGUUGGAACGCAAUUCGGCAGUUUCGUGUAAAAUGACAGAAAGCAUCGCGGAAACACAGAGGAAAGGUGAGAAUUAUGGGAAAAUUGUUCUGACCAGCGGAAAUGAAGCACACUUUGCUCCUCCGCUGGUCAGAGCUGGUCAAGCGGAGGAAUCCUCCAUAAGGCAAAGAGUCUCUACUUUGUCUUAUGAUUUUAAAGAAAACCUAAAGAAGAAAGAAGGAAGACAGGAAGAAAAGAAGAACAGAUCCCGAGAGAGGGGGAGAAGAGGAAGAGAUUCAGGAAAGGGUAAGUUCUGCAUGACAGUGCCGCUUUAAGCCAACUGUACCAAUACCAAGUAAAAAAUUACUUAGUAUUGGUAAUCUGCCCCUACUCGCUAUAUCACAAGUAGGUGCAUGUCUAGUAAAAAUAAAUGGCCCCAUGGUAGGGUGUCUCUUAACUAGCCUGGGGUGGAUAUAGUGUCCCGCCCCACCUGUGCCCCACGAGUGGGGGCUACUCGAGUUAACGGGGGACAUAAUUUACAAUAAGGGGGGGACCUAUUGUCCUCCCCCGGCCCCCACCCAUGAGUGGUGGGUGGUGGCCCUAAAUGAAAAUGGGGGGGGUAGGUUUUUUUUUUUUUUUGUUUUUUUUUUAAAUAAAGACAUAUCUACCCCCCUCACCCUAAAAAUAUCAAGGGUGGUAACAAGAAAACUAAAUCCCUGUAAAUUAAAAAAAUAACCAUUUGAUGGGGGGGGGGGGAAUAACCAGACGCUAAAAAAAGUAAUCCAGCGAGGACACAGCACAGACGAAGCUCCGCAGGGUGGGGAAACACUUAUAAAGCCUUCCCACAACCUGUAAUUAGGCUCAGAGCACUCUGAUUCCGGUCUGGGCACAAAAUAAAGAUGAAAAAAUAGGUAAUAUGGGGGGCUUAGAGGCAUUUGGGGGUAACUAGGUGGACAAUUAGAUGUAGUGGACUCGGGAGGGGGGUUACAAAAAACAAACAAAUGCAUUCGGCCAUGAUCGUGUCGCUUAAAUAACACACAAAAGUAACAUAAGUAUUGAUAUUAACGAUUUCCACCUGCACAAACCAAGAGAAAGUAUUAUAUGUCAGUGUUUUGGUGAGAAAUGUUCAUCCUAAUAUAAUUUUAUAUACAUAUAUAGAAAUGUUCAUCCUAAUAUAAUUUUAUAUACAUAUAUACACACAGGGAUCAAAAUUUCAACUAGCCAUUGGCAAGUUUAGCCCUAGUAGUAGUUUCACUCCUGCCCAUUGUGUCAUGGAACUUCUAGGUAUUUAAAUCCUGGGAAUAAAUUUAAAAAAUAAAUUUAAUCUGUCAAGGGGUUGGAUAUAUUAGGCAGCAAGUGAACAGUCACUUCUUGAAUUUCAAGUGUUCAGAAGCAGGAAAUAAGAGCAAGCAAAAAGAUCUGAGUGACUUGGACAAGGGCCAGAUAAUGGCUAGAUGACUGGGUCAACGCAUCUCCCAAAUGGUAAGUCUUUUGGUGUGCUCCUGGUAUGUAGUGGUUAGAGAUUUAACAAACUAAUUUGCAUAUGCCCACCCAUAAUCCUUUGCGGUAGUAACAUUACUGCAGAUUUGUGAUCUCUGUGGGAAAAGAAAGUCUUAUGGAUUGACUGGUGUGCAGAUUUUUGUUUAACAUUGUAUCAACUAUUCACAGACUUUAGGUGGAAGGGGUUUUCAAUCACAAUUUUUCCCCUCCCAUAACCUAAUUGGAUAUAUGUAUUUAUAUAAUUUUUUUUUUUUUUUUUUUUUCCUUCUCUGCAGAUAAACAAUGCUGGCUGCAUGGUAAACAAACGAGAGCUAACCGAUGAUGGUUUGGAGAAAAACUUUGCCACCAACACUGUGGGUAAGAGGAGAAAAAUUGAGGCUCCAUGUACAAUAUCUCUUUAGCACGGCUCUACCACUACUAUAGUCUCCAUUAAAAUAACAUAUUCUUAAAUGCAGAUGACCGCUCUACUUCCAGUUCAGCUAUCUUUGUCUAAAAUUUGAAAUUCCCUUUGAAUUCUUAACAAUUCUCACUUUAGUGACUAGCCCUGCUGGAGAACAUCUUCAAUACAAGGACAUAUGUUUAAUUUAAAGGUCAAGUGUCCUACUACUGUAAAUGCUCUGUGUGUAACCAUAGCAGCAAGCAACUUGGGUUGAGGAGCAGUUGCCCAUAAAAUACAUUACAGAUGCUAGUGUAUCUUUUAAAAUAUGCCCAGCAAUAUGAAAUGUGUGAAUUUUUAACUUCUUCCAGAAAUUGCUAAAAUUUGUAGAAUAGAAGCUUCUACACUUUUCAUUUUCUGGGUAUGUAUGGUAAUAUGUUUUAAAAUGUCUAAAAUAUAUAUAUAUGAUGUUUUAAAACAGAUUACCAUAUUUUAUACACAUAUAUGUGUGUGUGUGUGUAUAUAUAUAUAUAAUUUUUUUUAUAUCCUAUAUCAAUUAUUAUUUUUUAUUUUUUUCUUCAAUCACUUUUUAAUUGUAUUUCCUAUCUUUUUCUCAGGUUUGUAUAUUCUGACCAAAGCUUUGCUGCCUGUUCUGGAGAAGGAAGAUGAUGCUCGAGUAGUGAGUUAAUGUUUAUGUAACCUUUGUUGUUUAUACAGGGUGGGCCAAUAUUCAGAGUUUCAUUUGACGGAUAACUUGUUAGUAGUUGACAUUUUUUGUUUCAGGUACAUAUUAUAACGGAAUUUUGGGAGACUCUUCGUGGAUAAUUUCACAUGGGAACAACGAAUUGGCUAGAGAAAACAAUGAAUUUAUUUAGUAACUCAAUGUCUGAGAAAGCUCACUUUAAUUUAAAUGGCUUCGUCAAUAAACAAAACUGUUUCUGGGGUUGAGAAAAUGAACGGAUAAUUUAUCAGAGACUAUUGCACCCUACCAAAUGCACCAUCUGGUGCGGGUUGAUCUGAUGGGAAGUUAUCGGGCUGAAAUUCAAGCGCUAAAGCUUCAAACAUUAAUCACUGUUAUGAACAAUGCAUUCGAAAGAGCCUGACUUUGCGAGGCAGCAAAUAGAGUUCCUUUAAAAGCUGUCCUCUUCGUACCUAGUCAAGCAAAGCUCCAUGCGUUAAGCAUUCAUUGUAUAUAAUAUCAUUGGAAUUGAUUUAUUAAUAAAAGUUAUUGACUCCACAAACGCUUUUGGCCCACACUGUAUAAUGUUCUAUGGAACAGAGAGGUCCUCUUUCGAUCAAACACAUGAGUUGUUCACUGGCUUUGCAUCUCUUCAGGAGUUCUGUUUCAAAGCUGUUGUAUACAGCAAACACAAACUCCAAGGUGUCCAUGUUUAAAAUGGAAUAAUGAGGUAAUAAUUCUUGAACUAAGUAGCAUAUACCCACCCAGAAACCUUUGCAGUAGUAACAUCACUGUAAAUUUGUGAUUUAUGUGGGAAAAGCAAGUCGUAUGGCUUGACUGGUGUGCAGAUCUGUUUAACAUUGUAUUGACUAUCCAGUUUUUCCCCACCAUAACUUUCUUGAGUAGUGUUAACCACAAUUCUUAAUAACAGAAAGCUGCUAUUGUGAAAUGACUUUGGGGUAUCCACAGGGAGAAAUAAUUCUUCUCUUUUAUUGCAGAUAAAUGUCGCUUCGGGGGGUAUGCUAGUCCAAAAGCUAAAUGUCUCAGACCUACAAUUUGAAAGUGGGACAUUUGAUGGGACUAUGGCCUAUGCACAGAACAAGGUAUGCCUUUUUUUUCUUUCCCAUGCAUGUUUAAACUCCUUUACUGUGUUAACCUCUACCACUUCAGCUGGAAGGCUAUUCAAUACCCUCUCAGUAAAGUAAUAUUUCCUGAUAUUAUUUUUAAAACCUUUGCCCCUCUAAUUUAAGACUGUCCUCUUGUUGUGGUAGUUUUUCUUCUUUUAAAUAUAGUCUCCUCCUUUACUGUGUUGAUUCCCUUUAUGUAUUUUAAUGUUCCUAUCCUAUCCCCCCCAUCUCGUCUUUCCUCCAAGAUAUACUUGUUAAGAUCCUUUAAACCUUCCUUGUAAAUUUUAUCCUGCAAUCCACAGACCGGUUUAGUAGCCCUUCUCUGAACCCUCUCUAAGGUAUCAAUAUCCUUCUGGAGAUGUGUUCUCCAGGACUGCAUACAAUACUCCAAGUGAGGUCUCACCAGUGUUCUGUACAAUGGCAUGAGCACGUCCCUCUUUCUACUGCUAAUACCUCUCCCUAUACAACCAAGCAUUCUGCUAGCAUUUCCUGCUGCUCUAUUACAUUGUCUGCCUACCUUUAUGUCAUCAGAAAUAAUCACCCCUAAAUCCCUUUCCUCAGAUGUUGAGGUUAGGACUCUGCCCUUAGUUUUUACGUCCAAGAUGCAUUAUCUUGCACUUAUCCACAUUCAAUGUCAGUUGCCACAAUUCUGACCAUUUUUCUAGUUUACCUAAAUCAUUUGCCAUUUGGCUUAUCCCUCCUGGAAUAUCAACCCUGUUGCAUAUCUUAGUAUUAUCAUCAAAAAGACAUACCUUACCAUCAAGACCUUCUGCAAUAACACUAAUAAAAAUAUGAAAGAGUAUUGGUCCAAGUACAGAUCCCUGAGGUACCCCACUGGUGUCACUCAGCCACUGCCUUACCCAUUCAACAAUAUUGGAAUCCAAACUUAAAGACUGCAGUUUAUUGAUAAGCCUUCUAUGUGCAAAAGCCUUACUGAAAUCUAGGUAAGCAAUGUCUGCUGCACCACCCUGAUCUAUUAUUUUAGUUACCCAAUCAAAAAAAUCAAUAAGAUUAGUUUGGCAUGAUCUCCCUGAAGUAAACACAUGUUGUCUCUGAUCUUGAAAUCCAUGUGAUUUUUAGAUGUUCAACAAUCCUAUCCUUUAACAUGGUUUCCAUUACUUGCCUCACUACUGAAGUAAGGCUUAAUGGCCUAUAGUUGCCCAAAUCCUCUCUAUUACCUUUCUUGUGAAUGGGCACAAUAUUCGCUAACUUCCAAUCUUCUGGGACUAGUCCUGUUAACAAUGAUUGGUUAAAUAAAUGGUUUUGCUAGUACACCAUUAAGCUCUUUUAAUAACUUUGUGUGUAUUCCACCAGGUCCCAUUGACUUAUUUGUCUUUACUUUUGACAGUUGAAAUAUAACCUCUUCCUCUGUAAACUCACAUAUAACAAAUGACUCAUUUAUCCUUUUUCUUAACUGAGGCCCCUUUCCUUCAUUUUCAUCUGUAAAUACUGAACAAAAAUAUUCAUUGAGGCAGUCAGCUAGACCUUUAUCCUCUUCUACAUACCUUCCUUCUUUUGUUUUUAAUCCAACUAAUCCUUGUUUUACAUUCCACUUCUCAUUUAUGUAUCUAAAAAAUGUUUUGUCACUUUUAUUCUUUUUUUUUUUUUUAAUAUACUGACUGUGCUAUUUUCUCUUCUGUGUGUGAUUUGGAAGCUCUUAUAACUUGCUUAUCCUCUUUCUGCCUAAUCUUAAAGAUCUGGCUAUCUUCCUCACUCUGUUUUCUUUUUUUUUUUUUAAUUACUAAAUGCUAACUUUUUGGUUUUUUUACUAUUUUGGCCACAUCUUUGGAGUACCACAGUGGUUUCUUGAAUUUUUUGCUUUUACUGACAAGCCUAAUGCAAUUUUCUGUUGCCUUCAGCAGUGCAACUUUUAAAUAAUCCCAUUUCUCUUGGACUCCAUUUAAAUUGCUCCAGUCUGAUAAUGACUCCUCUACACAUAUUCUAGUUUUAGAAAAGUCUGUUUUUCUAAAGUCUAAAACAUUUGUUUUUGUGUGGUGUGACUUGGUCGCUGUUCUUAUAUUAAACCACACUGACUGAUGAUCACUGGAUCCUAAACUUUCACCUACAGUAAUAUCUGAUUCCAAAUCUCCAUUUGUUAACACUAAAUCUAGUAUGGCCUCUUUACGAGGUUUUAAAUAUAAAACCUAUCUAGAGAUUGAUGCAGACCACGUACUACCGUUCAUGGCAAUGGUGUUCCCUGGUGGCAGAAGCCUAUUUUAGCAGGACAAUGCGCCCUGUCACUCUGCAAAAAUUUAAUUCAAAAAAAUCUAUCACAGAAGCAGUCCACUGGCCUCUGCUUACUGCAGCCCAGUUUUUCCAAAUGGUGUGAAAUGUACUGGUUUCUCAGUGGGCCAGCUGGCCUCUGCCCAAGAGUAGAGGGAGUUUGAGACUAGAGCCUAUUUUGUGUUGGUAUAUUCCCAUAACCCUGAAUAGCUAGACUGAUAUUUUAUGCAAUCUUUGUUAGGGAUGCACCGAAAUUUUGGCUUUUUAAAUUUUCAGCGGAAAAUGGGCCUAUCCCAUUUCAGCCGAAAAUGAUAUCUUCUUAUAAAAAAACUAUAUAUUAUAUAUGGACUGUCAUAAACUUGGCUUAACUGAAUGUAGAUUUUAAAAUUUAUUUUUUAACAAGUUAUUUUCUGUCCAAUUUUGGUGUUACUUUCAAUAAAAGUGGAGUUAUUUAUUUUUAUUGGCUUGUAGUUUUUUUUAUAUUAGAUUCAUUAAAAAGUCUAAUAUUAAAAUUAUAGAAAUUUUUUAUUUUUUUUUUUUUUUUUUUCAUUUGGGGGGGAAAAGUCUUUUUCGGUUUUGGUUUUCUGCCAAGGGCAUCCUGAAUUUUCAGUUUCUUCCAAGAAUUUUCAUUUCGGUGCAUCCCAACUUUGUUUUAGCUCUGAAUCCCAUGUUUCAAAUAAAUUACGUGCUUGUUAUGUUCUUAUUACUGGUAGUAUUUAUAUAGCGUUGACUUAUUUUGCUGUAUGUGGUACUGAAGGGGUUAGUGAUCGUACUAACUAAUGCUGCCCACUGCACAUGUUCUAUGUGAACGUAGAAUGAGCCGGCCUUCUAAAGCUCAGAGGGUCUCUUUGUGCAGAGAACAAUGUGUCCUCUAUCAUUUCUGUUGCAAACACAAUGGGUUCUUGUUGGGGUAUUGGUUAGAGGGUCAUGCAUACAUCAGCCUUACAUUGUGGGAGUGUGAUUGGUGUCCCUUCGUUUUAAAGUAAACCGCUUACUGGGAAUGUUUAUAAUACUUUUCCUUGCAGCGCACCUUCAGCAAUUUAAACAAAUUUGAUCAGAGAGUGGCUUAGAACUUAUUACCCUGCACCAUAAAUUUAGCAAUCUUGCAGUAUUGUCCUAGAGAGAGACAAUUUCAUGUGCAAAGUUGUAAUGGCCAUGAUCCUUUAUUUUAAAUAUUAGGAUUUGUAUUCCCUCUUGCGGCUAGUACAGUAAUUGGGGAGCUAGGUGGGCUGAAGGCUCAAUUUAGCUCCAUAUCUCUACAGGUGGUGAUGGGGCAGCAGUAUACUAGUAUGUUGUGUCCACACCACAAUCCCAUUAGGCUCCUCAUUAUCAAAACAGUCAUCUGAUAUAAGAUGACUAUUCUAGCGCUCAUUCAGGCUCCCUAGAUCCUAGGCAGAUAGGUGAGUGUAUAACCCCUGGGGUGGCGCCCCAGUGUAGGGGUCAUUGAGUUUUGGGCUUCAGCGCCAGGUGAUUCUGUAAAACGGGCAACACCCCGACACAGGCUUCAAUCAGAACAACAAAAAUCUGCAAACAACCAGUGUGAUAUGGCCUUUUCAAAGUAAGAUAUACUACUAUAUAUGAAAACUUUUAUUAUUUCUUUAAAGUUUCCUUUAAUCUAUGAUGGAAAACCUAGUCGGUUUGGCACAAUAUAGUUAUGGAUUUUGUGUCCUAAAAUGCCCUGUUUUAAACAGGGAAUGGAUGUAUUGGCAUGUAAUGUACCAGUUGUCCUACUGGAAACGGCAUAGCUGAGCUGGAAAAAUAGCCAAUUUGUAGAAUUUUUUUAAAAAUGUUCCUUUUUGGUCUUAAAGGACCAUGUCUGCAUGAAAAACAUUUUUUCCUUUUACAUUUUUCCAUCACUGAAACUCCUUCGGCGUUGCUCACUUCUCCACCCCCAGCAACGUCAUGGAAGAUGCAUGGCCUCCUCCGACGCGGCCCAGUCCAAUAAUCUUCAUAGAGCAUUUCCUAUGGGGGUUUCCGCAUCAUGUGAGCGAGUCUUACUCUGUCAGUCCAGCGAAAGGGCUUCCAUUGGCUGUCUGCAUAACAGCCACUGGAGGUGCUUUUAACAUCUUGAGGUAAACAUUGCCAUUUCUGAAAAAACGCAAAUUUUUUUAUCUUAAUAAUUAUUAAAAUGACAGGACCAUUGCACCCAGACACAUCUCCAGUUGAAACCCCAUUGCUUCCUUUGAGUGAUUAAAGCAGUAUACUUCUUGGUAGGUGUCUUCUGUAGAAAGGGCAUGUUUUAUGGAUUGUAAAGAUGUAAAAACUGAGUAUGAUUUUUCUUUUUUGUUUCUGUUUUAGAGACAGCAAGUAAUCCUAACAGAACAGUGGGCUAAGUCCUACCCAAAAAUCCACUUCUCUGUCAUGCACCCGGGCUGGGCGGACACCCCAGGUAAUUAAUGCCACAAUUCGGACAUACUCCAUAAAACGCUGCGGAACUGGUUGGCACUAUAUAAAUGCCAAAAAAUAAAAUCUAAACCCAACCGAUCUCCCUGCAUUAUCUGAAAAUCACUUGGACAAGUAUUGUUUGUUUAUAUCUAUAUACAGCUAUUAUAGAAACAUAGAAUGUGACGGCAGAUAAGAACCAUUCGGCCCAUCUAGUCUGCCCAAUUUUCUAAAUACUUUCAUUAGUUCCUGGCCUUAUCUUAUAGUUAGGAUAGCCUUAUGCCUAUCCCACGCAUGCUUAAACUCCUUUACUGUGUUACUAUUGUGUAUUUUAUGGCUAGAUUUGUUGAAGAAAACGUUGGCUACAGUCAUUUCAGGACAUUUUAAGAUAUAUCAUCAAUAAUAGAAAUGACUAGUAGCACAGAUCUCAAAAGUUUCUGAUUCUCUUAAUAUCUGUUCAGGUUAGUGGCUCUAAGUAGAUUAUCUGAUUUAAGUGCUGCCCAGGAUAUAUUUCAGUAGCCAAGAAUGUGAAUUAAAUCUGUUCUUCACAAAGUCAAUAUCAAAACUUAUUGUUUAUAUUUAAAGAAGAGCCUGUAUAUAAAUGUAACAUUUUGCCAGAUAGUAAAUUUAAAUUGAAUGAUGACUUGUUUGCAUGAUCCAUUAAAGAAAAAGCUAUAAUUAUUGCACAUAUUAAAUAAUGUUCUAAGUAUUCUUCUGAAUUAGUGAUGUCCCGCGGACGGCGAACAUAUGACCCUGUACCUCACAGUCAGCAGACACAUUCCAGCCAAUCAGCAGCAGACCCUCCCACCUCCUGGACAGCAUCCAUUUUGAAGCUGCAUUCUUAGUGAGCUGUCCAGGAGGUGGGAGGAUCUGGGAGGGAGGGUCUGCUGCCGAUUGGCUGGAAUGUGUCUGCUGACUGUGAGGUACAGGGUCAUAUGUUCACCGUCCGCGGCGAACCGUUCGGGACAUCACUAUUCUGAAUUGAUUCAUUCAAUUCAUCUCUAUGAGGAGAUGCUGAUUGGCCGGGCUGUGUUUGAAUCAUGCUGGCUCUGCCCUUGAUCUGCCUCUUUGUCAGUCUCAGCCAAUCCUAUGGGGAAGCAUUGUGAUUGGAUCAGGCCACCACUUCUGAGGAUGUCAGCAGACAGCUUGUUUUUCUAAAGGGGAAAGCAUGCAGAUCUACAGCUUCAGGCUUGAAUACAAUAAGAUUUUUACUAUAUUUAUAGAGGCAUGAGGGGCUCAGGGGGACUAGACGGUGGUUUUAACACUAUAGGGUCAGGAAUACAUGUUUGUGUUCCUGACCCUAUAGUGAUCCUUUAAUCACUUUGGCAUUGCAGACGUGUGUGAAAUACCAUGCUGUAUGAUGCUUAGCUAGCCUUGUGUAAUUCUCUAUUUCAUGUUAUUUUUCUUCUAAGCGGUGCGAUCCUCCAUGCCAGACUUCUACGAGAAAAUGAAGAAUAGGUUACGCACAGAGGAUCAAGGAGCAGAUACGGUGAUUUGGCUGUCACUGUCUCCAGCUUCCAUUAAACAUCCCAGCGGGCUCUUCUUCCAAGGUAGCACCUGUUUGGUUCUAACAUUCUAUAAGAAUCUGCUUCCGGUUUGGGAAAAGUAGAUUCUAUUUUUAUUUGUUUUGCUAGUGAAGCCCCAUGUACCGUAUAUACUCGAGUAUAAGCCGACCCGAAUAUAAGCCGAGGCCCCUAAUUUUACCCCAAAAAACUGGGAAAACGUAUUGACUCGAGUAUAAGACUAGGGUGGGAAAUGCAGCAGCUACUGGUAAAUUUCUAAAUAAAAUUAGAUCCUAAAAAAAUUAUAUUAAUUGAAUAUUUAUUUACAGUGUGUGUAUAUGAUGAAUGCAGUGUGUGUGUAUGAAUGCAGUGUUUGUGUAUGAGUGUGCAGUGUUUGUGUAUGAGUGUGCAGUGUGUGUGUAUGAAUGCAGUGUGUGUAUGAAUGCAGUGUGUGUAUGAAUGCAGUGUGUGUAUGAAUGCAGUGUGUGUAUGAGUGCAGUGUGUGUGUGCAUAAAUGCAGUGUGUGUAUAUGAGUGCAGUGUGUGUGUAUGAGUGCAGUGUGUGUGUGUGUGAUGCACUGUGUGUGCAUAAAUGCAGUGUGUAUAUGAGUGCAGUGUGUGUGUAUGAGUGCAGUGUGUGUGUGUGAUGCACUGUGUGUGCAUAAAUGCAGUGUGUGUAUGAGUGCAGUGUGUGUGUAUGAAUGCAGGGUGUGUGUAUGAAUGCAGUGUGUGUAUUAGUGCAGUGUGUGUGUGUGUGAUGCAGUGUGUGCUUGUGUGGCAGAGCCUUGGUGGGGGGGUGGGCAUUUUUAUAAAAAAAAAAAAAAUAUUAUUUAAAUUUUUUUUGUUAUAUUAUUUUUUUUAUUAUUAUUAUUAUUUAUAUAUUAUUAAUAUUUAAAUUUUUUGUUAUAUUAUUUUUUUAUUAUUAUUAUUUAUAUAUUAUUAAUUAAUAUUAUUUAAAUUUUUUUGUUAUAUUAUUUUUUUAAAUUAUUAUUAUUAUUAUUUAUAUAUUUUUAAUUUAUUUAUUUUUUGUCCCCCCUCCCUGCUUGAUACAUGGCAGGGAGGGGGGCUCUCCUUCCCUGGUGGUCCAAUGGCAUUGGCAGUUCAGUGGGGGGAGGAGUGGGGCUGGCAGGAAGCACUUACCUCUCCUGCAGCUCCUGUCAGCUCUCUCCUCCACCGCGCUGGUCCGUGCAGCUCCUCUGUCAGUUCACACUGUAACUCUCGCGAGAGCCGCACUAUGACCCCGCGGCUCUCGCGAGACUUACACUGGGAGCUGACCGAGGUGCUGACCGGACCGGCGCGGAGGAGUAGGGAGCUGACAGGAGCUGCAGGAGCGGUAAGUAACAGCUCUGCCAGCCCCCAGUCUGUAUUAUGGCAAUGUAAAUUGCCAUAAUACAGACAGUGACUCGAGUAUAAGCCGAGUUGGGGUUUUUCAGCACAAAAAAUGUGCUGAAAAACUCGGCUUAUACUCGAGUAUAUACGGUAAUUUCACUGGGCUAGAAUAAAAAAAAGUGUAUGUAUAUGUAUGUAUGUGUAUAUUUGUAAGCCUUUUUAAAUGCUAAUGCAGAAAUUGAGUAGAGUGAGGUAGAAUAUGACAAUGUUCAUGUGCAGCCAAGGGGUGCAACACCCACCAACCUCGGGCAAACCUGUCUGGUGCUGCUGUAAAAUGAAAGAAUUAUUAUUAUUUUUUUAAUUAAUCGCCUUUUUAUAAUGCUGAAGAGUGUAUUCAAUUUCACGGUAACUUGGUUUUAGUGCCGAUUUUUAUGGUCUUCAAAAACAAACUAAAGUGAUAAUACAAUUUAGCCAAAAUAUCCAAACUGGACAAAUUAUCCAUUAUUUAUUUAUAUUUUACAUAUAACAAGUUUUAUUUAGUCUUUAACACAAGUAAGUCACAAAUUAUGAUCGCCCAGUGCCAACACAUGCUCUUAGAAGCCUGUUUUUUGUUUUUUUUAUUAUUAUUAUUUGCAAUACUCACUAAGGGUUUGAAAACUGUUGAUCAUCUUUACACAGCUAAUCUCCCAAUACACUGGUUGGAAAAUAAACAAAUUGUUUUUAGGAAAAUGUUAAAAGUAUCCUGACAUUCCACAAUUACAUGAUGGAUAUAGAACUAGGAUUUGCUGUAAAUUUGGCUAUUGUCUGGUAUUUCUUUUUACAUAAUCCUAAAGUUGAAUUUUACAGCACCUGCUAUUGUUUUUGCAGUAAAUUAUAAAAUAAGUAAAUUAUUCUACAGAAUGUUAACUUCUGCUAUAAAAGUAACAUUUGAAGAUGAAAAUUCUCAUUGGAAACUUGACACAGUGUUGUUUGUGUCCACAGAUCGAAAACCUGUUUCAACUCACUUACCCCUGGCGAGUACUCAAUCAUCUCCUGGGGAUGAAGAGAAGCUUUUAGAAACCCUUGAAGAGCUCUCUCAGCGAUUUGCACCGGCUGCCUGUAAACUGUAAACUUUCUUACAAUUUGAUUUACAUACUAAACUGGGUGGAAAAUGAGGCAUCGUUUACUUGGCUGAAUAGAAUGGCUGAUGUUAAUAAUAAAAUGUAUUUCCCGUAACCUCCAAAUUUUUUUUUUUUUUUUUUUUAAUUUAAUAUAUAUUCCUCUAAGUAUUGGAAGGAAAUUGUUUAUUUGUUUAUUUAUUAAGUAUAUGAAAAAGUCAUCCCUAAGAUUAGUAUAUGACCAGAUCCUUCCGUGUUCGAAACAGACUUCACUCCAAGUACAGCAUAAUGACAUCACCAGUUACAUGUAAUGACAUUAUCCGUUACAUGUAAUCACAUUAUCAGUCUUUGCCCUUUGCAGUCUACUUAUCAGGGAAGACUUGCAGAAGCCUGAAAACCAUAAAGAACAACUCCUACAAAUCAUUUUCACACACAUCCUUUUUAUUUUUUUCCAUUGACUACACUAAAAUUGAACUUUGUCAAUCUUUGGCACGCCAGAUGUUUUGGACUACACCUCCCAUGAUGCUUUGCCAGCAAAUUGGGUGUAAGAGCAUUAUGGGGGAUGUAGUCCACAACAUCUGGAGUGCGAAGGUUGCCUAUCCCUGCCAUAGAGACUAACUGUUGGGUUGAAAUACUGACCCAAGAUACAUGUAAAUGGAUGAAGGAUUCUGUCUUAUACUAAAUUAUUAUUUUAUUUUUUUUAUACUUCAUUGUAUGAAAACCUAAUGAAAGGAUUGUUAUACUAAAAAAUAGUUUUGCGGUGACGGUUAAUAAGGUUUUUGAGAUACAGAGUCGGUUCUAGAGUUCUGCACUAAUUGACUUAGCGCACUGAUUAAUUUAAGUGCCUGUACUAUCUCACUUCUAAAUCCACAGUAAAAUUCCUGCCAGUCCAAUAUGUAUUGAAUCUAUACUAAUUCUUCUUGAUUACUCUGCAUGUUAGACCACACACUUCUUCUUGAAACCUUUUACAGUUUUGUACUCCAUUACAUUGUUCAUUUUGUUACUCUCUUUACCUUUCAGUGUCUCCUUUUGUGGCACUGCGUCCUCUCUGCUAACUUGUACAAUGCCCCAAGGGUUAGUUCUGGGUCCCUUAUUUAUUUUUAAUACUCAUCCCUUUAACACUUCAUACUACCCACAUUAUUAUCUACAAUUAUUGUUGUAGGGAAUCAGUCAAUUAACAGGUAUUGGGCAUUUUUACAUUUUUUUUUUUCAUGUACCCAUUAUAUCAUCAGUCUAACAAUUCUGGGUGCUUGUCUUUCACAUGGCUACUUAUUAUAGCACACCAUCUGCAAACCAAAGAGGCUAAAGUGUAUCUAUCAUGGGUGCACCAAGUUGUGCUGUAAUGUGAGCUAUACAUUUGCACUAGCAAAUGUAUAGAUUUUCUUAAACCACGUAGAUCUGGUCCAUCACCUGUCCAAUACUUGCCGGCAUAGAUGGCUACGGUAACAGCACAACCUUCUCUCCUAAAACAGUCACACACUAGAGAAGAACAAUGCUACAAGUGGUGCUCUUGCUAUGUCACAGCAUCUACAGUUAUUGUGCUGUAGAUGUUGUGAUAAUUCCUUUGUUGAGCGCAACUGACAUUCACUUUAGGCCAUUAGAUCACCAGUUUCUGCCAAACUGCACUUUUUUCUUUUUUAAAUGGAGUCUUUGCACACGUUGCAAUUCCCUGAGAAUUUAAUGGUCUAUGUUAAACCCUCAAAUGCAAUUUGUACGAAGCCCCCAUAUAUACCAUAGAAGGAUGUAUUGGACAUUAUAGGGUGGAAGUUAUAGGGCUAAACUAAAGAAACUAUCAGUGUUUCUAUGCUCUUCCAUGUUUGAUGCAAAUUUUUUUUUUUUUUUUUUUCUUCCUGGCAUCUGUUUUAAUCGGGUGAAAAUCUGCAGAGAAAAACGUCUAAAUUAAUACAAAGCUCAGCCAGUGUCACUAAGGGGUUCAUACUAGUUAGAAACCUAUUUGUUUAGGGAUGUCUCACCCGUCCGCAGUCUAAAGCCAUUUCACACCAGAUGCACUACCAUAGUGUGCUUCACAUUACUUCUUUAUUGGAACGCUACCUCACACAUAUUGUAAAUGCUUGACUGACAAUGAACAAUGCUAUCCUUAAUAUAUCCUUCAGGAUUUAUUGCUCUUUACCUUGUGUAGUAUACUCACUUCACCUGGACUGUAGGCACGCUAAAGCAGGGUCCUCACCAUCUCGUGCUUUGCUUUCUUUUAUUUACCAUACAGGAUACAUUGUAUAGGUAAGUUUCAGGUGUCCCUUUGAGACUGCAUUGUUCUUUGCCUAAUCUGAAAAUAAAAUCUAAAUCUUCAGCUCCUGCAUUUCACAAAACAUUUUCAGCAGAACUUGUCCACCAAGCUCUGUGCAGGUAUGAUUAAGGUGGCACUCUAGCCUCCAUAAUUGAUUCUACUUUCUUCACGUACAUGAGUGGGAUAAUAUACAUUCCAGGUUUGAGCUGAGACCGGUGCAGAGUUGCUGCUCUUCCUGUGUAAUGUCACAGGAGUCAGCAUAAAGAGGAAAGGGGUAACAUAUUCAAUUCCAAAACCUAUGUGUUCCAAUUUUGUUAGCAGUGGUAGCACUCCUACUUUGUGGGGAUAAAUUGUCAUGCUUUGAGCAUCUACUCUUGUAAUGUGUUUAUAACCAGAUACAAAGAUUUAUACGAUUUUUGUAACUAAAGUAAAAACCUGCUUUUUGAGAAUUAAUAUUUGUUUGUCAUAUGUAUGAUUAUUUUGUUUUGAAAUGUGACUGUUCAAUAAAGUGCCACAUCAUAAAAUCCAUUCGAAGUUUGUCUCCAUCAUUAAAGGGGCCCUCCAGACCCUAAAUGGAUUCAGCUUACUUUGUGUGAAGUUCUUUUCAUGGCAAGUGCAAAUUUCACACCAGGUGGUGUGCAAUGAGAGAAUAUAUAUAUAUAUAUAUAUACACACACACACACACACACACUAUAUUGUUACAAUGGCACCAGUCAAGUGGUGGAAUAAAUUCCACAGGUGAAAUGUCAAGUCUUGACGCUAGAUGACUGGGUCAGAGCAUCCCCAAAAUCGAAAUUCUUGUGAGGUGUCCCUGGCAGAGUACUUAUCAAGUAAUUCAAGGAAGGACAACCGGUAUGGGGAUAAUUGAAACUGGAGAAUUUAUUAUAAGUUGGAUUUUCAGUUGAAUUUUGGGAAACCACAUGAAGCAUUCGUUGUGUUAUUCUAUUUUAAUUGCUUUGGUGUGAUUUGUCCAUUGCAAACCACCGAAAGUCUGCCAAUUUUGACUAUAAACCUGACUUUCAAUGGGGGUUGAAUGAUUUUGAUUACAACUGUACGUGCAGUCAGAGUCCGCCUACUCUGGAUUUAAAUUCACUUUGAACUUGCCUUCAAUUCUCACUUUAGUAAAUUAUUCUUGCCAUUUAUAUAGCGCCAACAGAUUCUGUAGUGUUUACAAUAUAAGGGGGGGGGGGAUUUAACUAUAAAUAGGACAAUUACAAGAAAACUUACAGGAACGAUAGGUUGAAGAGGACCCUGCUCAAACGAGCUUGCAGUCUAUAGAAGGUGGGGUGUAAAACACAAUAGGACAGGAAAUGACAAUCAAAUAGGGUGGGAGUGAAGCAGAGCUGGAGGAGAGUGCUGCCCUUUAGGAGAGAGCAACUAACAGGUAUGUGAGGUAGAGGUUACUCUGGGAGGCCAUAAGCUUUCCUAAAGAAGACUAGGGGAGAGUCUGAUGGCAGUAGGCAGGCUAUUCCAUAGGAAGGGAGCUGCCCGUGAGAAGUCCUACAAGUGUGAGUUGGCCGUGCGGGUGGGCAGAGCAGAGAGACCGAGAAGGGACAUACCUAUGGAUCUGUGAAGAGAUAUGAGGGACUAGAAUUGUUCAAUGCUUUAUAGGUAUGGAUAAGUACUUUGAAUUGACUCCUAUAGGAUACAGGAAGCCAAUGUAAGGACUGACAGAGGGUUGGGGUGUGAGAGGACCAACUAGAGAGGAAAAUCAGUCUGGCGGCAGCAUUCAUUACACACUGUAGUGGGGCAAUAUGGCUUUUGGGAAGACCAGUUAGGAGAGGCUUACGAUAAUCAUGGCGGAUAAUUACUAGAGCAUGGACAAGCUCUUUAGUAGCAUCUUGUGUAAGAAAGGGGCACAUGUUUUUAAUAUGGAAUCUACAGGAUUUGGUAGCAUACUGGAUGUGAGGCCAGAAUCAAGUAUGACGCCAAGACAGCGCGCUUGCAAGGAUGGACUGAUGUGGGAUGAAGGGAGAGCGAAAGAGGAGGAACUUUUUAGGAGGAGGAAAGACCAGGAGCUCAGUUUUAGUGAGGUUGAGUUUCAGAAAGCGGGAGGACAUCCAGUCAGAUGAAAAAGAGGCAAGCAGUGACACAUUGCAGGACGGCAGGGAAGAAGUCAUAUCUGGGUGUCAGCGUACAGGCAUACAUACCAGGUCGCAGGGCGGCCGGGCCCCCUGGUGGGCCGGGUCACAUCUGCGACCCCUGCAACCGUGGUAUGUACGCCACUGUCAAGAGGGCAAGUGGUGGGAUGAGAGGAAAAGAGAAGAGCUGCCACCUCUUGUGCAGUAGCCGGGGAGAAAGUCUGAAGGGUAGGAAAGGCAUGAUCUACAUGUGGUUGAGAAAGAGAAAGGCGGGGAGAAUUCUUUCCUUAGCUGUUCAAUCUUGUCGGUAAAGUAGCAUGCAAAGAUACCAGCUGUAAAGUUAGUUUGAGGGGUGGCCACAGCAGGGCAAAGAAGAGAGUGGGAGCAUGAACUAACGAGAGGGGAAAAGUAGGACUGUUUUAGCGAGGGUAAGGGCUGCUCUGUAUGAACACAAUAUGAAUCUAUAAUGGAGAAAGUCUGACUGGGUGUGAGACUUCCUCCAGGAGCGUUCAGCACAACGGGAGCAAGUAAUUAUUUUUUGGGGGGUGGGGAGGAUCUAAUAGGUGGAGUUAUCAAUCCUACCCUGAUUUGGUGUUCAGACUAGCUACUACACAGCAGGGUCAACUGGGAUUUUGAAGCCAUUAUGUUUGUGGUUUUACGAAUAGACCAAAUGCUUGGCAUGGUUAAGCAGACAUUACAUACUAUAGCAGUAGCUUGCUCCAUGUAAUCCUAAAAAAAAAUAAUUUUAAAGCCAAAACCAGUAAGGCUCUUUUACUCAAAUCUGAUGUUAAUGACAAGGUGACCAAUGUGAAUCCACAUAAAUAAAUUCCUCCCUUUUCUUUUUAAGUACAUGUGUGAGAGGCAUGAAGUGAGAUUUAGUAAUUAUCUUACAAAUUAAGGAGGAGUUCUGAAGUUUUGUUUUUUUCCCCAUAAACUGAAAAUAUUGAAAAUGGUUCCACAAAAACACCAUGCAGAAUAAUAAUUCAUACAAACUACGUUUCAGAAAGAAAUGUUUGGAAAUGCUUUAUUUACAAGGUAUGUGUUAAGUAACAAAGAUAUUUUAAAAUCUACAGCAAUCAGAAACCGCGUUUCAGGAAAUUUUACACAAACAUAAAUAAUUAGAUGAACAGAAAGAAAAGGUAUUAAUAUCUGGUCCCUUUAGUUAUUUGAAGUUCUCAUUUGUGUAAACAAAAAUACAUAGCAGCAAUGAUGUCAUAACGACUACAAAAAAAGCCACUGCCUGUUUCAGAAGACACUCUGAUGGUGACUUAUCAAAAAGUGUCCUGAUAAAAAAAAAAAAAAAAUUUGUGCAAAAAACAAAAAGGGAAGGAGUCACCAAUGGAAUGUGCUGGCUGGAUCCACUGGUUGUCAUGGUGACUGACCCACUUUUUAGAACCGGACACUUUGAGAAAGCUCCCACCAACAGUCACACAGAGUGAACUGCUGGAACACAAUACUGCUGGCUGAGAAGAAUGGGAGUCAUUUCCCACAUCAGCAAAAGCACAACAUGAAACAAUUAUUCAUACUACAAUCCUGUUUCCUCAUUUUCGAGAGCACGAGUUUCCUAAUGUAGCCCUCCGGCUGAUUGAGCUAUAAUUCUCAGAAUACACAAGUCAGUACUUCUAGUGUAAGGUUAGAUUUCCUGCAAAAUAGUACCCGUCCACUACACAAGUUUAGAAAAAUACUACUGAGAGUAAGAUUACCGGCAUCCCUGGCUAAUUGUUUGGUUAUGUGUUCCUCACAUGAAAAACAUGGGAUGAAAAACGAUUAAGAUAUUUGCACACUUAUUGGUAGUUUUCUAAAAAUAAGCAUUAAAUGGCAGAUUACGGUUUUAAAAUGCUAAUUAUUUUAUCUCUACAAUGUGCAAGCCAAAAGUCUUAGAAAUAUAGAUUAGCUAUAGUUACCCCACGUUCCGAGUAUCUUAACAUGGAAGCCUUAUGAUUUUUUUUUUUUGCAUGCCCUAGCACGCAAACCUUAAUCUGUGCUGCACGGAACUUCUGAGCAGUAUGCUUGUGGAUAGUCAACGUUUAGAUACAAUUUUAACUGAACUUGUUAUUCUACGUAUUUUAUAAAAAUAAAGAAAAAGUUUAGUUUCACUUAAAGGUACUAGGGUGGGAUUGGCCCCUUUCUUGCUCCAGUUUAAUGUACUAGGACAUUUCUAAUAGAUGCUGUAGAAAAUGGAGCAUAGGGGCUUCAAAUAUCCAGUAAUUAGAAAUUCUGAAUGUUUUUUUUUUUUUAUGUCGGCAUCAAAAAAUAUAUCUUGAAAAAUUAAGUCUCAACUGGUGCAGAAAAAAAAAAAUAAACAAAAAAAAAAAAGAUUGCAAUACAAUAAGCAUUAAUAAGUCCAAAUAAGGCAAAGGAUGACACUGUCUAAUUACCAUGUUUCUAGAAGGAUAAAGGUACUGAGUGGUAAUGACAUUUAUUAUCCUUUACUUACGAUAACAUUAAUUUGUACAUUCUAUGAUGGGAAAAUUAUACAAAUGUCAUUGCUGAGCUAUAAAAGAAUGGACUAGUGCUGGUAAGAUAACACUCACUAUGAUGUAUUAAAGAAGGUGUAGUUUUAAAACAUCUGGAGAGGUUAAGGCUGGUAUCCAAAUUUAAUAUGAAUAACUAUAGCUUUGGAAACACAAUUCCAGCAUAUUUUCUUUUUGCAGGGUAAAGUAAGAAACGAAAUGAAAAAAAGGGCAUUUAUUAUUCCAUUAUCUUGCUCGUUCCCAACUGGCAGAGAAACAUAAUUUCUAUCACAGGCUCCAGUCAGCUCUUCUGAGAAAAUGUAAUAUAUCCCUUUACAAAUGUGAAAGGCUGCCUGGUCUAAUUGGUACGGUGCUGCUCAACACCAGCUGAGGAGGAAGAAGAGCUCAAGAAGAAUACUGGGCAUACAUCAGGUCAUACUUGCAGCCUGCAAGAGAAGCUAAAAUGCGCAAUAUCAUUUAAAAUACAAAUGCCCGCUUUUUUUGGCCUGUCGUGAAAAACAAAAACAAACUUAAGAUCCCUCCCAUAUACAUUGAAUACACACCAUCACAAAGAUAAAUGAUUUAUUCAAUGUAAAAUAGAGAUCUACUCACCUCUCCAUCCCAGCACCACCACCUUCAAGCUUUGUGAGUGUUACUCUUCAUGUAACACCUACCUCCGGCCCAUCCUCUGCUCCAUCUUUGCCCUGGCUUUGUUACCAGUGUUGGAAUAGAGUGACGUCACUCUGUUCCUAUACACCCUAGUCAGCGCUAGAAAGUAGUUUCCAAAGCAAAUGCGCUGUGGUUGCUAUACUUAAGAGAGCAAAAUGAUCACCAGUGGGAGGUCUCUUCUGCUUUGCUUGUCACUUAAUGCCUCAGCAUGCUGAGGCAUGGACUGACAGCUGGGAGAAAAGCAUAUUUUUAGAUGGGUUUUCUCCUAAUCUAUACAUUUGCUAGCAAAACAGAUAGCAUAAUGUAUAGACAGAAUUUGAUGCUCAAUCCAAUGAGCCUAAGAUAUUCCGGGCAUGACAGGUUCCCUUUAACGUAAUGGUUCUGGUCUCUGCAGGUUGACAAUU